AGCCUUAAAAGUAGUUAGCGGGCUAGCGUGUAGCUGACUCCUGCCUUUCACUAGAACACUCUCCGACAGCGGAAAAAGUUUGCUGCUACUGAAGAAAUAGCGCCAAGUGUCAUUCGCGGACCGUUUUCAACGUCCUGCUCCGAACACUGGGUCCUGGUCUCACCGAAAUAGCGCUGUGGAGAGGCGGCGGCGGCGUCUGAAGUGCAGCUGGAUGUGACAGGUUCGUCAUCAGGUAAGCUGCAGGUAGUUAGCUUAGCUGAUAGCAUGCUGGAGCUCUGGUUGGUCUCUACACUGUUGAUACGGUGUUUGGUGGCUGUAGUGCAGCCUGUUUGGACAGUAGAGGGGGUGAAACAUGUUAUGGAGAUGCUCCUAUAAUAAAAGCUCUAUGUGGGAUGUGUUUGGCUGUUUAUAGCCAGACGUUUUAUUAAAACUAGUGAAAGUAGCCGCAUAAAAACAUCCAUUUAAUCAGCAAGCAUGACGUCUUUUGUGUCUGUCCUGCACAGCUCUGUCAAAUGCUUUCAGUGACAUGAUGUUUGCCACCAGAGAAGUGGCUUAUGACCAUAAUAAAAUCACUCAGAGAGAGGUCUGAUAAUAACUCAUACAUUAUUUAUGACAUAUAUGCAAUACAGAUGUUGCCAAAGUAUGCAGCCAUUCUCCACAGUCCCACUACUCAAUGCUAUUACUUCCAAAUGCAAAUGCAAAUGCAAACGCAAACGACACAAUAAGUGUAAUUGCACUUUCAUCAAUGCAUUGUUAGAGUUAAUUGCAGUGAACAAGGAAAAAUAAAGCAGCUCUAAUGAGACGUAAAAGGAGGCGCAUUUUAAUCUGCUGCAGGCUGGCUGAGCAAGACACCUGAGUAAGGUUAAUAAGUAGUGAUCAGUCCAGCUGCUAGGUCAUGCUCUGUAAUUGGUGCUUAUAAAAAUGCAAAGUGACAUCUCAGGACAUAAUGUACCAUUGGAAACAGGAUGCAGACGAGCAGGGGGCAUUCAAUUCAAAUGAGCCAUCAGACUAACAAUGUAAAGAGGACUGUGGCUCGUAUGGAUUAUCUCUUAUUAAAGCCAUAGCAGCAAAAAUCACACUGCUGAGCACGCUGUGAUUGUUAGGGAAAUGACCUUUUCAGUUUUAACAGCACUAUAAAAGGUCAAUUUAGCAUAAAGCAUGAACCAGCUUCAACUUGGAACGGGUUCCGACGAUUUGAGGAUUUGAUGUGGUACAUGAAUUUUGGAUGCCACUUUUCAGUUUCUAUCAGCCACAGAAAUCUUUCCGGAAUAAUCCUUAGUGAGAACUUUUUGUACAGCGGUCUUGAGAAGUAAAGCUGAAGCUGUAGUGCUAAAAACUGCAGUUCCCUGAGUAUUCACUUGAGGUUGUCUGCAGAAGUAUCAGAAACCACUUACACUCUAAGUAAAAAAAAAAAAGCUGUUUUUAGUGUGAAGAUGAACACAUUUACAGCCUGGUUCAAAAUCAGUUUUGGUCUGAAUUUAUCAAGGCUCCCAUGACAUCAAAGGAACAGGGAGGGAAUUUUUUGUAACACUGCUGUUGACUUGACUGACUGGUGGGCGCACUGUAGCCAUUUGUUAGGAGGCUAAAGGCCCCCCCUUUGAAAGAUUGAUAGGUUAAGUCAGUGGUUCUCAAGUCCAGUCCUCGAGGCCCACUGUCCUGCAUGUUAUGGAUGUUUCCCUGCUCCAACACACCUGAUUCAAAUGAUCAGCUCGUUAGUAAGCCAUUACAGAGCUUGAUAACGAGCUGAUCAUUUGAAUCAGGUGUGUUUGAGCAGGGUUAAGUCACCAUUUCCAAUAUGGUGACCACUGCCUGCUGCUUUCAAAACUCUGCUUCACAAAGAAAUGAGUAAUGUCAGCAAUAUUACAUCUAGUUAUGAUACAGUCUGUGGAAUUCGGGUCAAAUUUUGACAGAAACUCUCCUAUUUUAAUGAAAUUCAAAUUGGCUCUGAAUGUCAUUUAUUGGCCCUAUGAGCUACUGAUAACUGAUGUUGGUAAAAGCCAUCAAAACUGACAUCCGCCCAUUCGUAAUGGGGAUUCACAACCCAUGGUGUGAGUUAUUGGUGAUAUUGGACCACAGCAAACAAUCAAGAGUUUGACUUGGGUGCAGUUGAGCUUAUUCUGGUGUUUGGUUACAUCUAUAAACCAAUCACUUCUAGAAAUAUUUCAUAUUUUUUUGUGUUGAUCCAACCUUUUUUAGAAAAGUGAUGUUAAUUUGUUCUAAAUGAAGGACAAAGGCUGAUAGUUUAAUAUUCUUUAGUUUUAGAUCAGUGGUUCUCAAGUCAAGUCCUCGAGGCCCACUGUCCUGCAUGUUAUGGAUGUUUCCCUGAUCCAACACACCUGAUUCAAAUGAUCAGCUCGUUAUGGAGCCAUUACAGAGCUUGAUAACGAGCUGAUCAUUUGAAUCAGGUGUGUUGGAGGCCUCGAGGACUUGACUUGAGAACCACUGUGAUAGAGCCUAAAUGUCCCAUCAGUAAAGGCAGUGUAGUUCUUGUUCUUGAAAUUCUCAUUAUUUUUACUCCCUAAUUCAAUGAGCAGAACUGGAACCAGAAUCUAAAUUGAUCAAAUUAAAAUGGCACCCAUCCUGAUUUAGCAUUAGAUUAAGUGCAGAAAGAAAAAACAGCACUAAAUCCCAAACUAGUGAGAGUUUGAGUGGUUGAUUUUUAUCUGUUGCACAGCCUUGAGCUCACUCCAGAACUAACUGGUUGACCAUUUGCUUUUCCUCCACAUCCAUUAGGACACUUGUUUAUCCUCAAUCCUCAUGUGACGGACUGACCAGAAUGAGUCUGAAGCGGAAGGAAGCACAUCUCUGCACCGCUUGAUAUUUGAUUACGGCUAAUAAUAGAAAAAGACAGCUGCCUUUUCAUUGAUCUGUCUUCGCUGGCCUAUUUCUGAGUCCUGUUUUCUCUGUCGUGAUCAACCGUCCAGUGGCAGUAACAGUGAAUACUGGAUCCUCUGCUGGGGGAGUGUUUUCACACACAGAUUUUUAACCCCUCAUUCUUUUUCUGCUGUAAUUAACCAUUGUUUCAGUGUCUGUUUGUGGAAAUGAAGCCUCUCUGGGCCGCUGGAGCCGGUCAGUGUGUGUCAGCCAGCAAAGCCGUUUGGGGUCAAACAGGACAGGGAUAAUAAGAGGGGAGGGGGCUGCCAUGUGGGAAGGAAGUGGCUCGGCUUGUUUGUCUGCCAGGCUUUUGUUUGUUUUCCUGUCGGACAAAUCUAUUUAGGAGGCGGCCUAUCUGAGGCCUGCCGGUGGAAAUUAGCUACAAGAAUGGCUUGUUAAACAGUUAUUGACAGUUGCUCACUAAUGUGGUUAUUGAGCCAGAUGAGACAUUGAUAAGCUUAUUCUAUCAGCUGUGAUUUGUGCGAGUGCCUUUCUUCUGGAUGAUUCAUAACACACAGAGUUGUUUUCUCCUGGACGUAGCGGUCAUGUUUCAUCCUGCAGCGGUAAUAAACAGUUGUCACCGUCAAGGAAGCGUUCUCGCUCCUCAGAUCUGCUGCAUCUGUCUACACGGUGUAGCAGAGUGUGCCUACAUGCACUGAGGGUGUAAGGUGACACUUGUGCUUCUGACAAAAGCUGAUAUCCCUCCUCCUCCCUCUCCAUGCUUAUGUAAUGGCAGAGCGCUUGUCUGUGUUAUUUCAUUACAGGUGCCCUGAUGCCUGAGGCUGGGCUCAGGAUGCAGGAGUAUUAAAAUCCAUCUGAUUUAAAAAAAAACCUGGCUGCAUGAAUAGCCCGAGGGGGAAACUUCGGAUACUCCGCUCUGUCAUCUCAAAAAUGCACACACAAUUUGAAAACAAUGGCGCAAAACAUACUGCAGGAUAUUACAAAGAUUAUCAGGUGUUCCACUUUGAGAAAGCUUUCGUAUGAGCUGACGUGAUUCUGCAAGAAAAACAGAGUCGGAGCGGUAAGAGUUUACAGAGGGGGACAGAAUGGAGCGCAGUGCUUCAUGCUCUGUAAAUAACACCCACGAGAGGUGAAAAUAUUAUGACCAAAUAUGUCACUAAGUGCUGGACUGCUGAUAUAAUGCUCAUAAAUCACAGCAUAAUGUCAUGUUCAAGGACUGUUUUAACCAGAUUUUGUCAGAGAGCGUGGCAUAUUCUUAAGAGUCUGUCUUAGCGUUCCCAUGAAUGGUCAGAAGUAAAAUGCUGUGAUUGUUUCUGAUAUUUGCCUUUUAAAGGUUAGAUAUGCAACUUGGAAAGAUUGAAAGUAAGCCUUUCACGGCUUCUCUUAUGUCUUCCCAGCUUGUCCACCCCAAAAAAUGCAUUCAGAAUCACAGGUUUCUUAUGUUUCUGCUUAAAAUAAAUAGGUUUCUAAUUGCUUGUACCCAUUUUUGCAUUUUAAUUGGCUGAUAAUAUUAAAAAAAUCUCUGUUUUGGGGCACUUUUGCUGGAAGGAAAGCCAGAAGUGUGUCCAACGUAGGCACUGACUUAUUCAGGAGUAGCAUUCAGUUUGUGAGCACCAGGGAUGCAAAAAUUAGACACAUUGAUGGAGCAACUAAUGCGGUUUUUCAAUUAUUACCAAAUGAUUUCACUUUCUACCAUCUCCAGUGGUAUUAAAGCUCCUGUGAGGACGUCUCUGUCUGUGUUGACUUUGGCGCCCCCUGUGGUCAAAGUGGUAACCUUUUAUAGUUGCUGUUUUCUUAUCAUGCCUGUGAAAGUGUUAACUGAUAAAAAAAAUCACAAUGGUCUUUAUUAUUUACAGAUUUAUUCAGUGUAACCACCCCCUGCCCCCACCCAUUUUAAGUACCAACUUAAAAGAGAAAUUUGACUAUACGCAUCAAGCCCGAUGUGAUUUUGCGACUUUCUGGGGAGAAAAAAGAUGCGUCCCGGGUGGAAGUGAGUGGUUAGUUUACGAGCUAAAGUUACUUAGCACAGAUGAAAGUUAAAACAAAGACGUUUAGCAAACUGUUAAAGCACACAAACCAUCGUCAUAUGAGAAAUCCGACGCUAUGACUCUCCACAAGUUGUCCUUCAUGUCAUUAUCUUUGUAAUGUUUGUGUCUUUUAUCAAAAAGCACUCUGUUCUCCGACACGUUAACAAUUAGCUGGUCGGCCAUGUUCGAUAUACCGGUAAAUCUGACGUCGCAACAACAUGAAAUCUGAUUGGUCAGAAGUGGACACACAGUAUGCGAAACUUUAGAAAAAUUGACCAUGAUCCGAAAAAAUAAAUGUGGCAAUAUCGCAGAACGGGAAAAUGUUGCUGAUGUGAACGUUUGUAUUGACAGGAUACAGGUUCGAAAAAAAAUGUUGACGUCUGAAAUAAUCACACAACAAAAACGCUCCCGGUGUGUAAGGACCUUUAGAGUGCUUUGUCCAUAGGGGGCGCCAAAACUGACACAAACCUCAAGUUUCUUACAGGAGCUUUAAGAAAACUUUGGGGUGGCCCAUAUCACCCUUGGCCACCCUUUGGACACACUCCUGAAAAAGCACUUUCACACAAGACAAUAUCAGCUGAGAGGCAUUAUGUACUCUCCUUAUUUAGGGGGCUACAUUGAGCUCUAUCUCAAUAUGAAACACGUUUGAUACGUGUCAGGCCCCUUCUAAAAGUUUGUGAGUUGUUUAAAAGGUAAUUGCCAGAUGUUAAUCUGUUAUAAAACAGCCCAGACUUCUUGUACUUUACGCCCCAGUGCCUGAAAUGGCACUACUGCUCAUGUCAUUUGCUGAGAUUUAAUGCUCAAGAGGGAAAUUCUCUAAAUUCCCAUCUUGCCAAACCGAUUGACAACUCUGCUGCCUGUUGAGCCUCAGAAAACACAGAGCCAUUAAAACAUAAUCAGACAGUAAAUAGAUCUGUUUAUAAUGGAGCUGUAAUGCAUGUUUAGCCUCAUUGAUGUCAACGAAACACCCAGGCUGCAGCGUCAUUCACAGCCUUUUGUAUGAGGCAGAGAGAGACAGACACAGGGGGAGACAGACGCUACAGCUGUUCUAUUGAAUCUGGAUCGAAAAGUCAUGAAGCUGGAUCUCUGACUCAUCAGUUCUGUGACGCUCCGGUUUCACGGCUCAUGUGAUGCCAAGCAGCAUGUCAUCAGCUGGGCGGAGGGGAGAGGAGGGGACGGGAGGGAAGAGGAGGACGGGUGGGGGGAGGAGAGACAGACCCAGACUUUUUUUUUUUUAUCCGACCAAAUUCUGAUGCAAUAACAAUAUCUGAAAUGUUCACUACUGAGCAAUUUUCCAGUCCAGUAAACUAAAGAAUGAGAUUGAAAUGGAGCUUAAAGGAUAGCUGUGAAACAUGGGGGACAUACAGGUGAGGGAGGGGGAGGGGGAGGGGGAGGAGUGCCAGGAUGUUGAGGUGGAUGAGUUUAAAGGUUGGAGGGGGUGGAUGGUGGGAGUAGGUGCCGUGUGCUCGCUCUCUGGAGGGAUGAUGGUAAAUGUGAUGAUGGACAAGGGCAGGACUGAUCUUCUUUAUGCAACUGCAGCAACUCUUUCAUUAUUGCUCACUGGUGCUGCUCUGUUGUCAGAGAAAAACAGUGAAGCCCUUACAUGCAUGAAAUAUUAUCGUUUGUCCUUUUUUGUCUCUCUGAGCAAAUCAAAAAUCAGGCAAAAUAUCAUGAUAGACGAGGAAUGGAAAGCUUCCGGAUACACUAUAAGAUUACAUUAGAUUAGAUUAAAUGGACUUAACACACCAAUAAAAUAACGUACAAAAAAAGGUACAUUGUGUAGAAUUUAACAUUUUUCCAAAGAAAUUGAAUACAUUAUGUAGAGGUUUGUUCAUUAUAUUAGACUGAAUGGAAUAUCAUAAUUGUUUCAUUUCUGAUGACUUUGAAAAAAGUCAUUUUGCUAUGGGUCCAUGCUGCAAUGGUUAAACCGCCAUGUUUACGACAAACUAGCAAACUAAAUUAGAACCUUGACAAGAUGAGCAAAGGUAUAUCUACAAUAAUACAUACUGUUUAUAAGCACAAAUAAAGCCAGAACCAAAGGCUGUUGCAGUGUUUCCUCUAGAAUUAUUUUUCAGAAGCGGUUCUCAUUGAGCUACGCUGUUACGUUCACGUUACAUUAUGUUACCUAUGCUACUCGCUAUAUGGACUGUGUAUAAGUUUGAACGUUACCUUUUCACGUUGAUGGAAGAGGGUCUGACAGGAUUUAAUGCGCUUGUUAAUGACUCAAAACAAGCUGAAAAUAAUGUGUGUUCUUGUGCUUACAUAGUGCGAGUGGAAAUCAUUAGUGGCGCAUUGAUAUUAGUGCUACUGAUGCUAUUCAUGCUACUCGCUUUAUAGACCGUGUAUAAGCUUGAUUGUUACCUUUUCACCUUGAUGGACGAGGGUCGAACAGGAUUUAAUGUGCUUGUUAAUGACUCAAAACAAGCUGAAAAUAGCAUUGUGUGUUCUUGUGCUCACAUAGUGCGAGUGGAAAUCAUUAGUGGCGCAUUGCUAUUAAUGAGCGUGUGAAAUUUUGGCAGUGGUGGUGCUUCAGUUUGGGUGGAAACAGUUAAUCUGAAGUGACUGGUGGUAAAUGGAAACUCUGAGGUCUGUAACUAUAUAACAGCUCAGAAUAAGAAGACCAUAUAAUGUGAUGGUGGGUGGUUGUGCGAAUCAGAAUCGUGACAAGGUGAGCGGGGGUCCUGUCUCACCUUAAAGGCACUCUAUUUUGCCUAAUUGCUAUACAUUACAGUUAAUUUGUUAUGCUACCUAAUCAAAGACAUAAACAACUAGUCUCAAAAAGUGAAUUUAAAGAUGAUUUAUCUAAACAGCUUAAAAAUAAUCCAAGCAGCUUCCCAGGCUGUUGUCACACCUAUGCUGCUAAAUGUUAUCAUUUUCCUGGUGCUCAAGACUAGCCGGAGACAGUAACUGAUGUUUUUGCCACAGUGUCAACAGGCAGGAGGAUUGAUUUGAGAUGGUAUGUGUGUGAUCAGGUUGUUCCGUAUACUGUUGAUAAUUACUGUGGUGUUUUUUACACAGUUGGAUAACAAAUAUGUAUUAUAGCAUCAGCAUCAGUGUGAUAUUAUGAAUACUACGAGGGAUGGAGAUUGAAACCGAUGCAUGAAACAGGCUUGACUGUACAUCUAAGAGCUUUAAUUCUAUUCCAGAAUGAUUCAUGUGAUCCUGAUUUGAAUUAGAAAGGCAUUGCUGGAGGUGGGAUAGUAAAAGACCAUGAUAGAUAGUUUAACAGGGUGUGAAAUUGGGGAAAUACCUCCAGAAAAUCAGCAUUCAGAAGGUGUUACUGUGAGCACAGAUUUUGCUUGCAUCAUUUAGAUGACUCUGCUCCAAUAGUGAUGCUGUGAUUCUGAGGAUCCCUCCUUUUAUUGGCUGAAGCUGUUGAAGGGGAGGGACUUUGCCACAGGCUGGUGGGCAGGAAGGGGCUGGCUUUCGGGGUGUGUGUAGGGGGGGGUUGGCUGGAAGUGUUAGAGCCAGAUAGUUGGAGUAGACACUCUUCUGCUUCCUGCCUGCCUGCCUACCGGCCUGCCUCGCUCACCCGCUUGCUGGAAGAGAGAGAGAGAGAGAGAGAGACACAUCGAGAGAAAAUCCCUGUCUAGGCAUGGACCUCCGGCUGCAGCAGUCGGCAGCUCGCGAGGAAUGACAACAGCUCACAUGGUCAUUAACUCCAGUUGCUGAGGCUGAAGGGAGAGCCACGCUGUAGAGCUCAGUGUCACAGAAGCGCCGGGUGGUUUCUAUGAUUGGGACAGCGAAGAAGACAGCAGGACACGAGUGAAACGAGGUGGGGAAGAAUCGUCAUAUUGUCUGUUUUUUCCACAGAUUUUGUUCUGGAGUUUUGCUGCAGUGUGCUGCAUACCAGUUUGGGUGGGGAGGGAGGAGAGGGAAUGUUUUAUCAGCCAGAGAAAAAAGGCUGAAACAGAGGGAGAGAGAGUGGGAUAAAUGCACAGAAGCGUUGGGAGGUUGCAGCCUUACCGCAGUUUCCAGCAAUGUAAUGGACUUCCUAAGGGAGAGGCACGAUCAUCACAGCGGCUUCCUUAGUGCAAAUGUCAGAUGCUUUUUCGUCUUUUUUGCCACAUAGGCUCCAUAUUUUUCACUCCCUGGAGAAAAACUUGUCAUGUGGUGUGGCAUCUGUCAUGUCCCUGCUUUCUCUUUGUGCUCCCUACAAAGUUUUUAACUCCUGUUGAAGUGUGAAUUUUUCAGAUAACGGGGGCGAAAACAGGGUCCGAUGUUGUGACACUCUUUGUUCAAGCUGGAUUUUCACACUUCCAAUCAGACCCACUUCAUAAUUAACCUCUCCGGUGAGACGAGGGCAUGGUUGACGUGUCCUUCGUUUUCCGCCGUCCAUCCAGAUUUAGCUUAGACGCUUGGUCAAGUCCUGGACAUCACUGCCUGCACGGAAAAGGCCAGGGUGGUGUCAUACGUCUGGCCGCGGAUCAAGGGGAAGUGGGUGUUUUCCAAAAGUGGAACAUCAGUUCAGCCCUUCCUGUUCAGCAAAUAAUGGGAUAAGUCUCAGACAAGUCCUUACCGCAGGACCCUGUCUGACAGAAAUCCCCUUUCUCUGAAUCAGCUCUCAUGCAAAUUGCACCUCGAGUUGGUAUUAAAAGGAUUAAGUGGUUCGUAGGUUUUUCAGACAUCUUCUGCAUGAAAGAGGAGAGUCUGAUCGCUGCGUGACACAAGGUUUGCUGAAUCAUUCAGCUCUUAUGUUUCCAAGUGUUGUAAUUUGAAGCUUAAGAUUUUCCAUUCAAUAGACGGGUUUGCGUUUGACUUCAGUGUUCGAGAGCUUUAAUCUAAUGAAGUUUUCAGUCCUUGAUCCGAGGAUAAACGCCGUGUCAGGGUAAUGAAUACAACAGCCGCUGUAGGUACAGUCCUUCCGCGCACCUCGCAUCAGACUUUCAGAUUAAGGAAACCAGGGUAUCCUUUUAAUCAGCAUGUUUAUCUGAACAGCACCUCUCACCUCUGGCUGCCAACUAAACUGUAAUUAGAUGACGACUUGCCUGAGUGCUGUUGCUAAGCAGGGAGCAGAGAAGACCGCUUAUUCAGUUAACAAGACAUUUUACAAGAGCAGUCCUCUAAAAGUCAAUGAUUUGAAUAAUCAGACCAGAAGAUCCAAAAUCAGCAGCAUUAUUUUCCCUCUCAAAACAUUCACUUUCUUUUUUUAGUUGAUAAAGCUGUCAAAUCUGUCUUCCAUGUUUUUUUUGGUGAAACCCGAUUGUAAUGGGGGCUGUGUGCUGAGCUGUCUUCAUAAUCUUCCUUUAUGCUCUUUUUAUAGGUGAGGUUUUUCUUUCUGUUUUUAUUUGCGUAACGGUUGUCCCAGAAGCAGAAUUAUAUGCAAACAAUUCCUUCUAAGUAACACCGAAUAAAACACUGAAUAAUCUAUGUUGAAUAUCACUUUCUCUGUUGUUUGUAGGCGAACACAGAGGCCGCGAGCCAAGCUGCUGCCUACUCUAUCUUCUCUUAUUUUCUCCUGUGAACAAAACUCUCUUAUUUUCUAAAGCCAAAAGACUUUAUGCAGUAAAGCAGAAAAGGUCAUGAUGAUGCAGUUUAAUGUGAAAAUCAGUGUAUCUUCUUUGGUCUUUGGUUGGACUUCAGGAGGGGCUGUGAGCUGAGCUGUCACUGGUGUCUUCCCUGAUGCAGUAUUAUUGAUUGGCUCAAAAAUUCUGUUCACUCAGUUUUUCCUGAAAGUAGAAUUCUCUGCCAACCUCUCUGAAAAGCAAAUAGUCAGGAGAGAAAUACUAAAUAAUGCAGUUUCAUGUCUUGAAUCACAGUUACUAUGACGAUUUAAGGCUGGUAUCUAGGGCUGCAAGCCAAGCUACCUGGUAUUUCUGUCAAGUCUGUGACAUGACAGAAAUACCAGGUGAACACAACUAGUAAAGAUCCAAAAAUGCAGUUUCAUAUUAAUGUUUGUGUUUUUAAGAUAACAUAUAGUGGGAACAGGACUUGAGGGACUGUGAGCUGAGCUGCUGUUACAUUUUUGCAUCAAUACUCAACUUGUGUUUUGGUUGUAUUCUCGUCAUUGGUUUUUGUUUGCAUGAUAGAGCUUCCUAUGAAUAUCUCUCUACCAAGAAAAUCACUGAAUAUUACAGUUUCAUAUUUUAAAUCCAUCUUUUUCUCAUUUUUGGGGGCUGCGAGUUGAGUUACUGCUGACUAUAGCUCAUCUUGUUUUCAUUUUACUGGGUGUUAGAUUACUUAACCAGGUCAAAUAAUGUGCUGUAUUUACUAUCCUUACUCUAAAACUGUGGUUGGCUUUUGUUUGACUCCAAUAAAUACAUUUUUAAGAGGAAAAGUGAUACCUUUUUUAUAAUAAUAACAGAGUUUGGUGUGUGAAAAGCAAAAGCAACAUAGAGUCAAAGCUUCUUAACACUCUGGUACAGCCCUUUAGUCAGGGGUUGAUAUCACACCCAGAUAAUAAUACCGUGUCUUGACGUACUUAUAGCAGAUGAUGAAAAAGGUUCAUCAUCUGUUCCAUGUUACAAAAUAAGCCACCGAUCAGGAGAGAAAAGCCUGGUCCUAUAUCAUGAGCGGGGCCAUCGGGGUCACUGUGGUUUAGCUAAGGCUAUUAUGAUAUGGGGCACACCUAUCUGCUGACUCUGUGAAACACUUCUUGUGUUGCCUAGCUCAGUUCUGGUACAGACUCUGCUGAGCUUACUCACCCGUCCUUAUCGCUAAUGAUGGUAUUGAAGUGGAGGAGCUGUAGCUUAUGUCAAAGACAAUUUCAUAAGCAUUGUAGCGCCCAUAGUAUUAAAUCCUUAUUAGGCUGCAGCGUGUAGCCUCUGCCUGAUCCUCUCUGGAAGAUGCAGAGGAACAUUUUGCAAGCCAACAAGCUGGCCUCUCAGGGAUAGAGGACAUUUUGAUAAAACCUGCACUACAAGCCUCACUCCUUUUCCAUUACUCACUGGAAACUGCACAUUUUCCUAUUUCCCCUCAACAAUGAGGCACUCUCUCCACUGCCUUGAAAAACAUUGACCACUUGUUCCUCUUGGCCAUGCAAAUCACCACAGGAGAGCAGUUUGCAGGCAUAAAAUGGUAAUAAAUGUAAAUGCAGCCACUCAGGUGCCCGGCUCGUGUGCUUUUCUCUAUCACUCAUUUGUGUUUCUACUUUAUUUUAGCAGCAACACCUGGCUGAAGCGACGGUAAACGCUGUCACAAGGCUUACGACCAAUGAAAAGCAGGUAGCUUAUCAUCUCUGCUGAGCCAAUACAAGCAGCUAAGAUAAACUGCAGCGCACAGAUACCAGACUAAUGGGUUACAUACGUGGUAUUCAGAGGUCAAGCCAAUGACUUUCACUCGAGACGCCCCCCGUCCUGCUGACUCUCAUUCAAUUAAGCAGACUGACCAAGAUAAUGCCCCCGCCAGCUGGCCCUGGUAAGCGUCAGUAAUCCAUAAAGUCUAGUACUGUGGUGCUUUUCUUCACAUCUCUGCCCCUCUUUAUCAGGUCACCCAGUCCGCCCAGUGUUUGUACUGAGGACAGAGAGAGAGGACAUGGGGGCUCCUUUCAGGAACUAAAACAAACUCUGUGACGUGGAGAUUCGGCUUUUUAGGAUUGUCUAAACUGUGGUCCAGUGUUGCAGAAAACAUUAAAGCUGUGCACAAAAUAUUUUUUUGGAAACUUAAAAUAAUUAUUUCUGUAAAGUCAGAUUCAGAUUUUUUCAGACCAGUCUGUUUCUGUGCUUUCUGUGACAGAAAGCCAUCUCAACACUAGUGUCUAGUCCUCUCCCUCUUCAAACUUGGAGCUAAUUGUUUCAGCAGAACUUCAAGCAGUGAAACUCACCAAGUUCUCUUCUUUUUUGUAAUAUUGGAUGCACCCAUGUGCUACCUUUUUUUUUCUUUUGAGAACGCAAAAGAAGUACCAAUUCGCUAUCACUCCAAGUUGAAGUACACUCCAUUUUUGUCUCCUCGCUUCCACCCAGGAUGCUUGUUGUUCAGGGAAGGUCCCGCCCUCCUUCGCCUCUAAAUGGCUAAAAGUGCUGACCGUUUGGCUGGAGCGUGUGAUGACGUUUCCAGCUUUUCUAGCCAAUCAGAGGCGAAGAAUGCGUCUUUUUCCCCCAGGAAAGUCGCAAAAUCGCAUCAGGCUUGAUAUGUAUAGUCAGACGUGUCAAAAUUCACCUCAGAAUAUUUCAUGAUUUCACGUUCUAUAUUCGUGUCAGCCCCGGUGUGUAAGGACCUUUAUUUUCCAGAUUUUUCCCACCCUUCAGUAUCUUUAAAGAGGCGGGAUAUUGCUUUUUUGUGUUUGAAAACCCUCAUUAUAACCUCUGUCUGAGGCGCUUCAUUUAAGCUACUGUCCCUUUAAGGCCCCACUUAAGCAUUCUGGAAGCCUCCUUCGCUGUUGCCAAGCAACAAAGUUGUGUUUCUUAUGAAAUGACAAAUUUGCCCUUUAAAGGAGAUUCACUGCCAGGUGAUGUCCUAAUUUGAGCAAAUCUCAUCUUGAGCUCACUGAAUUCUCGUGUGACUUCAUGAACAAGCCGGGAUUACUUCAACACACAAUUAAACAACAAAAACAACAAAUAAUGGCUUAAAUUAAUGCAAAAUGUAUGUCAAAGUUGAAGAAGCUGUAGUCCUUGAGUCAAGGCUUUUCCAUUUCAAGCUCUAAUUGUAUUUCUUGGAGGCUUGAAGACUGCAAAAACAGACCCUGGUUCAGUCUCAAAGGUGUGUACGAGAGCCUGUCUCUGAGGUCAGAUCAUCAGGGGUUUUACCGUCCCCUCCUACCUUCUCACCAUCUGUCUCUACCUCUCUGUGUAUCAGCGGCAUUUUGCUCAAAGUGUUACUGCCGAACUCAGACUUUGCCAGGCUGCUUGUAGUCUGGGGGAGAUGAAAUAGCAGAAGCUAAGUUAGCCAGAGGCACAUGGUCCAUGGAUGCAUCAAACCUCAGCUGGAGUCAUUUUCGCUAAGCAGUCUCCCACUCUGUAUGUUUCAGACUUCAUGUUUCUUAAGAUGGGAUGUUGUUAAGCGACAGAGGUGACAGCUUUCUCCUUGAGAUGACAGUUUGCUUCCCAGCAGGGGCUCUGGUGUGUUUCGAGAGUGACAGACAGCUCAGCCGCUCUGCUAAAUAGAAGCUAGCGUUAGCUAACAUACUUUGGCGGCAUCAGUUUCACACAUCCAUCUCUUAAAAGCUACUUUUGGCGAAGCCCAUGAAAUGUGCUGCAGCUAUAAAUGGUUAUAUCCCUGAGCUUUCAGUACAUCUUUGUUCUUAAAAAAAGUCUCCAGGCUGUUUCUUAUGAAUAUUUUACAGCUGAGAUCACUUCUAAUUGUCUGCAAAGUAUUUGGUCUGUAAAUUAUUAAUCCAGCUUUAACAGAUUCUUAUGAAUUCUUGGAAAAAGUUACACUUAUCCUGCGAAUGUUUGUUUCUACAAAGAGAAAAAAGGGCGCAGAUUUAGCACAUAUCAGCAGCCAUUAAUUAAAAGGACAUGUAUAAAACUGUGUAUUUGCCACAUCUCCUGCUGAGUUAAGUUGUUUUUGGUUUCUUGUCUUGUGUUUCCUGUUUUAUUUUUUGAUUAAACGCACUUUGAUUCGGCCAGCCUGUGAGUUUGCAUCUGGGUCUUUUUUUUGGUUUAGUCUUAAAGUAUGGGCUGUAUGCACCGAUCCACAACCUCCUGAACUUAAGGCAGCUCCUUUAUUUCCUGUCUUACAACAUUAGACAAACUGAUUAAUCCAGGUUGUCAGGUUCAAGUGGACAUAUUUAAAAAACUCAGAGGAUUCAGGAACACAGAAGAGACCAAGUACGUUUUACUUGCACAAGGAGAGAAAGGCUGAAGAGAACUUCUCGAUUGCUCGAUCAGUCCCUCUCUGCCAGUUCCUCUCCAACAGCACUCUUUUAUUUCGUGAUUAUGCAUAGUCAUCUGCAACGGUCACUUUUGCAAUACUUUCGGUUGACCUUUACAAAAGAGGAACAUGAUUAUUUUGGUAAUUCUUUGCAUAUGCAUGGCAUUAUUUUUAAGGAACAUGGGUGUUUUCACAUCUUUACACAACACAUGGUACAGAGUUCAACACUUUCAUAUCCCCGUCUGCAGAGCUAAAAGGUUAAAAGUUUAAGAUCAUUCUUCAAUGAUUUAAAUCAUACUGAAAUCCAUUUGAAAGGAUUAAAUCACAUUGUAAUCAAUCUAAAAGAAUUAAAUCACAUAUUAAUCAUUUAAAAUCAUAUAGAAUCAUCUAAAGCAUGAUAACUUUUUUUUUUAUAGAUUUUUCCAUCACAGGUGUGUCUAAUUAGUCACAAUAAUCAGUCACACCUGGAUUAAUCAGUUUGUACAGUAAUGUAAGACAGGAAAUAAAGGAGCUACAUUGAAGUCCCACUCUAAUCGGACCUUAACUUGUAGUCUAAUAUUGCCGGUGUAGUAGAAGAAACAGGUAACAUAGGAGCUAUUCAGCUGUCGGACACUAAUGUCUUUAGCCGCAUAAUGAAAGCUAAUAUCAUAAUUAGCUUUCUUACGAGCAUUGCAAUCCGCUUCAUCACACACUUGUUUCGAUAUCAUCCUCUCUAUUUCCCGGAGCCUGGUUUGCAUAGCAGGGCUCUGGGGGUGGAGCUUGAGUUUGCUACGUAGGAAAUCUCACUGUGUCUGACCCUGCUGUUUGAGUCUGCCAGAGAUUCACAGCGAUUUUAAUGCAGAGAUACUCAGAAAUGCCAUUUCACACUUAGUUUUCUCAUGAUAUGCCCUGUAGCAUCAGAAAAAUGUCGAAUAAACACGUAAAAACAAGAAAAACAUGAUUUUCAACGGAGUGGGUCUUUGAGUUCAGGAAGUAGCGGAGCUGUGCAUAGAGCCCAUUCCUCAGCCUGGCUGAUACUAAUAAAGAUUUCAAAGGGCAAAAGUUCACCAAUUACACCAAGUGCAACCACAUAGACUUUUCAUCCUUGCAUCUACACAGUCUGUCUUCUUGCUUUUGCAAAAGUUUCCAGUUUUGAAAUCUCCAACUUUUUCCAUAUAAUUAGAAUUAUUCACGCCUGUUUUUCUUUAGUAUUCAGCAUCAAAUCUUCUCACGGAGAAAAGGCGUCUUUGUCCUUGUCACAUGUUCUGACAAAGUAGGUUAGCUCGAUCGCGGAAGUCUCAUUGCAUCUAAAAAUAAGACGGGUUUAAUUGUUUAAGGUCAAAUCUGACAUGAUUCCUACCUGACUUUCCCUUCUGCUGCGAUAGGCUCUUUCCCCUGAGAGAUGGUGUGAAAUUAAAUCCUGCCUCAGAGAGAGGAGCAUAGGCGUCAGAACGAUCGGACGAGGAAGCUUCUCAUCUCAUUUCACAUGAUCAGCACUAAAGUGGAACAAUAUGAUCAGUCAGACAAUGGACAGGAUUUGUUGGCUUUGAACUGUUUAGUGUCGGUGGCUUAUGUCAAGGGUAAGAAGCUUUUCAAACCGUGUUGUACGAGACUGAACUGCAUGCAUUUAUUACCAGAAACAAACAAACACUUAGUUUUAUGCCUUCCAGUAAUCUAAAUCUGGUUUUACACAGUGUUACUGAAGGAGGAAUCAUAUAAGCAGAAGGUGGGGAGAGAAUCAGGUGUGCUCCAACACACCUGAUUCAAAUGAUCAGCUCGUUAGUAAGCCAUUCCAGAGCUUGAUAACGAGCUCAUCAUUUGAAUCAGGUGUGCAGGACAGUGGGCCUCGAGGACUGGACUUGACAACCACUGUUCCAGACAUACCCUGGCCAGAAGUUAUAUAUAAUCUCUCCUGUGGGUGUGGGUCUACUGUGGGGUUUCCUCCCUGUAGGACAAACUUGAAAAAUCCUCUAAAAGUAAGCCUACAGGAAGCAUCCUGUCUCAUCCCCGAAUACACUCACCUCCAUCUUUAGAUGCCGGGUAAAAGCAGAGCCCAGACAUCCUUCAGAGGACACUCCUGAAGUCUGCUCUCAUUCUUUUGGUCAGUCGCCACUUUCUCUUGUUAAAACCUGUUAUUUGUAAAAACAGAUUAUUAAAGGCACCCUUUGGAGAGGCGAUGUUUAACCUACACACCAAGAAGACACAAAUCUGACAACACCUGCAGGACUGCACACCUGUACUCAUGUGGGAAUUUGUGAAGUUUUUUUCUCCUCCAUUUACAGUAGCACACAUGGUUUGAGUACAGGUCUCAACUUGCCUCUGUAAACACCAAUCUGAGCUGGUCCUACGUCUUUUAGAGCGGCUUUAAAUUUUGUUCUGUUCUGGUCUGUUUUUCACGGAUGAGUUUAUAUGUUUGCACCAGUAAAGUGGGAAUCUUUUAACCAGGGCUGCAGGUUUUUAUAACUGCUCUCCCCCUUCAGUCUGGUGUCCUCGGCCCCCUUCUCCGCCCCCCCUGGUAGCAGAAAAACAUUUCCAGAUGUACCAAGAAAAGAGCUCCCUGCGCAGUAGCUUAGUAAUGGAUUUCAAACACUGCAAGCUAAAGGUCACUACCUCAGAUUGUUGAUCCAGCGAUUGUCCCUCCCUCCUCCCUCCUUGGACAACAAACACAAGCACCAAUGCCUUUACAGGACAAGACAGGCAGCUCCUACACAUUCCCCUCAUGAAUAAGAAUCUUCAAACUGCUGUCAGUGAGCCGCUGUCUAAUUUGGAUGGUGGGAGAGCAGUGGAUACAGCGGGACACACUGGAAAGCGUCAAAAUCGCGCCUGGCACUGGCAUAUGCAUCUGUCUCGGCCCCUCUGUGGCUGCUGGACGGCUGCCUGGAAUAAUGCUGUGCUGCGCGGUUUUCUAUUGGCUGCAGCAUCCCGUCGUGCAUGGCUCUACAGGGCGAGUUGGACCCUGGGGCUUUUUUUUCUAUCUCCUCAUAGCGCAGAGGCAUUUGCCUUUCACCUCUUUGUGUCCAAUAUGUCAGAGCGCUAGUGGGCUUGUAGUCUCCUUGCACACUUGGCACACAGCGGAGAUACAGGAAUUAAACUAAAGUGGCUUCUGGAUAACCUCACAGUUGCUUCUUCUCUGGGUCAUCAGUCCUGCACCCUGAGGGGCAGCAUGCACACGAGGGAAUCCCUAAAAUUUUUGUGGUGAACUAGAUUUGUGUGGUUUUUGGGGGACAAAGUUGAGUAUGCUGCAGGAGACUCCAUGACAGUCUGAAUGAGGCAACUUCUCUUUCUGCAAAGUGACCACUAGGUCUCUCGAAAGGAUGAAACCUGUUUUUUAGCAAAAAAACUCACCUUCACCUCAUUAUUUUUGGGUGUAAAAGCAACAGAAGUAACAUAAAAUUGUGUAUUUGAUAUGUUAAAGUCUCUAAUGUCCUUGGUGUGGUUCGAGGAAAGCUCUUAGUUCGUGCCAGGCAGGCCAGUUUAGCAGUGGGACUCUUCUACUACAGAGUUAUUGGGUUGGAAUACAUGCAGGAUUAUUUGUUUUGUACAGUCUCUCACAGAGUGUUUACAUCUUUCCUUUUGAGAGACUCCGUCUUUCUAAAUUUCCUUCUUAUAACCCGGUCAUGUUACUAACCAUGUAAUUAACCUUUCUCAUCAGGACAUGUUUCUCCAGGUGAUUUUUUUGUGGUUAAAAUCUCUUAUGGUUCUUGGGGUUCAGGGUCAAAAAAAAGAUUGCCAGUUAUAUUUAAGGUCAAGGUUUGAAAAUCAAGACAAAAAAAGUGUUGAAAAUACACAGCACAGUAUUUAUCUCACUAUAAACUUAGCCCUCUUUCACCCACGCCUCUACGUGAGGUACAUCAUUAUAUUCACUUCCUUGUUUACGUUGAGAAGAUGAAGACAUUGGAUUCUAGACGCUCACAUUUAUCAACAAAUAUCCCUGCCAAAGUUUACGCAAGUCAAUUUCCACAUGUGUUGCAUGAAAGCCGAGGUAAACUCUUCUGCAAUAUUGUGGCGCAAUACAUGCGAAAGUCGUCUCUUGACAGACACUUUUCAACUGCAAAACAUGCGAGGAGAACAGCUGAAAGUCACUAUGAGAGAGGCUGUUGCAUCCAGAACAAUAACAGAGGCUGAAUGGGUCGCGGAUAUACUCUUUAAAGCGAUAUAAGUGGAGAAUGAAGAAAUGUGUGUGUGUGUGUGUGCAAGUGUGUGUGAAAAAGUAAAAAAAAAAAAGCUCACAAAUAAAAAUAGUAAUUCAACUUGGUGCUCAUAUUUAUGUUUUCUUUUAAUGGUAAGAUAGAAUGCAACCAAGUUUGUUUGCCCUGCGUGCCUGUCUGUCUCUCUGUGAGGCUGUCUUGUGUUUCAGAUAUCACUCAGAGAUGCAGAGCACUCUGUGUGGAAAAUAUCACGCAUAAAUCUUAAGGCUACAAACUCACAAAAGACUGUUGUAGCUGAUUUGCCAUCGCCCUUGUUCCUGUGAUUUUAAUUUAAAAAACCUCAAAUGAUCGCAACUUUCACGGCAGUUUUUUAGAGAAGGGAAAAAGUGACUGAACAGUGGAUGAAUUUUGAUCUUUUUCGGAGUCCUAUCAGCGUCACUUAGAGAUGACACUCAUACACAAACACCUUUAACUGCAUUUGAAGGUUGUUGGAUAAAUCGUAUGCAGUCACUUUCAGCGAGCCACUUCUCACUACAAAAAUAACCUCACUCUCUUUGUUUCUCUCUCUCUCUCUCUUCUCUGUUUCAGAUCGCAGUCAGAAAGUGCCUUGUGAGACCGCAUCCCCUACUUGAAGAUCCCGGGGCUCUUCUUCAGAGCUUCAGUCUUUUUCCUCUGCAGUCGUGACAGGACACAGCUCAGCCGCAGACACAUGCGCUCAGUGGGAAAGAGAAAGGGAGGAGCUGCUGUGCUGCUGGCGAAGGUGCCAAAGCUCAUUUAGAGCAGGUACUGAAGACUUAAAGAAAACUACAAACUUUGUUGUCCUCAACUGUGCCAUUGCUCCCAAAACACCGGACGUUGCACAGAUUUCAUCACUCAAAUAUCGGACAUUUUGGGGACAGGUAUGACCCCUCUGCUUCAUCAGAGGUUUGAACCUGAGAUUUACUGAUUGAUAAACAAUUAGCAGUUCAGACUGACAAACUCCCAUGCUCCAGUCACAGACACUUUGUUGGUCCAUUACCUCCAGUUUCCUGCCCACAAGGACAAACCUCAUCCACUGACCUGACGCAGAUCAUUCGCCUCUACAUGUCCCCGCAGUUUUAGUCGUUGUGUGUUUUUAUUUUUUUUAACUGGGACACUCUAAAAAAGGCCUCCCUUCAGAGGAUAGCCUUCCUCCUUAAACCAAGUGGCUCCACUCCACCCCCAGCUGCCGUCAUGGCUCUAAACAUCGCUUCGAUACGGGACACGAAAUGGCUGACCCUGGAAGUGUGCCGGCAGUUUCAGAGAGGGACGUGUUCGCGCAGUGAUGAGGAAUGCAAAUUCGCUCACCCACCCAAGAGUUGCCAGGUGGACAACGGGAGGGUGAUCGCCUGCUUUGACUCGUUAAAGGUGAGGUUUGUGUACUUUUAGGAACUGUGCGUUUUUUCUCCUUCCUUUAUCUUUAUCAUGCUCUUUUUCAACAGAAAGAAAAACUAAACUGAUGGAAAAACAUAAAACUCUUGCAAACAUCUACACUGGUUUUAAGGAAAAUAUGAGCACUUAGAUAUCUGCAUGGUGUAAGUUUACCACUUAAAUGAGUUUGUGUGUCAGGCCUCCAUGCUGUGCUGCACUUACAGAGCAGUCUGACCUAUGAAGCUAAAGGCCACAGAGGUCUGUUGUCAUGUUCACUGUCACCACAGGUGUGUGCGCGCGUUAGGUUUUUUUAUACGGUAAGUUCGUCUAGUGUUACCGCGCCUUGUCCAUCAUCCGUACUUGUGAGCGAACAUCUGAUCGCCUAAAGUCAUUCCAGGGCUUCUAUUCCUGGGUGCAUGUCAGCUGUCACACACAAACCAACAAACAUCAUAAACAGUCAGAGCGCGCUGUAAUGUUUGGUUCUCACAGAUCUGAAGAGAGGGUGGCGGCAGCAGGUUCAAAGUCAAGAUCUUCCUCUUCCUCCUCCGUCUUCUGGAGCUUAAGACAAGGGUAGAAUAUUCUGACUGCAUUUGGUUGAUUUCAAAACUGCUUGCGAUCUCAGAAAGGCUUUGUUGUUUUCAGUAGCUUGUCAUAAGAAGGGCUAUAGAGCUACAAGAGUAUCUUUGGGUUAAGUGCACUACAUUCAAGUCCUCUGCACCUGAAACAAAGACUGAGGACACUUGAGUGCACCAACCCUCCUCCAACAAACCCCAAUCAUCGCACCAGUACUGCAUUAUUAAUUUAUAACAUUAACUUUUUUUUUUUUUUACUUCCAUGACUGUGCCAUUUUUAGCGUGUAUUUUUUCCGACUUGUUCUCCAUUUUUGUUUUGAAGGGCUGUGAUUUUCUCUGCUGCUUCUCCCAAAGAGAUGCUUACCUGUCAUCCAUUGUGAAAAUAAAGAUCCAGCUGUCAGUCUUUUUUACCACUGACAGGCUCAGAUCAUUAUUCAAAGUGCUUGACAACACUCGGGGAAGGAUUGGAGACCUUAAAGUCCACAUAUGGUAGUUUUUUUAAAAACCAUUUUAACAAAUAUAACAAAACUUGCUCUGUCUGAAGUGUAUUUAUGUUGUGGUAGUACUUUCAAAGAUCCAGCAUGAUAAUUAUAAUUGACUGAUGUUAGUUUAAGUCAACAGGUCUACAGUUUUGUCAAAGCAGUGAUAAUAUUUAUGAUAUUUAUGGUUUGAAUUCAAACAAGUGAAGCAAAAAGAGUAGAAAAAGUUUACAAUUGACAUUAGCGUAAAGGUCCUUACACACCGGGAACGACUCAAAUAUACAAUGCGAAAAGAAUCAGACGUCGCAACAAUACGCAAUCUGAUUAGUCAGAAGUGGACACACAGUAUGCAAAACUUAAGAAAAAUCGACCGUGAUAUGCAAAAAUAAAUGCCGCAAUAUCCCAGAACGGGAAAACGUUGCUGAUGUGAACGCUUGUAUUGACAGGAUACGGGGUUCGAAAAAAAAUAUUGACGUCCGAAAUAAUCGCACGAAGGACCUUAAGAGCUAGAAAUGGAGGGACUGAUGUCUGUAGUUAAAGCAGCUGGAAAGCAGGUCCACAACAGCAGGACGCCUGCAGCAGUGACCAAAAGAACUUACAGGUUGAGGGGGCUCAUCAAAAUCUAGUUCCACAUUUUAAAUACCCCCAAAUGAGUAUCGUUUGAGCUAAUCAGAUCUGCUAUCAGGUGUUGUGGGUUAAAUAGUCUUGAGCUGAGUCUCAUCAUUUAAUCCAAAUGCAAGAUCAAAGUCUGUGGAUUUAAAAUGCCCAGUCUGCAAACUGGAUCGGAGUGUGUCCGACCAUUUCUCCCUUAAGUGCUGCAGGAUCUAAGUGCUGAGGUGUAAGGUACCAAGAGAUUGGAUUAAGUCCCUUGGGUGUGUUUUGGAUGUAUCAUGUUUCAAACUAAUCAGUGCAUCAGCUCUCAUUCCCUCAAAGAGCCAGGUGUGACUGCAGACAGGUGUGUUGCUAGUUUUAUUACCAUAUAGAGCAUCUAGAGCUGGUUCAUUUAUUUAACUUCAGUGUUUCUACUGUGACUCUAAAAACACAGAAAAAAAAUCCACUGAAGGAAUUCCUCUGCGAUCCAACUAUCUGGAAAAAAGUGGCAUCUCCAGUACUAAGAAAGUAAAGAAAGCAGAGGAAUCUAUAUCUUGUACUUUUUGGCCAUCGUACCAUCUCACCAAGAUCACAGGAGAGUGUUUUGUUGUGGACUUUAGACCAGGUCUCAAGUGCAGUCCCUUGCGGUGCCUUUAAAAUAGCAACAUACCGGGUUUGACCACACCUCCUUUGAAGACCAGCACACUAUUUCCCUUUAAGUGACAUUGAUGAACAACCUGACCCCAUCAGUGGUAAAAAGCAGCACUUUUUGCAUACAUCGGUCAGGCGCAUUUUCCUGCAGCCUGGGGCCUUUUAUUGGUACACACCAAGACCUGUAAAAAUAGAGCCCAGUUUAAAAAUAGCAGACUUCCCCUUUAAAUCAAUGUUGGCGUAUUUAUUCUUUAUAGCAGACUUCCCCUUUAAAUCCAUGUUGAAGUAUUUAUUCUUUAAAUAAAAGCCCGCAGUUAAUUUCCUGACCCCUCUGACGCCUUUCUUAUAUUUGUUAUCUGAGAUACACUCUUAAUGGCUCAGUUUGCCGUUUUUAAUCGUGGUGAAUUAGCUCAGCACUAAAGACUCUGAAAGUCUCCCCAAUUAUAACAAGGUCGCCUCACACAGGCCCCCACAUGCGGCAAAUAAGAUUAGUGCAUCUAAAAGCAGCCCCGUGUUUUCAAGCUGGGAGGAAAAUAACCCAAAAAAACCAGCAGCUUUGACAAUGAUAAAUAGCAGAAGAAACUAGAGCAGAACACUGGAACUAUGAGGUCUGUUUUUUAAGGAGUGAGCUGCAUUUCAGACACACAGCAGUGCAGCGUGUGGAGAGUGCAUAUGAAACUUUUUUUUUUAGGUUGUUCAAAAGGACGAAAGAGACAGGAAGGAUAGAUGCGCAGGAUGCAGAGAGCACUUCCUGACAUAACUUUGGUGCCUUUCCUUCUCCUUGAAAAAUCAAAUAUAUUCAGUAAAAAUUGAGGUUUCCAGGGUCUUUGUUGGAUUGUGCUCCUGAAAUGUAAGGCUGGCUUUCCACAUUUUUCCCACUCGCAAUCCAUCUCCAUCGUUUUUCAGAGUGUAAGAGCCCUCUUCAUUACAAGUUGUUCAUGGUGGAUUAUUUAUUUGACAGUGUAAAAACAAGCUGCCUUUACAAGCCGUCCGUAUCAGCUGUUUUCUUGGCUGAGACAGAGCUCAUGGUAAAGCUGGCUGAAAUAUCUCAAUGAGUGACAUUCCUCCUCAGCUGCCAGGUUUUUGCGAGCUGUUAUGCUGUUAUGGUUUAAUGGGCAAACAGCUGACUCCAAUCGGGAUCGAUUUGUUGUCGCAGCAUGCGAGGGAAAAGCCUGACACGGACCCUCUCUGCACAUGACAUGAUUUUCUGUACCCUGAGCGCGGCAGCCAGUCAUCCCUGACUGAGGAAACUAAAUGACCGGAGCGCUCAGCCUCACACAACUGCCACCUCUCAUUUAGACUCUUCUCAUGAUGUUACCUCUACGAAUAGUAGCUGGAGGCAGACUACUGGCAAUCCAUGCAUCAUCUGAUUAACUUUACCUUAAAACACAGAAGAAAAGUAAACCUGCGCAGCUGCAAACCUGCGGGGACUUACUUCCCCUGUAACCCGAGGGCUCCGAUUGAGCAUCCUUAUGAGGAGUCCUCACGAAUAAGCCCUUUUCAAGUAUGCACUCUGGGAAAAUUCAGGUACAUUUUUGGAAAAUUUUACAUACAUUUUUGGAAAAUUUAAGGUAAAUUUUGAAAACUUUAGGUACACUUUUGGAAAAAUUUAGGUACAAUUUUGGAAAAACUUUGGUAUAAUUUUUGAAAAUUUUAGGUACACUUUUGGAAAAAUUUAGGUACAUUUUUUGAGAAAUUUAAGUACAUUUUGGGAAAAUUUUAGGUACACUUUUCAAAAAAUUUAGGUAUAUUUUUGGAAAAUUUUAAGUUUAUUUUUAGAUACAUUUUUGGAAAAAUUCAGGUAUAUUUAUGGAAAAUUUUAGCUAUACUUUUAGAAAAAUUUAGGUACAUUCUUUUAAAAUGUAAGUACAUUUUGGGAAAAUUUUAGGCACAUUUUUGGAAAAAUUUAGGUAUAUUUUUGGAAAAUUUUAAGUAUAUUUUUAGAUACAUUUUUGAUAAAUUUUUGGUACAUUCUUGGAAAAAAAAAGAAUAAUUCAUUUUUGUAGCACUUUUUAAAAACAGAAAUUCACAGAAUGCUUUGACAAACAGUCCUAAAGCACAGAACACCAGCACAUGGAAGUAAAAACAAAUAAAAAACAAAAAUUCAAAAAUUUAGGUACAUUUUUGGAAAUCUUCAGGUUAAUUUUUGGGAAAAUUUUCAGGGGAACUCUAUGACUUAAAAAUUGCUGUUAAGUUUAAUGUUUUAUGAAGAUUGCUUCUUGACUAAAGCUUACCAUGACAUCAUCGCAGCUGCUGUUAGCGUCACAUAUUAAACAGCGGAGUCUCAGCUCAGAAUCAAGGUGCUGGAUUGAGAUGAUUAGAUCUAAUCUGCUUGAAUGUCAAUCAAUCCUUGUUGGAAACACUUUCCUGGUGCCGUAAGUUGUCAGUGAAACCUGCAGAGCGCACGUUGCCAGAGCAUGAGGGAAAAAAUCCAAUCAGUGUUUGACAGAUUUGAUAUGAUAUGAAUCACAAGAACCAGGUAUGAGACAUUAGUGGAUGUCUUUAUUGCGUAAGUGUUGUAUGAAACUGAAGGAACCGCUUCGGUAGGCUGUGGUGUCUCUGUUGUCUCUGUUAUCAAAGAAAAGCUGAGAUUUAGCAGAACUGGGCAUAAUGGCAAUAACCAGGGAUUUGCAGUAUUUACAUUCAUCAUUCAGCUGCAUUUUUACUCGUCUUGAACUUACAACACAAAAAGUUACUCCGCUAUAGCUCUUUGUGUUGCAGAAAGUAAAACUCUAUCAUAUGUGCACAAAGACCAAAACGCACGUUUUAACUGUUCCAAAAUUCAUGACGUGGCAAACAUGACACUGACAAUGAUAUUAAACAACACUACAGGUAAAUUAAUUCAGUAUUGUCAAUGUAAAGUGGAAAAUCCAUCUGUUUUCAUCCAAAAGAAAGGCCUUUUCUUUAAAAUCCCCUUGUAUGUUUGUGUCACAACUCCUAUCAAAGAGUUGGGAAGCUAAAAAAAUCAUAUUUACCGUCCUCAUGGGGAUAAAUUAGCCGCAAGGAAUAAUCAGGAGUUUUAAGGUAAAAGACAGGGAACAAAGACAUGCCAUAUGCAAGAUUAAACACUCGGGAAACAUGAAAACAUUAUCUGGCAUCGAAAAGGAAAAACACCUACGCUGGACUAAUGUGAACGUAUCAAGUUAAUUUUCUCUGUUUUAUUUGGAAGAGUCAUUGAUUUCUAAUUGAUUAUUUGGAAAGUUGUAAAACCAUAAUCUGGUGUUUUUCUACUUUUUACCCAUUGCAGAAAUAUUUCAAAAUGUCUGCAGAGUUCAGUCUUGUUUUGCAGACUCUUUCCCUCUGUACCCGCUCUGCUCCUGCUCACCACACUUCCCAUCGACAGAUCUCGAAUACAGGAUCCUCUGUACUUUUAACUCCAUCUCGCCCCCUCUCUCCCAAAGACUCCUCGUGACAGCUGAGAGAAUGAACGCUUUAUUUUGCAUUAGGAAAUGUGCUUGGCUCCACGGCAGGCUGAUUCCCACCCCAUUACGCCCGUAUCGUCUUGCUGGGUCUUCUCAUCUGAUAGGGUUAUCACUGCCAGGGUUGUGUGCUGCCAGCCGUAACCUGGCUGCUGAUCAGAAGGGUCCUUUUCAUAAACAUGUGAGAGGUACUGCUCAGGAGAGGAGUGGAGUAGGAGGUGUGAGUCUGUUGUUGCACUUGUCAGGCAAACAUGCCAGCUCUGUGGAGAAUUUGAGUGUAACGGUUGUUGUUUUCUGACUGAGUAGGUAGACACACUCCGGUGAUGACAAUAGAGCUACUUCCUGUCAAACUCGGCAGAAGCCAGAUAUCAAAUUUGGCAGCUUAUUUUCAGAGUGAAAGAUUUCUUUCUCCGCACCUCAGACACUUCUGUGCAUCUCUUACAAAAACUGUACAGUCAGUUUUCCUCUUUCUAUGAUUUUCCGUAUGUUUGGGUUGCAUGGCAUUUAAAAGAUGUACUUUUAGAUAAUGAUAGGUGUCUCUUCAGCCCACAAACUCACAGUUUUUAAAAGCCGUCAUUAGUUUGAAACACAAUGCAGCGAGACUAGUCAGAAAGGUUGCCCUCAUUCCUCUUGGUUAGAGGGACAGAAAAGAGCCUCGUGUAAUUUUACUGAGUAUUAGGCUUUGUUCUCUCCGCUAUUCUUCUCAGUUUUAUAUAACAUACUGGGUAUGUGCUUGAAUAGCUUAAUAACUGGCUUUACACCUUGAAUCUAGCCUGUAGUUUAGGUCUGCAAACACUAAUUUAACACAAACACCAAAUUGCACCGUGUGUCUGCCACAGCUGUGUGUAAAUAUGGACAGAUUUGAGGGUCAGAAGGAUGAGCGAGAGAGUGUUCAGCGCAGCUCUGUGCAGCAAAGAAUGGAGAUGCUAACAGAUUGAGACUACGUUUACAAACGGACAUUUCACCCUCUCCAUUUACAAAAAAAAUCAAAAACUACGUUUUCAGAGAAAUUUUCGUUUACACUAACCCAUGUAUAUAUGCCGUCAAGAGCAUGCCAAACCUGUAGAUGGCAGUGUAGUUAGAAGCUCAAGCCCAAGCUAGCCAAUCAGAGUCCCACAUCUCAUCUCUACUCCUCCACGUAGUACAGUAUUUGUAGGAUUUGCUCUAGCAUAAAUGCAACUGCUAAUCUGUAUGCAUCCAUGAUCACCAAAGAUUGUAAACAUAGACUGUAGAUUGUAAACAACGUUGCAUUUAACCCAGUUUCCGCACAAUCUGCCAUUGGCUACCCAAAUCUUAGUUUUUCUCAGUUUACACGCAAAUGUGCAGAUGGAGUUUUCCAAAAUCGCCAUUCUGGCCGGAGUUGUUAAAAAGCAUCGUUUUCAGGGGCGAAUUCUCCGUUUGCGUCUAAACAGAGGGUGCAAACGAUGGUUAAUGUCUCAGUUUAUAGAAACCACUUGGUUCUCAUAAACGGGGCCUGAAUCAAGACGCAAAACUAGAGCUACCUUCAUAGAUCUCCAGAGCUUCAUGGCUUUGUUUACACCCAAAUAUCAUAAUGCAAUAUGCUUUGAGAACUAGAUCUUGAGAGGGCUUAGACAGCAGACGCAAGUGAUGCAUACCCCCACUCUUGAAUGUUGAAGUAGCUUGAAGUUUGAUGGCGUAUUUGAUGGAGAAUCUUUAUGGAGCACCCGUAAAGGUUCAGCUCUCACAGACCCAAAAGACCUGAUGUUGCAUUUUUCUGUUGGCUACGUGCUUUGCAUGUACAGGGCGUUGAAGAGGAGUCAUUCUUGCUUGGUUUGCUCCUCAAACAUAAACCAUGCAGCAGCAGCAUCCUGACUCCACUACGCUGCUCUCAGCAGUUCUUUACAGUAAUGUCUGGGGGAUUAUUUUUCUGUCCUCUUGCUCUACAGUGUAGUAGGCUUUGGAAAUCGACUCUCUAUGCUACAUUUGUCAUCUCUGAAAAUAGGACAUGCUGCUUCAUCCUUGUUCAGCUGACACUUUAUUCACAUUUGGUAGAUAGGCAUGAUAUAACUUUGCUCGUCUGGUAGGAAGAUACAUGAGUGCUAUUGGGUAUCAUUCUUCCCCGCUGAGAUAUGGUGACAGUGGUGACCUUAACAAAAGGGAAACGUGGCUGUGGAGCCUCUCAGAAAGUUAAUCUCUCUUCUUUUUCAUCCAGCGCAGACACAAUCUUCAGUUUCAGUGUGAGCACUAGUAUUUUCAAGCACACUCCAGACUUGGGUGACCUGGGAACAUUUGUUAAAAGAUUUGUUCUGAGGUUUCCAGCUCCUCUUUUACUAGAUAUGACAAUAAAUGAAGCAGGGAACUUUGGGGAGAGAGCUGGUGGAGAAAAGUGCCACCAAACCUGGGCUACCCUCCCUCCUAUAUGGGGUGCGUUUUCCCCUCAUUUUUAUGCGCAAAGAUGAAAAGCCAAAGCAGGGAGAGCAGCAGCAAAGAGGGUUCAGAACAGAGCAGUUGUCUGUGACAAUGUAGAUGACAGAUAAAAUCAGACACCGUGUUAAAAAAGAGCAGACGGGAGGAGGCAGGUUAAAGCAGGUUAAACGGAAAGCUUGUUUUGAACAUGAAAAGCCAAAGCAGGGAGAGCAGCAGCAAAGACCCUCAGAGUUCAGAACAGAGCAGGUGCCUGUAACCAUGUAGAUGACAGUUUAAAUCAGACACAGCGUAAAAAAUAGCAGACGGGAGGAGGCAGGUUAAAGCAGGUUAAACAGAAAGCCUGUUUUGAAAAUGAAAAGCCAAUGUAGGGAGAGCAGCAGCAAAGAGGGUUCAGAACAGAGCAGUUGUCUGUGACACUGUAGAUGACAGAUAAAAUCAGACACCGUGUAAAAAAAGCAGACGGGAGGAGGCAGGUUAAACAGAAAGCCUGUUUUGACAUUUGCCAGUUGAAUGUGUUGAAGGUUAUCAGCUGAGUCGUCACUUGCGUUACGAUCAGCUGAUGUAAUUUCUGACCCUGUGCUCAUCCUCUGUCGGCUACUACUGCCUGCUAAAACAAAUGCCUUAUGGGUAAUACUUCAUCAUUAGUCCUGCUGGUGGCCCAUUUUUCGCCGCAAAGUAAAAUCAAUCAGACAGGAGAGAAAGCUGAAAUUGUUUCCAUUGAGACAGAUUGAACCCUCCCCCUUACAACUUCGCCAUCAUUCACUCCAGUUUGUGAUAAAUAAUCAAUAAAGGCAGCGCUGAGUCUCCCGUAGCGUCACAAAUGAUUCAUCCUGGUUGAAGCCAUUUCCUUGAAGCGCUUUGAUACUUGUUGCUCUGUGACCAUGGAAACCAUGGCAGAGCGGUGAUGGCUGGGAUGAGCGGAGGAGGGGGCGGCUGUUGGAAAUGGGCAAGAAUACCUACGUUAAUGGAGCAAAUGCAAUCACAGCGGUCAUGUGAUGAUGUCACGUUGGCUCUGGCUCUGACAGUAGCCUUUUGUUGAUGCGUAUGUCUCUGUUUUCUCUCUAUAAAGGGUUUUAUUUCUCUCCUCUGCGGUGAAAUACUGUUCUUGUCAAGAGCACAAGUUUUAUUUUGUGUUUUUGACUGCCUGUCAGUGCACAAAUAAGAUACAACACAUGUAGGCAGGAUUUAAGGCGAGCACACAAGAAGCAGCUCAAUAAGAUGUCAGUGAAAAACCUGCUUUUUCUGGUCUGCAGAGAUCUCAUUUAACACUCUACAGAUUUUAGACAUGUAAGUCAAGGUUUGUCCAGCAUAUGCACAGCUUAUAAGAUUCCCUCCCCCUCAUGUUCCUCAUACCUGUCAGGUUUUUACCGGGUGACCUCUACGCCUGGCUGGUCAUCAAUACCCUGAAAGGUCUAAGCUGAAAGUCUGCCGCAUCCUGACGCUCUCAUGUUUCUUCCAGUUGCAUUUUCAAAAAGGGAAAGUGGUGAAGCAGGUGAAACAAUAGAAGCUACUUUCAGGUGUUGGGGGUGUUCUCUAAUUUGUGUCACAGGCUUGCUGCAGUCUCCCCUGAGGCUGAGGCGCCCUGGUUUUUCUUACUUGGUAAGAACGGCUUGAUCAGACUCUGCUUAAAAAGGCUUGAGUGGUUUUUGAAGGAAUUAAAGGGUAAUUUGUGUACUUUAUGCCAGCAUGCACCUCUAUAUUUUUGCAGGUUUCUUGGUCUUAAAGAGAUAUUCCGACAUAAAAUUAAGUUAGUGUCAAACACACUGUACCACUUAGUUAGACACUCCCUGGAGAGAUGAAUGUUGCAGACUGCUUGCUUCUCUAGUUAUACCAACUUCACAGAUGACCGCACCGUAGCAAUACACAGAGGUCUACGUCUCCACGUGCAAACCUCAACCAAAAAGCCACUCUAUAACCACAAAUAAUGCUCAAAACAGCACCUAUAGUACUAGCCAUCAAACAUCUUUUUAGUUUUGCCUAAUUUCUUUAGCAAAGAGACCAAACACAACUCACCCACUCUCCUCCAGCAGCUGCUUGUUUGUGGGGGAAGCCCUGACGAGUCAAUCACCGGGUGCAGUGGAGUUUCGCAGCUCAAGGAGGAAAAAUUUUGAUUAUUACUCCAUUGAAAUGCAAUCAGACCGAGACACUAAGGCAGAAGAACUACUGUGUCUGCAGUGCAAAAUGAUUAUUAUGAUGAUGAUUACUUUAAGAAAAUGAUCAGCUGCACUCGGUGAUCGAUUCAUCAGGGCUCCUCCACAAACAAGCAGCUGCUGGAGGAGAGUGGGUGAGUUGUGUUUGUGUAUUACUAAACGAAUUAGUUUUGAUCUGAUUGGUAGGAGGAGACACCACCAUCGAGAGCCAGUGUUCAAAACGGGCCCGGGUUAGUUUGAUCAUAUUUCUUUUUCAGUAUCAAAACAGCCAGUAGAUUCAAGGGUGGAGGUAGUGAUGAAACUAAGGUGAAAAAUAUACAGUUCAGUGUCAUUGACAGGUUUCGACAGGCAGGGAAGCAGAGCAACAUUAGCAAUCAUUAAAGACUGUUAAAAGUGGCCUUAAGUUAAUGUGUUGCCCCAUAACAACCAGCCCAGACAGAAGCCAGACACAGACACUUCAUUUCAGAUAUUCCUUUGGCUGCCUUUACUGUAACUCCCUCCCUUAGGCUCAUUGCAUUUGCAUGUUUUUGGAUCUUCAGGAAGCUCCAGUGAACAUGAACUUUACGUCCACGCCCCCUCUCUCCCCUCUCUUGUUUUAAAAGAUGGGCUUGGCUGCAUUCCUCCGUGUAAUCCUCUCAAACUGGGCCACACCCCGGGCAGAGCAAACAUGUGGAGGGGAAUGCAUGCAGCGCAGCAGGAGCCGGUGUUCCCUCGGGGUCAUUCACACAGACACAAUGAGGCACUGACUUGAGCUUAACACGGGGGGCUGCAGUGGACGCGGCGGGGCUUUGAUGAACCCCAGGAGACCCCCUCUGCUACCGUUCCUUUAACUGGCCUCCUCACACGCGGGCUCAUGCACACGCACCCGCAGUCCUCUUAGUACAAACCAUGCCAAAUUUCAUUUGAUCCAUGUGAUUUCACCCCCUAUAACCCACAGCCCCGGUCCUGCUGAUCUGAGAAAGCUCCAUAGAUAGGAGAGAUAAGAGGGAGGGGAUUCACAUCAGCACGCUGGUAAAGUCUCAUGACACAGGUUCAGCUGAGAAGUCAGUGCUGCAUGAAGAAAGGCUCACUUAUGAGAAAAACCUCUGAAGCUUUCAUUUUAUGUUGGUGAAAGAAUUUUAAUCAGUGUUCACCAUCACGGAGCCUCAUGAUUCACUUCAAAUUUGCUGAAAAUUUCCUGAAGAGGUUUUUAUGUUUUCACUUGUCCUAAAUGUGUGCAUCUGUGAUCAAACUCUCAAACAUCCAUCUACUGUAUCAAUUUAAGUAUAUCUGAUAUCCUACAAACAUUGAAUAAACAUUUCUUGAAGAGAAAGUAGCCGUGUUAAAGUCAAAGUUUUGUCAAAGUGGACAUGUUUCCUGUCUUGCUAUGUCAGAGCCUUUGAGUUCUGUUUAGCCAAACUCUGGAUUGCUUAUAACGAUAUCCGAGACUUGAGAUAGACUCAUUAAUUGGGGCGAUUAAUGGAGUUUUGCAAUGAUUGGCAUUAUAUUGGCAUCUGCCCUACAAGUGGAGUGAGGGGAGCAGGGAGAGGAGAAGGAGGAGGCAGGAGUGUUUGUGAAUGUAUCUGCGUCUGAAAAGCCAAAGGACAGCAUAAGCAUGAUGAGGGAGGGCUGGAGGGAGGCUGUAGUCAUUAUGAGCGUGCAUGAGAAUUAACAAGCCAUCGGACGAUCCUCACCAACCCCGACUUGACGACAUCAUAAUUGUCAUAAUCCAAGAUGGCAGCGCAGUGCAUCAGCACUAAAGAGUAACAGUGUAUUAUCUAUUCGCACUUCUUUUUUGUUUUUGUAAAAUUAAAUAAGUGGUAUUUGUUGUACUGCCCAACGUCUAACUGUAAACACGGUGCUAUGGUGUUUGUAAGAGUGAAAUACUGUGUUAUUCAUUGUUUACAACUGGGAUAGCUAACAACCGCUAACAACAACUGACAACGAAUAAAGACAGCUGUCAAUUGUUAACAACAGCUAACAAUGGCCAACAGUAGGCGUCCAUCUUGGUUUUCCAACUUGUACACUGCAAUGCCGUCAACUGGGGUGUAACGUCAUUCCCAGCUCCGACAUCCGACUUCCGAGGUAACUGGAAUGUAGCAUACGUCCAGCUACAGAGCUGCUGUUCUAAUCUUGCUGUCACAGUUCUGGGCUAUGUAAGCUCUCAGUGAGUAAAGCAGUUUUUUGUUUUUUAGUUCCUACUUUAUCAUGACUGGAUUUCUACUUAUGAGCGUAAACUCGCCGAACUCAAACCAUGCUUUCUCCAUGCUAACAGAAAACGCUCGUUGCUGCUGUCGCUCAUGUCAGCUUCAAUAGUAGGUGUUUGUCACCCGAUGUGCCGCCUGCAUCAUGAUGGAGACACUGAGCACUGAAUAUCUGCCCAUCUGCUGUACUCAGUGUCUCACCUGGUCUCAAUCCACCCACUACCUCUGAGUCAUCCUCUUUUUCCAUCCCUCUUUCUCUCUCCCUCUCUGUGCUGCCCACAGUGCUGCUGAUGAAGUACGAGAUUCUCUGCAAUUUUUCUUUUCUCUCUGCGAGAAAAAAAAUCCCUGCAACUUAAGGCAGCACUGCAGAAUCAAUGCCAUCCUCACAUUUUGUGAUUUUCAAAGCCAGCUGGACUCAAACUCCCUGACUGCUGCAGUAGUCGAUGCUUCUGUGAGCACCUCUGCAGCAAAGCUGAAGGCAGAUCUAUGGCAAGUAAGGCAGGAGGCUGGCUGUGAGCUCGACCUUUAGUAUUGCUCUCAUUAAUUAUUGAUAUGUACUUUCAUCAUCACCCAUCAGAGGCAGACUCAGGUUGUCCUAAUCUAAUUCCUAUACUGAGAGAGAAGCAUUUUCUGGUCAUGAUUUCUUUAAAAAAUAUAUAUCAUGCUUGGAAAAUCAAUAACUACAGUGUUUAUUUUCCUGGAAGAGCCAGAGAAACCUGCCGCUAGCCGCAGUAUGUUCCCAUACCGAAGCAUAUGGUGUUUGCAGUGGCCCAUAUUAAACACAGAAAUUAAUCGUUGCUCAGAAAACGUGUUGACUGCUCCCUCGGGCUUCUUUUAAUUCUCCUCUGAUUAUUAAACGCACAAACGUACAAAGACUCAAAUGUGACACAAUUCCCACCCAGCCACCCCCAGCUCUCGCACACAUGCACAUAAACACACACACACCUAGAGAGCUACAAACAGCAAGACAGACAGGCCCAGCUGUCUCCCAGGGGUCUGCCUUUAUAAUGAGACAGAGAUCUUCUUAAUUGGCUCCAUCUAAUGAGGCAACAGAAGUGCAAUCUUUAGGGGCCCUGCACCAGAAUGGCUUCUCUCUGCUUUUUUUGUCUAAAUGACUGUCGGCCUGUGUCAAACAGGCUGUAGUGAAGCAGGUCUAGCAUGACAUACCAAUCCCAUGUGAAGACGUGUGAGUGCAGACAUGGAAGCAUUUAUAUUUGGACCUCAACACAGGGAUAAAGUGACAUCAUGAUGUCUUUUUUUGGCCAUAUCUGUUAGAUAAUUCAAGAACCUGCAAGAUAAACGACAGAAAUUUUCCUUACAUAGAAGUACAGCCUUAAAAUAUUUGACGAAAUGUAAAAACUGUAUAUGUUUACCAGACUUAAGGUCCUUACACACCAGGAACAACGCAAAUAUAUGACGCGAAACUACGAAAUAUUUGGAGGCGAAUUUUGACGCGCCUGACUAUACACAAUUAUGGCAAAUAGACUAACAAACCACAAGCCAAGCAUUUUUUACUGCCCUAAAUAUCAUAAUAGAUUUUAUCCAUUCAUUCAGAUGCACAUAUGAAAAGCCAAUGCAGACACAGCAUGUAAAGGAGGCAGGAAGAACGUAGCCUUUCCUGUGUUUACCAAUUAGAGGGUGAGGUGCGUAGAAUGUAAUCUGAGCUGUCAGCUAAUAUUGGCUGGGGUUAAAAUCAGCUCAUGUACCAUAAGGUGAACUUCACUUUAUAGUCUGCCUGAACUAGCACUAUGCUCAGAUUUCACUACAUGUAAUUGAGAUAAUCAGGUUAUUGAUUUUCUGUGUUAACCUUAUUACAUUUGCCCUCAUGAGUGUAUCUUUUUGGGUGUUUGGCAGCAGGAGCCUAAGGUGUAGCUGAUAAGUAGAAGACCCUCACCUUAAAGCUGCCUCAUGUAACUGAAACCCUGCUUCAUGGGCUCGUUAUCUGUGACAGUAUCUGUGUAGCGUGCAUUUAACCACAGGUUUAGAGUUGCAGAGUACUCAACAGUCAGUGCCAUGUGCUCUGGUGAAGGGCUGCACUUGUCAUGUAAAAUCAGAUGGACCAUUUUGGCGAAUUGAAAAAAAAAAAAACAGGCGACCUAACAUGCCUUUCUCUUGUAAACAGCAUGAGAAACGUUGCUGCAUUCGCUGUUAAGAGUUAAUUCGUGCUACUCGACAUCUCAGGUCUUGCAUCAAAGCUCCUCUACGUCAAUAAAGUGAGAAAUAAAAUCUGCGCUGAGAGUGAUUGGCACGGGCGUACCUUCAUAAAAGCCUGUUAAAGUAACAAAAGAGUGUGCCCUGUGUGAACCCAUUCCCUUUUCCUAGAAGUGUUCUUGUUCUGACUCAUUUCCUAUUCAGACCUUGCGAGUGGCAGUGAGUGAUGGACUGUACAGCACAGAGGAGUCUGCUGUAAUUUCUGUUAAAGGGCUCCCUGUGCUCUCUGCCGCGCUGCAGGUACUGAUGAACCGAAUGAAGUCUGCCUUCUUGACGCCACUUCUUAAAACGCUGGUGUUUUCCUCCUGCGGGCUUACUCUCUAAUCGCCUACCUCAUUAGAUAGGGGAUAAGCAUUGAAUCAGAGUGAUGAAACAAUAAAAGUGAGCCUCUUUGUGGUUCAAAAUGGCUGAUAAAUCAGAAACAAUCCAACUGCAGUAGUCAGUGCCACGAGGUUACAGCCGACAAUUUAUUCAACGCUGAUCCAACUCCUGAGAAACAUGCGGCUUAAUAGGCUACAGCGGAGGCAGAGGCUCCAAAUUGGUGUAAUUUGAUGGAGCUCGCUAGGAUGAAAGUGUUGGUGAAAAUGACUUUUCAGUUAGUGAAUAGACGACUUACAGCUGUAUAGCUAGAGAGUGGAGGGAUUGUUGCAAAUACUUUCCUGUCAAUACACCCUCGUUUAUUCAGAUGGUUCUUCUGCAGCCAUCAUGGUGCGUCAAAGAUGCAUAGAUUGUUCCGAUAAGCUUGGAUGAAAUCCCCACAACAAUAAAACUGUAUCUUUUCUUCAAAAUCUAGGACUUAUUUUAAUUUUAAUUCUUCAAACAGGACCAAUUUGUUGUGAUUUCUACAUGCAGCCAGUGCCUCCCUAAACGUUAGCCAACAGUACUUAACAUAUCUCAUAUAAGACAUUUAAUUAAUUAUGAUAUUGUAUUAUUAUAUGACUGCAAAAAAAGCUGCAUUGUGGAAGUAGAAUAAAAGAGUAUGCAUGUGUCCAUAGCUGUUUGGAGUCUGUUGGGUUAUGCCAAAUAACACAGUGCAGAGUGACCAGAAUGGAUGCUCGCUAAGAGGAACAAGGUGAGCAAGCUUACACUGAACAUUUUGCACAAAAAAUAGGGAAAAUUUUUGGAUUUGGUUCAUUGGUUGUUAAACAGAGACAGUGCUGUGCAAAACUUGCAAAAUCUAAGUCACUUUGUUACGUGUGCACAGCAUGUUUUUUAUCUAGAGCGCAGUGCAGAGUGACCAGCAUGGAUGCUCGCUAAGAGGAACAAGGCGAGCAAGCUUACACUGAACAUUUUGCACUAAAAAAUAGAGAAAAUUUUUGGAUUUGUUUACAGGGUUGUUAAACAGAGACGGUGCUGUGCAAAACUAGCAAAAUUAAAGUCACUUUGUCACGUGUGCCAGCAUAUUUGUUAUCUAGAGCGCAGUGCUGAUUGACUAGCAUGGAUGCUAGCGAACAGGAACAUGGUGUGAAAGUUUACACUGAACAUUUUGCACAAAUAAUAGGGAAAAUUUUUGGAUUUGUUAACAGGGUUGUUAAACAGAGACGGUGCUGCGCAAAACUAGCAAAAUUAAAGUCACUUUGUCACUUGUGCCAAUAUGACCACUUAACAUCAACACCUCAGAGAGUGCCUGGGAGGUUGAAACAAAGAGAAAGAAACAACUAAAAGUCGUCAAAGCCAAACAAAACUGCAGCAGAGUGCAGUUAGAGUCUCAGCAGUCUUUAAAUCCUGGUUCUAACAUGCCUCUUGGGUGAUCAGAUCAUGCAUCUGCAACAACUCUCUAGUUAGCCCUCAGGAAAUCACCUCUAUGCCAUUGCUGUUUCUGCAUUUUCACUAAUUAAAAAUACUUAUUUUAAUAACCUCUGCAUGUUUUUUUCUUGGAUGUUUUUACUGUCCACAAGAGACACAACCAGAACAGAGAAAAGGUCUUUGGAUGCUGAGUCCGUGUUUUUCAGGUCAUUGAUCCAAUAGAAAAGUCAUGCACAAAAACCUUGCACACUGAGUCCAUUUAUUUUUGCAUCCAUUGCAAAAAGUCGCAGUGUAAAAUACCGAGUCAUUGAACCGUAAGGAUGAUUGUGCAGUUUUUAACUCACUGACGAAAGAAAACUCUGAAAUCAUCCGCUCCUGAAAAACAAAACUGAGAGAAAGUUGUGCCAAGACAUUUGGAUCUGCAGAUAUUCGAUCAGGAUCCAAGGUGUAGGUAUUUUCUCAUUUAGAAACCUGUCACAGCACAUUAAGGAGGGCAUCAGAUGGAUGCGAAAAUGGGAAAAAAAAUGAACCUGCGACACUGGGCAAUCCUUUAUCCACACUUUCAGAAGUGUUUCCAGGACAUGAGGUUAAAAAUGCAGAGAAAUAACCACGUCUCUGAAAAUAUGCGUACGUGUAGGCAGGCCUCAGAUUAGGGUCAGUUGUGACGUUCGAAAGAGUAAGCUGUCUGAACUUUUGGACAUACUUCGGAACCUCCAAACAUGCUCGGUAAUGCGUACUAUUCCUGCGGAGAUCGUUUUUAAUACCCACUCAGAGCCGGGGUAUUACUUGUAUCACACCCUUCCCUCUGGGCUGUACCACACAGGGUGGCCAUACCAUAAAGGUCAGCUUUAGGUCGCGACAGCAUACCUCUGCCUUUGCGUAUGCGUGUGUUUGUGUACAUGUGUGUGUGUUGGGUAGACGGAGGGGGGUUGACCAUGCAAAGUUCAUGGACGAAAGUGAGACGGCCAAUUUCACACCCAGCAGAUGCCUGCACCAGUGACCCACAGCGACAGGUGGAGGACACUAAUUGGCAGCGCACACCGUCACAGAGUACGCUGAACCCAUGGUGGGUGAGGGAAUGAAGGCGGGGGACGAGAAGGAAUAGAAGUGACACCAACAGGGGGGAUUGGCAGUAUAUUUUCUGUGGCAGAGCAUUACAACAACACAGGUUUAAUGACCACACGGCUCAGGAACACACAGUACGAGUGGAAGCGGUUUCUCUCUUUUCAUGGUAGAUAAAUAACCAGAUGUUGCCUUUAAGAACUACUCUGUAACUCCACUCAGCUCCUCACCAACUCUAUUUUUACCCAGAAAAAGAGCAAGGUGAUGACAUGGGCGAAUAGAGCGAUCAAUAUGUUUACCUGCAUCCAACAAUUUUCAGAUAAAACUCGAUGUGCAGCUCUCAGGCGGUUGAGUCACCUUAUCCCGGUUUAUUGAUCCCUUCUCUUUUUACCCAAGAGCGCAUAUUACUUAAACCAAACAGAAGUCUCAUUCAGCCCCUCUCUCACGCACACUUUCCUCAAGUUUCCCUCGUGGACGCUGUUUUCUUCAUCUCACGGUGGGGAUAGAAUCCUCUGAGCCCGGGGGAACAGCAUCCUCUGAGACCUCAUCACCACAACCAACAAACAACAUGAUGUUCCAGAGGAUGCUGUACCUCAGUCCCCUUUGGCUGAAGAUUGAACACAGAUCUGUCUGAGGACAUUUUUCAGAGAGUGAGGAGCACCCAGAGAGGAUCGCCUCUUGUUCAGUGUAGUUUGGUUACUGCGUGUUUUGUUGCUUUUGGAGGAAGCACCAUGAGAAAGAUGCAGAUGCUUGUUUGUGGCUUUGCUGACACAUUCAUUGAGGUUUAAUAUUAUCCAGUAGGGGUGGGAAUCACCAAUAGUCCCACGAUACAAUAUUAUCACGAUACUUGGGCCACAAUACGAUAUUAUUGCCAUUUAUACCUUUUUUUCAACUGUUUAGCUAAUUUAGCAUUUUGCUGUCCUUUACGUUUGUCUUAAUUACGCUGUAUUUUAUUGUCAUGUAGCACAUCUUGCAAACCUUACAUGUCAGGUCCAUCUAAUUUUUUUCCAUGAUGAAGACGUGACGUUGAUUAGCUAAACAUAAGACUAAAAUGUCAAUGUAAUCGUCAACGAAAACAACACUGCUGUUAUAUAGGGCUGGGCGAUAUGGCCUCAAAUCAAUAUCACGAUAUAUUGAGCAGUUCACCUCAAUGAUGAUAAAUGGACGAUAACUACUCCACAAGCUGCUCACCCUCUCCCACAUUAGCUUCGUCUACUUCUUUGUCUACGACUUUUGAACCAUCCUCCAUCUCCUCACCUGUCUUUCCCUCUUUGUAUAGUCAUGUCUCUGACGUAGGACAGCGUCUUAGGACAUGAAACCAUAGCCUACCUACACACAUCCAAAACCGACUUUUAUUUAUUUAUUUUUUCAACACUGAAUAUACCAACAUGGGCAAAAUGACAUUGGUUAUUGUCGUUAAUUUCAGUAUCGGUUAAAUUUCGGUUUAUCACCCAGCCCUACUGCUGUAUUUGUUGCACUUUCUCCUGCUCUGUGAUGUCACCUCUGCCAACGUCACUGGACAAACAGUUGUUCUUAUUUUCCCAUUAUCUUAGAUUUGACUUUAUAUUAACAAUUUAAAAAAAAUCGAUACUUGGUAAAUGAGACGAUACGAUACAUCACUUGACAAAAUAUCGCAAUACUAUGCUGUAUUGAUUUUUUCUCCCACCCUUACUAUCCAGCUAGACUGUCGAGCAUUUUUUUGUAAAUGAAAAAAGUUUGAAGGAAGUUUUUUUUUUAAAGCCUGUAAAUCUUUUUUUACUGUCAUUUUACAUUUUUACGUUACGCUAGUGAAAUAAUCAUCUUUAAAACUUAAAAAAACCCUCAAAAAGUCCUAAAUUCACCAGGAAAUAUUUGUCAGUAUGUUGUUUGUCUAUUUGUUGUUGCACAGAUAUCAACAUGUUUAUCAGUAAAUGCAAUCUUAAUAUCUUUGUUUAUUCCCUGCCAGCAGGGCUCAGGCUGUGAAAAACAGCUAAUUAUGCUAAUCAUGCAUUGACGUCAAUCUGAGUGAUGUGUUAGUCAUUGUAUCGUUGAUAUUAUUCGUCAGAGAAACAGUCAGAAUGAUUGGUCUCGCCAUCUCAGGGACAGAAAUAACUGUGAGGCGUUUUUGUCCUGGUGACGAUGUUCAAAAACACGAUAAGAUUUCUGACUUGAAUGUGAGCGUGUUCCUCUGUAGUUUAAAUCUCAAGCACAUACCUCUCAACUUUUUUUUUGUCAGCAUCCAGCACUUUAAUCUCCAAACUGGAGAGUAAGCAGCCACACAACGUUUCUGCCCCUAUCUGCUGAGUGUGUUAGAAAGAGGCUUUGAUGAAUAGAUCUGUUCUCUCCCUUCCAUCUCAUUAUCCGCCUUUAUCUGUUUUAUGGAUUUACACAACUCCUCAACACGCUCUGACACGCGGUCGAUUGUGUCAGCCGGGAAGGAAGAUGUAGACUUCUUUAUUUUCUCUCAUUGUUUGUUUAAUUUCUUCGUUAGCAUGUGAAGUGUUAUUUUUAGAGCGGCGCAGAGUAGAGGCGGCUUUGAUCGCCGGGGGAGUGAUUGAAAUCGAGGUAUCUGUUAACAAAAGUAAAAUUAGGGAGUUAAAAUCUGUCUGACUGGCUUGCUGCUGUUUUCUCUGGAGACUGUGACACAGUUUCUCUCAAACUAGGGCAUCAACACGUAACCUAUUUCUCUGAAAUCAAGCUGUGGUUGUCUAUAGGAUGGCUGUCAUUUUAAUGCAAAGUGGUGGAGAUCCGUCUUCCCCGCACAGGGAUUUGACAGCAGGCUAAAGCCAUGGUCUUUUCGCUGUGACUCACCUCUCAUCAGACUGAGAGGUGCUAUUGUCAUAGCUGAGCCUCUCUGGAGGGUGUGUAUUUGCAGAAGUGUGUACAUGCGGGAAAGCAGGGUGUGUUUUUAAUGUGUGUACCUGUCAGCUACAUGCUCGCGUUUAUGCAUGUGUGUGUCUGUGUGCAGAUUAGAGGAGAUCUGGAGGGUGGGUUUCAUGUCUCAGCAGGUCACAGAUGAUCAGAUUAACUCAAGCCUCCUGCUGGAUUAGCAGCAGGGAGCCUGGACUCUGCAGGUGCCUCACACUGCAGCCGACCAUCACCUUCCUGAUAAUCUUCAUUUGCGGCUCCUACUUUUAAACUGCCUGUGCCUUUAUUUCCUCUGCGCCGCUAUAUAACAGCUCCUUUGUUGAGUCCCUUCAGAUAAAAAAAAAAACUUGUUUCAUAACCUCUAUGUGCAGAUCACGGCUCUUAAAGGUGUACAUACCCUACAGCGAACACAGGUGCACGAAGAAAACAAUGUUUGUGGUUAUCUAAGGUUGGCUCUCGAGACUGUUCUACCGUUGUCAUAGCUCCCUUAUUGAGGAUCUUGCAAAGAAGAAUAAAUCUUUAAUUUCAUCUGUACAGUUUCUCCUUUCAGUCUUUCUUUCCCUUCAGAUGAAGAAAACCACGGAUUUACUUCAAGGCUCUCCCCUGUUAAAGUGUAACAACACGAUACAUGCCCAAAAAGUAGCAGAUGAGGCUGCAAUCUUCCGCACCAAUCCUUAAAAUAACUUUUUAGCUUCUGUAGGGGAGCCUAAAUAAGCCAUGGUGGUCCCUCCUGUCCAAAACAAACACUCCAAGAUGUUGAAACUUGUGAAAACGCUGAGGUGAGCAGAUUCACAUUCAUCAGGUUUGGAGAGAUUACAGUGUUGUUUUCAUUGACGAAACCCCUUUUUUCCGAGCUAAACACAAGUCUUAGAAGACUAAAAUGUGACGAGACGAACGUGCGUUUACGUUGACGAGACGAGACUAGACAAACGUUAUUGGUGGAUGACGAACAGAGUUGCAAAAUUCAUCAGCAUUUCGUCAAACGCUAAACAUAAUUUCUGCAGUGUUGUUUUCGUUGAUGAUGACGUUGACGGAAUAUUUUCGUCAACGUCACCUUCGCUUGUUGCUUGGUUCCUUUUGAGAGACUUAAUAGUGAGCUGAAACUUUGCGCAUGCUAACAAGCUGCUGAGUCAGAUCCGUACAACCAUCCCUACUUUGAUUUAAAAAUGCAGUAGUGUGGUUUCAAGAGACAAACCAAUGCCACGAGUCGCCCGUAUACUUGGGUGUGGACGCAUGAUCCUGAGAGACUAGCUUUAUGACUGUAUCUCAUAAGGAGGUGGGAUUGUUUACUAUAGGAGCAGCCUCAUCCCACUCUCCCCCGUGUGCAUCUCUUCUGAGCUCUCCUCCUCGGAUAAUCUCCGGCGUGUCAGCAGCAGUACCACUCCUCCAUCUGUGGGAUUACAGCUGGUGAAACAAAGGCACUUAAUUACUGCUGAGACAACAGACUUACGCUGUGGGUAUGUGUGUGUGUCGGACGUGAAAAAAAAGAAAAGAAAGCGGACUAUUGUUUCUAAAUUACCUGGUCUCUGUCCUUUGCGGCAAGGGAAUAGGCUUGUUUGCAUUCACUCACAUUAGCGCUAAUUAUCCUGUGGUGUAAUAGCCAGAAUAAAUGUACCUGAUCACAACAUAAUCAGAGAGAAAAUGACUUUGGAGCCAGAGUGCUCCCCAUUUUUAGCUUUCCACAGGUGUCCUUUGGAUUCCUAUAAAGUAUAAUUUAAAUGGAAGGCUAUAGGAUGCCUCGAAAAAUCGUUUUUAUUGAUUUAUUAAGUCAGUGGUUCUCAAGUCCAUUCCUUGAGGCCCACUGUCCUGCAUGUUUUAGAUGUCUCCCUGCUCCAACACACCUGAUUCAAAUGAUCAGCUCGUUAGUAAGCCAUUCCAGAGCUUGAUAACGAGCUGAUCAUUUGAAUCAGGUGUGUUGGAGCAGGGAAACAGCCAAAACAUGCAGGACAGUGGGCCUUGAGGACUUGAGAACCUCUGUAUUUAGUUAUUUGUUAAUUGAAUUAAAUCAUAAUAACAGGGCACAAACUCCACAUAAGAAUUUUUUUUUAAAUAAAUAAAUAAAAAAAACAGUUGAACAUCAAGGAGAAACAAAUACAAAUUAAACUAAACACAUAAAAACAGAUAAAGACAAGGAACGGAAAAAAAAGAAAAAAUCUUACCACAAAAACUUAUUUUUAACUCAAAGAUUUAAAAAAAAAAAUCUUUUCACCAACAAAAUACUUGUUGUUACAUCUAUUUUACUGUGUCUUAUAUAAGGUGUAGUUUUCUUGGACUAGUCAGAUUACAUUUUCAUGACACCUUUUAUUUGAUCAUUCUUGCCUGACGUAGGAUUUCAGCUGCUCAGCAGUUUGCUGCCAGUUGUUCAGGAUCAUGUUAUAUCUUGUUUCCUCUUUGCAUGGCUCGGUCUUAAAUUGCUUUUAUUAAUGCACCAACAAAAUGUGUUCACAGACACUAGUUUUUUAAAGUGAUUUUGAACCAGUGCAGUGAUUUCCACUACAGAGUCCAGUCAGUUUUUCAUCCAAUGCUACCCGAGGGAAUGGAGAUUGUCAUUUUUAACAUUUUACAUCUUGGCUUUGCUCCAUUUACAAUAAAAUACAGAGUUUAAACCGAUACUGAUCAGAUAUUGGCACAAAUUUGUGCAUGACAAGUUUUGCACUCAGCAGUGUCUUUUUCGGACUUUCACGAAAAUACUACCACGCAGUCGACAUCACUCUUACUCCUUGCUACUUUGCAAUACCUUAAUACACACUGUUGUUGUGAUCAAGUGGGCUAUGCAUGCUAGAUCCGGACGCUGCUAGCUAUAAGUGCCGGUGUAAAGUCUGGAAUGGACUGCUUGUAUCGGAGUGGUUAUUUAGGAGAUUUUAGAUGCAGGCCGAUAUAAUCUAAUAUUUGUUUUUAGGCUGAUAAUCGGACCGAUAUCCGAUAUCAAUAUAAUAUCGGGACAGCCCUAGUCUUAUCGACAUUUUACAGUGUUAGUUAGUUAGUUAGUUAGUUACCAUUUGGUAUAGACUUAAAGAAUACCUUUUCUAAAGGUGUGAAGGAACCCUGUUUGAAUCUCUUUGUCUUACUAAAUGUUUACCACUGAUUUUUGCUCUCUAAUACCGCACAAAAAAAGCCUCUGGCUUUCAUUUCAUAAUGGAUUUUUGGUGUUUCCUCAUGUCCUGCAGCCUUAGUGCUUCAAACGAUCCAUUAGUCCAAACGGAUCCAUUAGAGCACCAAAAAACAAACACAGGAUCCGUCAGAGGAAGCUUUCUCUGUGUGAGGAUGAAGGGACGCCCUGUCCAUGUGCAUCCACAGCCUCCACUCUCUCUGUGAUAGUGGGAUCACUGCUCCUCUCUUUGCAGCCUCGUGACCACUCUAGGUGUCUUAUAGCCAGGGGCUUUCACAGAGGAGGAUUUCUUGUAAAUGGUUAAAAGCUGAUCCAAAACCAGCAGUUAGAGCCGCUAAAAAAGACACUUUUAGGCAAAGGAAAAGCAAACAUUAUAAAGAAUUAGUUGGCUGAUUCAUUCAUUGAUUCGAAGAAAGUCAAAUUGUGCAGCAAAUUUUUGGUUCAGGUGAAAACGUCUGAAAUGCGCGUGAAGAGAAAAAACAACUUUUUGUGUUUUGUCGGGAAAAUGUGGAGAUGAGGCAUAACUUCCUGGAAGCAGUCAUUCCCGGAUCAGUUCCAGUUGCGAUUUGCAAGCCAAGAAGUGAUUUUAUUUGUGUAUUUAUAGCCACGAAAUCUGUAAACAAAACACCCAGCCAAAGGAUGAGCACGAGCUGUGUGCGUAUUUUCUCGGCAAUUCGAAAUGACAAAGCAUCAACGUCAGGCUGCGAAUUCCGACAAACAGAGAGGAUGAGACACUUGAGGAGGAAGCGAUUUUGAGAAAAUGUAGAAAGAGGAGGAAAAACGAGCCCCUCUGCACCCCCUCAGCCUGAGCUGGUCAGCGAGAUACAACAGGUUCUUCAGCUAUGCUCUAAGGGGAUUACACAUAUCACAGGCUUCAUGUCAGGAAAAUUAGUGUCAGUUUCUCACUGCGGCCCUCCUCCUUUCCCGCUGAGAAGGACAAACGGAUAAAAGGCGGGGAGAGACUUUGUUACAGUUUUUCUACAGAGUUAAGCGGCCAAAAAUUUAGUGUACCAGCCAAUUCCUUAUUAAUACAACCUGACUGGCUGCAGAAGUGGGUGUUUCUCUCUUGGCUAAGGUGCAGUUUUUUUUUUUUGCAGAUAAGUGCGGAAAAAGCUUUACUGUCAGCACACCGUCAAUCAUCUUGGAUUACUCUUCUCUUCUCACAGCGUCUCCAGAGCAGUUAAAGAUAACACAUCAACAGUCAGUGUAGCUGCUAAUGAGUUUGUUGCAUCACUGGUAAUUUCAAAACCAGUUUAAAAUCCUUUACAGGAGCUUUAAUGUUUCCGUUUUGAGUCCGUUCGCGAACUCACCGGUCUUGCUGACUUUUCCACGCUUUGAUUGGCCGUUGAAAUCUCUCCGACAGACGUGAGCCAAUCUCGCAACUUUCCCGCAUCCUUUCCAAAUGGGUUUGUUCUCGUUGCAAAUUUUCACUCAGACUACAAUUUAACGCUCGCUGCAACACCGAGGGCAGACCAAAUUGCUGUAAACGACAGCAAAACACAGAGGCACGGAUCAGAAAUCAUUGUGCCGCUGUCUCCGAAGCCUCUAUGAUGCACCCAGCUGUCACAAUACAAUCUGUUUCCUGCUGACCCCGUAACUCCUAAUCCGUGAUCUCCCACCCUGAUUGUAAUUCCUUGAUUGUUUUCUGCCGAUACUGCCAUUCACAGCCUCAUCGAUCACGUCUCUGAGCGCCGUGCUUGCAUCAAAGAGACUUCAUGAGGACUCUGACAUGUAAAGCCGGGCUUAAUGCAGAGAGGCAUGCACACCCCAUUCCAGAUCUCCAUGAUUCAUCAAUAUUGUCUCUCAGUUUGAAGUGUGGAUGAGGGAAAAGGAAAGCAAUGUCUUAUCUCAAGGCGCUCAAGGCGCAGGGCUCCCUAUUAAUGGUGGAUGCAGCCACAGGGGUGUGAGGUAACAGGGUUUCCAGUCGCCUUUACGAGGACAUUUACGGCUCCUCUGCCGGUUGCAGUCUAUAGGCAGCAGCUCUCUGUCUCCAGCAGGCCUGAGGAUAGAGCGCCCAUUGAGGACAAAAUGCAAAUGUUACAGUGGUGAACGGAGGGGCCCACAACUGAAGCGCUAUUCUGCCGAGGGGGUGGAAGACUGGUCCUCUGUGUCUGUGCCACCCACAGACACACAACAGUCAUCGCUCUGACCAUUCAGACGGCCUGAUGAAGGAGGUGGGGGGUCGGGGAAAGGAUUUCUGCCACCACUGAAGAUGCCAGUGUCAAAUCCCAGGCAGGGAUGCCAGUUAUACAUGGACCAUUUGUGCCAGUGUUUCCUGUUAAUGUGUUAUAUUCUGUGUGGCUAAUUAUGCUGCUCAAGCUAAGAGCCAUGUUGAAAAGGAGCUGCCUUAAUGGCUCUUGUUUGAAUGUCUUCACUGUCUCGCUGUAAUUGCUGAAGUAUUUACAAAAGGAUCUGCAGUAAGAGUGCUUUGAGAUUUCCUUUAUAGGACUUUGGAGGCUAACAGGGGAGUUCUGGGCUCUUUUUUAGGCUUAAAUUACUCCUUGACCAAUUUCUAAAAUUGGUCCAAAAGAUUGCCUCAGAAGACAGCUAAAAAAUUGUUGUUGUUUUUUUUUGGAGAUCGUUUUUGAACUGGAAAAGGCUCUUACGUUGCUUUCUUAAAAGAAACCAGACUCUGUUUACAAUACAGCCAUUGUUACGUAGCACCUGUGGGAAUUGCUGGUCUAUCACUUUUACCUUGAAUGGGUAGUUGGUUUGAGAUAGCAUAAAGUGCUGUUUGUGUCUACCCUCAAAAACAGAAAGAUCCUGAAAAAGUGUCUGUCUACUUAUUGAAUAAAUUAAGAAAAGGUAGAACAGCAACUCCCAUUUUCUUCAAGGCAACACCACAGUUUCUAUCUAGGUGUUUGGUGGUUUUAGAGGGAACAGUGUUGCAGAGCUGUGUGGUAUCCUAUCAACAUGAGCAUCUGGCUCUGUCGCAAUUCUUUGUGAAGUGGGUAGAACAGCAACUCCUAUUUUUUGAAAGGUGAAAUCAAAGUCUUUAUAAACAGAGUCUGUAUUCUUUAAAGGAUGCAGUGUAACACCUGUUUUUAAGCUGCAACGGAUGAUCUUACCUCAACAAAAUGAUCUGUUUCUGUACCAGUAAUUUAUGGUGAGGGCCAAACAGCAACUCCUACGGUCUGCAAGGUUACAAAACAGUUUUUUUGUCAAUGAAUUCUGGGUGUUCAGGGGUUCUUGGGGGAGCAAAAUUGUAGCUUUUCAGGAUCUUACCCAAAUAUAAAGAUCUACAGUAUUUUUGUUGCAUUUUUUAUGACAUGGGUAAAACAGCAACUCCUCCAUGGUUGAAUAACAGUCUUUGUCAGUUGACUUUGUGUUGUUGAAAAGAGACACUGUAACAACUAUGUUCAGCUGUAAAAAAGGAUUAUACCUUAACAAAAAAAGACCAUCUUCAUUGUAUAGGUAGAGCAGUAACUCCAAUGUUCUGGGUGAUUUAUAAAGGAAAAAUGAAGCAGCUUUUUCAGAAUUCACCCUAACACAUACAUCUGCCCCUGAAGCACUUCCUUUAAGAGGCUGGGUAGAACAGCAACUCUUGUUUUCUGCAAAUGGUUUCUGUCAGUGGAUACUUUUUUGAUUUUAAUUGGAGCGAUGUAACAACUGUGUUCAGUUGUGAAAAGGACUGUACCCUAACAAAACAACCUACCUCUGCAGCAAUACUCAGUUAAAUCAGCAACUCCUGUGUCGAGGUAGUUGUAAAGGAGGAAAUUUAACUGCUGUUUUCAGGAUUUUAUCAUGAUGAAAAUGGCACAUUUAACCCCCCUAAAACAAGACCCACAACACGGCUCAGACAAACAGAUACAAGAGUUCUUCUUCUGUGGAUGAUAUUACAGCUGUAACAGCUCCCUCAGGAUACAGCUGUCUCACCUGAAAAACUCAUAAUCCCUCUGUGACUGUGGCUGAUUAUUAAACAUAUUCAUUCUUAAAAUGUCAUCUGCCAGUCGUGGGAAAACAUCCAGACAGUGAAAACUUUAUUAUUGGCUGACUUAAUAUACCAAGGAAGCAGGUCUAAGGCGGACUCAAACAUAUACAGUCAGAGGAUUGAUUUUUUUGUUUCUCUUUGCUUAUCUUUGCUUCUGUCUGUGUUUGAGCCAUUAUUCGUCUGUCAGCACCAUAGUUUUGUGUGGGCUCUCGAAACUUAGCAAUCUGUCAGUAUGUUUGAAUGAUUUGGGUGUUCUGUGUUUUCCAUGUCUUUGUUUUUGCAAAGUCUAAAGUUUGCCCAGCCUUUGCUGAAGGUCUGUCUGCAGAACAUUUUGUGCUUGUGUCUGAUUUUGGAUCGUGACCAGUGCUGUGCCAAAAAAACGAAGACUUCUACUUCAAGUUGCUGAGCAUAAAAACAAAAGUAAGCAGUCUGGGGUGCUUUCAGAAGAAAAAAAUCUUAAAGAAUAUUUAUUGGUUUCUUAAUCAAUUCUUAUUUGUUUGUUAGGAAAUAUCAACUCUUUUCUAGCAGCGAUUGCAUUUGUGCUGUGACAAAGUGAAGUAUGGAUCCAGCUGUUCUGCAGAAAAGUUUGGAUUCCAGUGGUUUUGAAAUCAUGAAACUCCUAACAACUUGUGAUUUCACAACCACAGUAAAUAACCAGUAAACAAAUUAGAGAAUCUGAGGAAAUCUUCCUAAGGGGCCCCAAACCAAUAGUGACUGUGAUUUAGCACUGCAAAACAGACAUGACUCUUCAGUAGAAGUCCCUGCACGGUUGUAAAGGAUUGCAGGAAUUCUCUGAAUAAAUUACAGUUAUUACCUCCGCCAAGGAGGUUAUGUUUUCGGUAGCAUUGGUUUGUUUGUUUGUUUGACUGUUAGCAACUUUACGGAGAAAGUAACAGACAGAUUGACCUGAAAUUUUCACCAGAGGUGCAUCUCAGCCCCAGGAGGAUCCCAUUAAAAUUUGGUGGUGAUCCGGACAAAAUUCUGGAUACUGUGAUCCAGAACACACAAAAAUAAGGGUGUCGUUUUCAAUGCUGAAAGAUAACCAAUGGGCAGCACAGUGGUGUAGUGGUUGUAGUGGUUAGCACUGUCUCCUCACAACCAGAAGGUCCUAGUUUCGUAUCCGAAUCAUGAACAGUGAACAUACCAGUUUAAACACAAAUAAACGUUAAUAAAAGACAUGUAACAGUAAAAGUUUUGGUGUGAAUCACAAUAUAAGGGGGGACAUGAGCUGCUUGGCGGAGGUCUGCGCUCUCCGAGUGCUUUUCUAGUUUCUCUUCAGAUGCAUGAUAGCGUUAUGUUUAUGUACCUGCAGCAUAGCUGAAAGACUGCACGUGUUGUCCGGGAUGUAGAAGGGAAAGCUUGCUAUCGAUGCUGCAUGUUUUAUAGAUUAAAAAAAAAAACAAGCUGCAGAAACAUUUUAUGUUCUGCAGCAAUUGAGGAAUAAAGGAAUAGUUUUAAAGAGGAAAAUUUGCAUCACUUUUGCUUGUGUUAUAGAUAAAAGAAACACUUUCCACUACAGCUGAUUUCCAGAAGAAAUUAAUGAGCCCUAAUUAGAAGAAGUUAAUAGAAUUAAAGAAGCCUCAUUGGGUGAAGUUGGUGUAAUCCUAAUCUGUUUAUGCAAUUAGCUGCAUUUAUCCCUUUCCCCUUGGAUGAGCUCUAUAUGAAUCUCUUUUUUACUGCACCGCUUAUAGAAAACUUGUAAAUUAAUCUUUAUGACCGUACUUGGAGUUUGAAAAAUGUGCCAGCAGUGAUGAAUCUUGAACGGAGGAUCUAUGUCAAGUGAAAACACCCGAUAAUUUAUCUUUGAUCUCUCUGUCAUCAUGAGUUUUCACUGCCAUGAAGGUGAUAAUUAUCCAAUCAGAAUCAAAGCAGUUAUUAGUGUUUCCCAAAGCAUGGAUCUGAGCAUUUCAUAGACACAGGGGCAACACUGCACCUACAAUAAGAGGCUGCCAUGUGAGCGACCCCGCUGAAAGGUAUAAUUUCACCGUGUAGCUAUGGCUACACACCGGCGGCUGGCGCGUGAAUCACAGAGGUGGUCGUUUCAAAGAUCCUUUUCAUAGAGCUCGGAGGCAGUGAAUGGAUUUCUGCUCUCCUGUGAGUGGGUGGCUUAGACAGAAGGCACACUGUGCGUGUGUCUCUGUGUGUGUGGGGGGUUGUGUGUGUAAGUGUGUCCCUGUGUGGGUGUCUGUGUGUUUGUGUGCAUCUGCCGCGCUCUCUCACAAACAUACAGGUUUGCAGCCAGAUGAUGCUAUUGUCAUCUGACACAUGCUGCUGUGUUGCCGCGUCAUCCUGGCGUCGGUGGACCACCUCACUGCACAGACCAUGCUCUUUUUUAGAUGUGAUGCAGUGCUGCCUUUAGAUAACAUUACCUCAUCUUAUGUGCUCUGAAUCCCCGAUUGUGGAAAACUGCAGCCCUGGACGAUGAUCAUUAAGAUGAAUUGCACACUCAGAAAUCUGCUGUAAUUGCUAUGUGCAGUGCAGCUCUUACAUUAUGGGCCGACCAUGUUUUAUGAAAGUAAGAAUAACUCCAGCCAUAAAGCAGGUGUCGGAUUUCCGCCUGUACUUUGAGCUAAUCAAAGAGAAGUGAUGUGGGGGAGAGCUUUUUAACUGCUGUGCACAGUAGCCAUAAAUUAACACCUCCUUGAGUUUGGUGGAUGCAUCAUAAUGUGUCAGUGGGGGUGGGAGUUUUCAUCCAUAUUGUUCCUGGAUGACAUCUGUAGAUCUGUUUAUGUCUUUGUAAAGAGAGCGUUAGCUCAAAAUACAGCCCUGGACUUCCACAGCUCAUACCUCUGGUUUCUCUGUAGAAUCUGUUCAUGUAGGACUAAACUUCAGUAUAAGCAGUGUUCUGGUUUCGGAUCCUAGUACAUUUGUAGUCUGAGUGGGCAGGCGUUUAUGUAUGUAUCCAGGAAAAACAGUCCUGACGCAGCUAAACUUUUUCUAUCAAUCUGCACAGUGAUAUUAUUUCAGCAAAGAGAAGACCCAUUAGUUGCAAAUACAUUAGUGAAAAUCAGUUUCUCUUUUCUUUAGCUGAUGCUGCUCAAGUGAUCCAGAGUGCAUCUAUCUACAGUGAAACUAAGACUCUCCAGAGCAGAUGAAUGGGCACCUGGCUUGUGAAGUCUUGUAUUUUGAAGACAUUUCCAGAUGUUUAACUUUGGCUGUACUUUUGAUCUGAACGCAUAUUUGUUGUUCAAGUUACUCAUUAUUUACAGUGAAACCGAGACUCAAAAGGAACAGAUACGCAGAUGCAACUCUGAUGGAUAAAAUACAACAAAAAAUAAUGGCAUUUUUUUGCAGGGGUAAAAUUAACUCCACUUUUGAUAGACUGCUGCUUCUCAAGUUGCUACUUACAGUGAAACUGAGACUCACCAGAUUUAUAUGAACAGGUGCUAGACUGUAAAUACAGAAAUUAACCAAAAAGUGAUUAUAUUGAUUUUGCAGACAUUAUCUAGAGGGGCAAUUUUUUUUUAUCUCUAUUCUUGAUCAAAAGAAGUAUCUUACUUUUCACAGCAAAACUGAGACUCACCAGCAACAGAUCAACAUCUCUGGUCUGGCGUUUCGUAAACCACAAAUUGAUGCUGUUUACUUUGCAGACAUUGUCAGCGGGGGUGUAUUUUUCUCUACUUUAAUCUGAACACACCACUGCUAUUAAAUUUAUUAUCUACCAUGAAACUGGGACUCACCAGCAGCAGAUUAACAGAUCCAAAAAUUAAUCAAAAAUUGAUGCUGUUUAUUUUGCAGACUGUGCCUGUUGGGGCACAUUUUGUUCUCUUUUCAAUAUGCUUCUCAAGAUACAAUUUUUAACUGUGUAACUGAGACUCUAAGGGACUAUAUAAACAGGCUUAUUUUCAAGAUCUCAGUCUGUAACAAACCAAAAAUGAUUCAUUUUUUGUAGCAGAUGUAUCUGACUUUUAUUGAAAUACUCUCAGGUUCCUAAUAGGACGUGAAAUCUAUAAACUACAUCAGUGUAAACUGAGACAGGAAGAGGAGUACUGCAUAUUGCUUUACACAGUAUAAUUCAUCCGAGACUGGAACCCUGUGUUGUAAUUUUUGUCCCACCCCACAAGAGAUGGUCCAGUUUUGUACAGUGUAAACAAGCUGUUUAUUUAUUUAUCUAUUUAUGAAGAAAAGUAAAUCCACCGCAAAGAAUGAGUGUCUAUAAAAAUGAAUGCCUUCAGUUUUUUUGGUUACCUAACCGGCCAGACACAAGGUACUUUGUUUCUUUCUUCAACCUCCAAACUAGACAAAAAGGACGAGCCAAGAGGAAUCAAAGUGAUUUAUACACAAUGAAGUGAUGGAUCAUGAAUACAUCAGAGGAAAAACACCCUCAAAGAAAGUUUGACAGGAUGAAAGGAGAUUUUUUUUACGAGUCCAAGGCCUGCACUUAGUACGACAGCGUCCGUGCAUUAUGAAACGCUCUUCCACGUAGUUUUAGCUCCGUUUAGCUCAUCACUUUAAAUCAGGAAAAAUGAGGAGCUGCAGAAGAAAGCAUGUGCCACUCACAGGCUGUAGAUGAACUGAAUAUGGAGCAGAAGUGGAGGUAAUGGCUUCGCUGUAAGCUGUGAAGCGAAAGGUGAGGGUCUGAGCAAAUGUGUGUGUGUGUGUGUGUCUUUGUUUGUGUCAGCCGGUGUCUGUGAUCUCUGCGGGGUGCAGGUCCGACGCUGCGCUUCCCUGCAGAUUCAGUUUUGGGGUCUGGUCCAGAGCUCAGCUUCAGCACCAGCGCCCUCUCAGACACCCGCCCACAUGCUGGCGCUGCUACACCUGCCUACGCAUUUUCUCUUGUGUAUGCAGAUACACGACGACACACACCUUCCCCUUGUAUCUGUGCAUACAGUUCAGCUUUUAUUAGUUCUGACACCUCUGAGGGUUUUGGUUCAGCACUAACAUCGUUCCUCUGGCCUGGAUAGGUCUCAGAAGAGCUUUGUGUGUGUGUGUGUGUUUGUGUGCAGCAGCGCCUGUGCAGGUGUGUGUGGGCGAUGCUUGUUGUUUUGGUCGUGUAAUUUCGUAUGCAUAUGUGUGGGCAGGUGUGAUUCUGUGCAAAAGAAAGAUGAUGCUGCAGCUCUAACACCAGGGUGUGGAGGUCAGUCCUAUCAAAUGUGUGACUCUCAUCAUAAUGGAGCUUUUUGAGGUCUCUCUGAAUGCCAGCUCUGUUUUCUAACAUUAUUAAUACGUAGAGAAAAAUUAUAAAGAAGCCCCUAAAAUGUGUCGAGGUAAUAUCCUUUGUAGCAUCUUUAAAAUCUGUGGAAAUAAAAGGAGUAGCAGUAACAUCAGGAGCUUUUUGAUGCUUCACAGGGUCUGUAAUAUCAGUCAGGAAGAAAAGCAAAGCUGCAUUUUAUUAGUUUUUCCUUUGAUGAGACUUGAAGAUUAUUGGUUAUUUACCUGCUUCUCAAACAAAGGAAGAGAAACCCCCGCUGUGGCUAAUAUGAACGUGAACUGGUCGAGUAUCCACUUGAAAUCCUUGUAGCAUGAUGAGCGUCACUCUGGGCUUUCAAGCCUUUGUGUAAACAGAAAUAAUCCAUACUUCGCUUUUGUUCAUUUGCAUCACGACUCAUGGGAUGUGCUCCACUUCUUUGCUUCACUAAGAAUAAGAAAAGAAUAAGAAUAAUUCAUUAUGCUAUUGAUUUCUUUUUCUUUAUUUUCAUCUUCAAGAGCUUUGAUUUAGCUGCAAAACCGCCAAAGCCAACCAGCGAACACAUCCUGGUUGAAAGCAGUCGUCAAUCAAAGUAAUGACUCUUCUACCUGUUGGGACUUUCCAGGAAAUAACUUUGAGAUCAUAACAGGGAUAUUCUGACUAAUUUCUUAGUCACCUUAACGGGAAUGCUAAAUUAAAAGGUGAGAGUUUGAGUCAGAUUUUCAAAAACCAAUGAUCGUCAUCACCAACUUAAUAUCUAUGUUUUAAGCGCAGUCUACAGUAUGUUACUUAUAAAUUCUUCAGCUCGAAGUAAUCCCAACUCUGACUUAUUGUAAAUCAUUGGCAGUCCCUCAAAUCAAUAUCCUGAUUGUCACCAUUGGAUUUCUCUUAAUCUCUCCAUGUCUGGUCCUGUGAUUGAUGAAAGUUUGCAUAAAAUUAAGGAUGCAUGUCUCUUUCCUUAAUGCAGGGGUUGGGGUAGGGUGUUAACUCCAUUACUUUUGUGUUUGCAGUUUAAACUUUCUGUGGAGACAACCUUGAGUUGACUCAGAUUUUGUCAGUUUAGAGUUCACAAUACUUGGGCCACGAUACGAUACAAUAUUAUCAUGAUGCUUGGGCCACAAUACGAUAUUAUCACAAUACUUGGGCCACGAUACGAUAUUAUCACGAUGCUUGAGCCAUGAUAUGAUAUUAUCACGAUACUUGUGCCACGAUACGAUAUAUUAUCACGAUAUUUGGGCCAUGAUACAAUAUUAUCACAACGCUUGGGCAACAAUAUGAUAUUAUCGUGAUACUUGAGCCACGAUACGAUAUUAUCACGAUGCUUGGGCCACAAUACGAUAUUAUCACAAUACUUGGGCCACGAUACGAUAUUAUCACGAUGCUUGAGCCAUGAUAUGAUAUUAUCACGAUACUUGGGCCACGAUACGAUAUGAUAUUAUCACGAUAUUUGGGCCAUGAUACAAUAUUAUCCCGAUGCUUGGGCAACGAUAUGAUAUUAUCGUGAUACUCGAGCCACGAUACGAUAUUAUCACGAUGCUUGGGCCACGAUGCGAUUCGAUAUUAUCACGAUGUUUGGGCCACGAUACGAUAUUAUCACGAUGCUUGAGCCAUGAUAUGAUAUUAUCACGAUACUUGGGCCACGAUACGAUAUGAUAUUAUCACGAUAUUUGGGCCAUGAUACAUAUUAUCCCGAUGUUUGGGCCACGAUAUGAUAUUAUCAUGAUACUUGAGCCACGAUACGAUAUUAUCAUGAUGCUUGGGCCAUGAUACGAUAUUGUUGGGAUUUGUAACAUUUUGCUACACAGUUAGCAUUGUGAUACAAUAAAUUGUAAUUUUUAUCUAAUUUAGCAUUUGUCUUUCCUUUAUGUUUGUAUUAUUUACACAGUAUUUUAUUUUCAUGUAGCACAUCUUGCUACAAUGCUAUGCUGUAUCGAUUUUUUCUCCCACUCCUAUCAAAUAGCUGCAUUGGAAAAUCUUUAAAUCGUCUCUUCAAUGUUUAUAGUUUAGGAGGUACAUCUACCAGGAAAGAUGAUGUGCUGUGGUUUCUUCUCCCCGAAACAAAGUCACUUAUUAGUAAGGGUAAAAACACUAAUUGUGCCACUUGAAGUUUAAAAACCUGUUUUCUGAGAAGCUCAUUAGCAGAACCUCUGAAGCUGUGAGCUUGUUGUUGAUUACUUUGGCUCAAUGAAAUCCUUAAUCCAGUUACUUAAUGCACUUUAAACAACAACAACACAACUUGAAUGCUGACCAGCAAAUGCUGAACAUUUCGAGCUCAGUACUUAGAAAGCCAGGGAUUCUUGAGAACUCUGAUUAACCUGCAUCGAAUAGGAGUUUGGUGUGCUGCAGAUCCUGAUUUUUGUACAGAUUUUGUUAAAACUGUGUUCACAUAGAGAUCUGGAUUAAUUAACCUAAGUCAUAAUUGGUGACUGGUGCCAUCAUGUUUGUUAUUGAGAGGAAAUUAGGGGAAUAAUUGAGUACCAUAUCGAGCCUCUGUGUUGUGACUGUUUCCUGUUAUGGUUCAAAGGGGGCUGGACCUCCUCUUGCCAGACUGAUUCUAAUUUAUCUCCACAUCCACCCAGACGUGCCGUGUCAUGGUGGCCAUGUCAUAUCCUCCUGUUAUCUCCCCUUUCCCCUCUGUACUAAUUCACAUGACUCCACUCUGCCCACAUCUUUUCCAUCCCUCCUCUCCUCGCCUUUACUUUCCAUUCCUGCUCUCCUCUCCCACUCCUCUCCUCUGUCCUUCACUACGUUGCUCCCUCCUGACCUCUCUCCUCCUUUCCACCCACUCCUCUUCACACUAAGCACUGCACUGAGGAUCCAUAUUGGAUUAUUGUGUUUGCCAUUAGCCUCUGGGUUGACAGUGUAAUUGCCUUCAUCCUCAGGGUCUUUGUAAGCCCGACCCUGCCUACCAUGCAUUUGCAUUUCCACCGAGAAUGCUGGAUGACCUGUCCGUCAAAAAGCUGCGGAGAUUUGGUUACUUAGAGUUAACCCUGCAAUAACCAUUUCAUGUCUGCAUUGAAAAUUGUCUGGGUCAGAGUGUCCAGGGUGCAGCAGAACAAGUAGUCAGGAGGCUUAUCGUCUUGCAUGACAAUGGACCAUACUAACACUGCAGCCUUUUUUUCCUCUGACAUUGACAUUGGUUGGAAGCUCAUUUUAAUUCUGCUGUAAUUUAGGUGGUUAGCAAGCUGCAAUCUUUGGUUUUGGAAAAGAAAAAAAAACUGCAGUUCUUCAAGUGUCCACUUGAGGCUGACUCCAAAAGCCAAAGAAACCUUGUUACAGCUUAUUUUUUUAAUGUCCAAUUGUAGAGGCCAAAUGAAACAUGUCGACAGUCUGAUACAAAUAAUCAGGGUCAGUUUUUCAAGGCGUUGAACUUGUCACAGGUUUUAGUUUUUUUUCCACACAGUUUUUUUAAUCGGUAGACAAGGAAAAUCACGAAGCUUGCAUAGGCACUCUUUGUAGGAACCAAAUGUGGUGGGUUCUCUUUAAACUUGGAUCCAACAAGAAUUGAUUUAAUUCAUUUGUGGACAUGACUUUUUUUACCUCAAUAUUAUGGUAUGAGUGGGUUCUUCAAAGGUUGGGUCCCUCAUUAGAAGGGCUGGGCGAUAGUCUCAAAUCAAUAUCACAAUAUAUUGAGCAGUUCACCUCGAUAACGAUAAAUGGACGAUAACUUCUUCACAAGCUGCUCACCCCCUCCUACAUUAACUUCGUCUACUUUUGCCGCCGCUCCAGCCGCUACAACUUUUGAACCGUCCUCCAUCUCAUUCUUAGGUUGUGUCCUUCAAAAGUUGAGUGUGUUCAUCAAGGUCUGGAUCCGUCAAAAGUCCGGGUCCUUCGAAGACUGCAGCCCCUGUAGUUGGAUUAAGUUGUUUUCUUUAGCCAAAAAUUCAAUCGCUCUUUUGUUGAUGCGCUUCAUCUCAAAUGCCGUAAUGGUACAACAGUACGUUCAACUUCAGUGGACCGUAAAAGUCUAGGGGAUUUCAUCCUGAAAGUUUUAUGUUGCUGUUGGAAACUGAAAAGCAAAACCAAAAUACAAAUGCCGAAUCAAAUGCACAAAAUUACAAACUAGACCCAAGUUGGAAUCAGUUCUUGGUACCCAGGCCCAGUUAGCAGAGGUUUAAUGAGGUAAUAACUGAAAGACAGAGAACUGUGCAGAUUCAAAGAGACAUUUUUUAGUUAGACAUCAACUAAUUUAAGCAAAUGUUCAUUUAACCCCGCAUCAGGGCAGCUGGUUUGUAGCAGCUCAUGAAUAAAAGACUGAGCUAUGUGCAGACAAUAAUAAAUCAUACACCAGAGUUAGGAUCCAAACAGAUGCUGAUAUUAAGCAGACUAAGACACAGCACUACAUCUUUACAACAUCCUUAUAAUGAGUUUGGUGUCAGAGGAAAUGGUCGCUGUGUGGUUUUGAUUAAUGUUUCUACCCAAAUUUGAGAGCUACCUGCCUCCCCCCCUGCUGCAAAAGCACAAACAUAACAAACGUUUCCCAUGUUUCACACUCUCCAAGUAUGAAUAUGUAUGCUGCCUCCGAGCACUUGAUGUUUUGGAGUCUGUUUCGAAAUUCAGUGCCCACAUAUUCACCACGUCCUUGGGCAGACACAACCUGUUCACACUCGGGUUGAUUAUGAGAUGAUGGAUGCUUUUCACUUCAUUCUGUUGAUCAGAGACUUGAAGUUUUUCAGACUGCUAAUGACCCUGUUUGUUUGUUUCUCCCUCUCCCUCUCUCUCUCUCUGUCUCCGCUCAGGGCCGCUGCACGCGAGAGAACUGCAAAUACCUCCACCCGCCUGCUCACCUCAAGACCCAGCUGGAGAUCAACGGGAGAAACAACCUGAUCCAGCAGAAGACGGCGGCUGCCAUGUUGGCUCAACAGAUGCAGUUUAUGAUCCCCGGCACCACCAUGCAACCUGUGGUUAGUGGGAGUUGAGUGGCAGUGCAGUGUGACUCAUCAUAAAAAUCAGAGCCAGCUCUGUUGUUGUGCUGCACUGUGACAACCUUUCUUUUGUUCCCGUCCUGACGUACAAGGUUGAGAUGUGUUUUACUUGCAAAACAUCCUGAUUGCAUGUAAUUACACUACUUAAAGGGCUGUUGCAAAAUAUCAACCCUUCAUACAGACAUAUAUUUUUUAACUGUGAGGGUGUUGGCAGCAGCUAUUAGCCUUGAAGACCAUUAUAGACAGGCCUACCUUUUAUUAUUUUCUGAUUUAAUCCGAGCACAAAGCCCUCUCCAAAAUAAAGGAAAUGACAUGACAACAAUUGUUGUUUACUCUCAAAGAAACAAAACUUUGUAUUUUAUUUGUUCCCACUUGUGUGGCAAUACUGAAAAAUGGACUAUAUAAUUUAUGUAUUUUAACUGAGUGUUAGGGCCACAUUAAAAUAUAACAGGCUGUGAUUAUGAAAAAGGGCAUCAACAGAGUCAUAAUUCAAUAAGUUAAAAGUCACAAUAAGAAGAAUGAAGUUUGAACUUACUUAGAAAAAUGUUUGAACAACAUGAUUAUGGUCCUAAUGUUAAUAUAUGACCACCCUUACCCAAAGUGUAAUUCACUAACAAUGGAUUACACUUAAAAUUGCACAUCUGUUACUGCUUUUGUGACUGAAUACGCUGUCUGGAUCUCAGCUCUCUGCUGCGCAGAUCUGAGCUGUGCACUCUCAUCUUGACUAUGCCUAAUUCUAUCAACAUAUAUGAUGUGCUGGAUGAAGAGUUAAGGUCCUCACCAGUUCAAUGUUAAGUCUGUGUGUGCAAAAGUUGAACCAUAGACUAAUUAAACCCCUGACUAUCAUUGAAUAGUGAUGGUUAUUAAGUUAUAUUGACAGACUUUAUGAACAGAUAUGUCAUCAUUUUAUCUCAUUCAGAGCUGAAAUUGUUGUUUUGAUAACUGAAGAGUGAUAGUUGACAGAGCUUACAAUUAUUACAGCCGAUGGUAAAAAUGUCACUUACUUGUGGCUUUUAGCAUGUUGAUGAAUUUGGUAUUUUUGCAUGGAAAUACUAAUACUAAUACUUUGCAUGGGCAUGCUAAUCACUUAUUUCAAUCCAUGAAAACUGCAAUUAAUGAAGCAUUUCACCUCUUGCUUGAAUCAAGCCCUGGAUUUAACAAUAACAUACACAAAAUAUUUAGUCAUUAGAGCAACGCUGGGGGAAAAAAGAUCAGAUAUUUCAGUUUCUUGCGCUCUACUCCGAGUUUUUAAGGUUCUUGUAAACCCGGACAACAGUAAAACAUCAGGCAAUGCUCCACACUUCUCAGCUUAGCAUAGACAGCUAGCUGCUCUUGUGAUCUUACUUUUCAUGAUAUUUCAUAACAUAAUUUUGAACCAGUUUGUGACAAAAUGCGUGAUUAUAUUAUGCCUCAUCAGCGCCACCAGCUGGAUUAUAUGAAAACUGAAUAUUAGCGUGAUUCUAAACCAGUGGUUCAAGUCAAGUCCUCGAGGUCCACUGCCCUGCAUGUUUCGGAUGUUUCCCUGCUCCAACACACCUGAUUCAAAUGAUCAGCUCGUUAGUAAGCCAUUCCAGAGCUUGAUAACGAGCUGAUCAUUUGAAUCAGGUGUGUGGGCCUCGAGGACUGGACUUGAGAACCACUGCUCUAAACGGGUUGACAAGACGAUAAAAAACUAGUACAAUAGCUAUGCUUAGUCUAUUUUGGUAUGUUCGUGUCAACAGAUAACAUUAUUCUUACAAUGGGCUUGCUGUAGCCUAAAUAUAUGAUUGUAUUCCCCAUGAUAUACUACUACGAUAGUAUAUUUUCACUUCAUAAUAUACUACGAUAUGACUCUGUCUUAAAGGUCUCAGAUUUCGUCUCCAUGGGGUCAGCAGGCUUCUGUAAUAAAGAAGACAUUACGAACUUAGGAUGUACGAUAACAGUCAGAUUACACUUAUGUAAGAUCCUUUUCAUUUUUGCUUGAUUCUCCCUCUCUUCAGAUUAAUGUUUUCACUCCGGAGUCAUGAGCUCAUGAAUUUGUUCCCACAAUUGUUAUUGAGAUGCCCUCGAGCGAUGCGCGCAUUUCCCCGCCUCCUCUCUCUGAGAGUUGCUCAACAGACAGCCCUGUGGUUGCACUGGGCGGCUGCCAGGUGUGAACGUGUUUAGCUGCAUUGAUAUAAGGUGUGGUGUAGCUGCAAAAGAACAUGCAAGCUAAGCAAAAAAUCUUCCCCGGGAUAUACAGAGGUUAAAAAAAAAAAUCAAACUCUUCUCCUGUUUCUACUUUCAGUCUCAGAUUUUCUCUGAAAAUGAUUCCUCUCUCGCCCCCCAGCUCUCUCUCUUUUACCUGUCACACUCUCUCCCCUGCCUCACCUCUCAUCUUUCUCACCCACCACUCUGCACAGCUGCACCCUCCAUUAAUUUGUCUCCAGCGUCUCUUUCUUCCAACUUCCCUCCCCUAUUUCAUUUCUCUAUCCUCUUUUUGCCUUUCACUCUCCAGUUCCCACAGUCCCUCCCUUCAUCCAUCAUUUUACAUCUUUUCUAUUAAAGUUCCUCCCUCAUUCCUGUCGAGUAUUUUCAUUAAUUAUGUGAAAAAGUUGCUAAAAUGGAAAAGAAACUCAAACAGAAUAUCUUAAAAAAUGGCCUCCUUCUUUCUUUUCUGUCUCCAUCUGCAGCAGACGUUUCCAGUCAGCCAGGGUUUGGGCUCCAGCGCAGGUUUGAGCUACACUCCUUACCUGACUCCCAUGUCCCACAGCAUGGGCCUGGUGCCCACAGACAUCCUGCCCAGCACGCCCGUCAUUGUUCCCGGCAGCCCGCCUGUCUCUGUGACUGCUGGCUCCUCCUCCAACCAGAAACUGCUCCGCACGGACAAGCUGGAGGUGACGCACCCGAUCGCAGUCCUCUCUUUUCUCACACAUGAAAAAAUAAGAGCUAAUUAUUAGCUGUUAGUAUAAUUCAAGCUAGAACAAUAGAUGUGUGGUGGGAAUGAGUACUGUCUAUUAUAUUCUUUGUGUUGCUGCAGCUCUUGUCGGUUUCAGGGACAUUUAUGAAGCUGCCCAGAUUGAAAUAAAAUUCUCGCAUUUAAUAUUUUUAAGCUCUAAUAAAAAUGUAACUGAAAUAAUUAGAUGUAAAACAUUGAAACUUUUCAGUAGGAUGUAUAACCUGAGUUAAAGGAUUUAACAGGAACUGCAUGACCUGUUUUUACCCAUUACAGUCAACCCAGGCCUUUUUUAUGACUUGCAAUAUCUUGAAACAAGGUUUGUGAGGUAAAAGAGUCUCAUGUGAGAUAUUCUGACUUGAAAAUAGACAAAUACACCUGGUGCAGGAAGAUUUUGGGUACAAUAAGAGGGAACGGCUGCAAUAUUUAAGAAAAUACAGUCAGAAUAGGUUGCACUUCAGCAGCUACGUUACGUCUUUUUGUUAUCAAAGUUAUCAAACUUCAGGAGCUAGAUUUAAAAACACUGACUUUUACUGAAAGAGCUGGGCUACGUUAAACUGUACGCCCUACCUCCCCACAUUCAAUGAGACAAGUAGUAAUAAAAAUAAAAAUAACUUUAUUUUUAUAGCACUUUUAAAAACAGAAGUUUACAAAGUGCUUUGACAAAUAGUCAUAGAGCACAUGGAAAAAGACAAAUAAAAACAAAAAGCUCAGUUAAAAUGGAAUUGAAGACCAUUUUCAUGUGUCAUAAGGAACCGACAUACAAUGAGACCAUGAGGACCAAAAUAAAAACAUAAAAUAGGUAAGAAAAUGCAAUAAAAAGGGGGGUUGAAAGCAGAAAACAGGAUAGUAAACAUAAAAGACAAUAUUAAUCAUGAUAAUUGAAUAAUACAUUUAUAAUAGUAAUAAUAGUGAUGAUGAACUAGAACAACAGAAAUGUGCAAAGGUAACCCCUGAACUUUAAUCUUGACCUAGGGACAGUCAGAAGGCACUGGUCAGAGGAUCUGAGAGUCCGAGAUGAAGUAUAGGUUAUUAAAAGGUCAGAGAGGUAAAAAGGAGCAAGCCUGUUUAAAGAUUUAUGAGUUAAUAGCAAAAUUUUUAAAAUCAAUCCUAAAACGCACAGGAAGCCAGUGAAGACAGGCUAAAAUAGGGGAAAUGUGGUCAUAUUUACGGCGGCCAAAUAAAACACGAACUAUAAGAUAAAAGAUAAAAGAGUCUAUGGAGAGAUGCCUGAAAGAGGACAGGGAAAGUAGAACCAGGAGAGGGGCCUGUUUGGACUAGAGCUCAACCUCAUCAGAUAAGGCUGUACGCUCCACCUCCCCCUCUCUCUGCUUUAAUAUUUGGUUGUCUGUUUGCUUAGAACUGAAGGCACAACCUUUUUUUUAAUCUAAAUAACACUUAAAGUGAUCCUUCUUUACCUCUAUUUUCCUUGAGCAUAAGAUGCUGUUAGGAGCAAUUAGACUAGGGCUGGUAUCAGAAGGAUGAGUUUAAUAAAAGUAGAUUACAUGUAAUUUCAUGUGAAAUAUGCUCAACACAAACUGGUACUUGCCAGACAAAGACAAUUACAACAAAUUUAGCCGUCUCGAUCUCCCCCUGGCCAUGACUCUGAAUGAGAGAAGCUUGUGAUUGUGAAAGAGUGCAUAAAGAGGAGCUGUUUUUUUUUCAGCACAGUUUUAAAGAUAAACAAUAAUCUCCCUAAGACCUGGAGGUGAUGCGUAGGUGUGUGCCUGUAUGUGUUUUUCUCCGGGAGUGCUAUCACUUAGCAACUGAAUGAAGUUGGCUCUAAUGAAACAGCAUCCCUCAGAGACACGGAGCCCACACACAGCCCGAAUGUGUGUGCUUGUGUGUGCUUCAGUGUGCGUUUUAAUGUUGCAUUUAGAUGUGUGAGAACGCUCUGAGUGCGUCCCAGAGUGCGAGUCAAAAGCAGAUCCCCACUGUGAUUACAUUCAGGCCUCUUAACGCUUAAAUACAGGCUGGUUCAGUAAUUGUUCAAUCGUUAGGUUUUGGCACACACUGCAGUUUAGUUUCAUGGUGUUAAGGUUCAAAACUUAAUUCAUUGUCUUAUUUAAAUACGGCUCAGUGUGAGUCUGGUGCAGCGGAACAAAACAAAACCUCUCAACAGUCCACCUACACCAGCAAAGCCGCAUUUAUUCCUAUCCACCUUCUAUUUAUACCUUGUAGUUUGUUUGUCUCCUGAUGAAUCUCUUACGAAAGUUCUCCAUCAUCAUUUGACUCUUCUAUUUUGAAGAAAGCCAGGAGCGCAGCUUCAGACUUAGACCUACUAUUAGGAGUUUUAUAACCGGUUAUGCAACAGUCUGAUCUAAUAUAGAAGCUGGUAAAUAGCCUAUAAUAUCCUAAGUUUUCAUUCAUACAUCAAAGUUGAGUCAGUUUCCAGGGAGAUGCAGAAAGAGAGAGAUGGACAGUGGAGAGCAGGCAGGUAGCUAAACGUCUGAAGCAAAAAGUUGUUAAAGAACUAAACAAGCUCCACUCGUGAUUUUCUUUAUUAAUUUAUCUCAAUUAUUUGUCUUUUUGAAUGAAGGAGAAGCAGCGGUUUUUCAGUGGGGACAGCUUUGCAGCAUGGCAACAGUGGAGGAGGGUUCCAGAUGCCUUAAAGAGACAGUAGCAGAAAUUAAGCUUUUCAGACAGAAGUUGAAAUUAGGAUUAAUUUGAGAUACAGAGUUUUUUACUUUUUAAUUUUUUGGUACACAAGUAUUACAAAGGGACUUUUUAAAGCCUAUAAUUGAGCAUGAAACUCCCUCUUUCAACGAAUACAGUCAAAUCAAGGAUAAAAGUCACACGGUAAAUGAGAUCCAGGCUUGUACCACCCACCUUCACAGGUCACAUGUUGUCUUGAGUGAAUGAGAUUUUUCAAUCAAACCAACAUCCUACAAGGUCUAGUAACUUCUUUGAAUGCAUGAUUAUGAUCCCAUAAGGAGAGGAGGCAUCAAAAGGGUUGUGCCUACUUGACGGUUCAUCUUUUGUCUGUCUGUUGGUUUCAAGUGUAUUUAGAUGAAGAAAAAAGGUGUCGAAAGUGCGUUUUAUAUAAUUGAAUUUACAGUAAAUAGAUAUGAUCUCUCAAGUUUUAUAAAAGUCAGACACACGAAGGGGAAAAACUUUCAAAUACCUAAUAUCAUCUUGAGGAUUUUAAUGCCUGCCUGAGUAAAUAAAGCAGUAGAUAAAAAAAGAAAAGUGAUUCAGCCAAUGUGUUCAAUUUGAAACGUUCCCUGCUAGGUGAGGUGACGCCACUGAUUCUAUCAAAGGUUUGUGUACUUAUAUAUUUUCUGUCUUUGUGUGUAUUUCUCCUGUUUUUUCUCUGUUUGCACGUCGACAUCUGUGCGUCUGCCUCAUCUGUCUGUCUGCGCGUGUGCGUCCAUUUGUGUGUCUCUCCGCCGCUCCGACUCUCCUGCUCCCAGGUGUGCCGCGAGUUCCAGCGGGGUAACUGUGCGCGCGGCGAGACCGACUGCCGCUUCGCCCACCCGAGCGACAGCCCCAUGAUCGACACCAGCGACAACACGGUCACCGUCUGCAUGGACUACAUCAAGAGCCGCUGCUCCCGCGAGAAGUGCAAGUACUUCCACCCGCCGGCCCACCUGCAGGCCAAGAUCAAGGCGGCGCAACACCAGGCCAACCAGACAGCUGUGGCCGCGCAAGCCGCUGCCACGGCUGCAGCCAUGGUGAGAGCACAGCCACAGAAACACAAACUUAUCCUUGUACUAACCAAUCAAGUCUCAUAAAGUUCCUGCUUGUUUAGAGUAGUUAUAAAGCCAGAGCUUGUAAUGUCUGUAUGGAACAAUAAGGCUGUUUUAUAGCACCUGUAGACGGGAUACCUUGAACUUUUAGAUCCGAGCUCAGGGAGGCUUUUUACAACCAGGAAUUACAGGUUAUUAUUGUAGGUUUUAUGACUGUAGAAAAGAAAGUAAACUCAGUUCAUUCACAUGAGCACAGGAACACUAAAACUCGCUCCUGAUUGGACACAACAUUUAAAGUUCUCCUCUGUAACAUAAAGUUAAACACGCCUGACUUGACUACAAAUCAUCCAGUUGAAACAACAUGAAAACACAUGCUGUUGAUGAUGACACCUACAGUAACAUAAAAUGUGGAGCGCUGCUUUAUUACUGUACCAAACACACCCACCUCUGCUGGUUUAUUCCAGCACACUCCAGUGUACAAUUCACCAACAAUAGUCACCCCGAAGUGAGGCCGUUGUAUACAAUAAACAGGCUUUAGUGAGACCUAAACGCAUCAGUAUAACGCCGCAAGAACAAUCUGUUAUUAUCUCACCGCAGUCUGCUUUUAUUUUCCAAUGCCCUUGGUACAUACAGAGACAAUGUGCUGGCUCCCCCCCUCCCCUCUCCUCCCCUCCUCCCCUCUCCUCCCUCCCUGCUCUCAAUGAUAAGUGCGGCUCUCUGCAGAUCAGUGCAAAUUGAAUCAGGGAUGGAUGAGGAUGUAGCCUCACGGAUUGUGUGUGCACCCUCCUCUGCCUUUAGCUGGAAAAUUACCCCAACAGGAUGAGGAAGAAACAGACAGACAGACAGAAAAGCAGGCAAGACGAGUUAGGCAGUGUGUCCCGGUUGUGCCCCGUCCUCCCUCCUCAGGCUCUGAGUGGCUUCUUUUUUUUUUUUUUUUUCAAUGGUCUUUUGGCUGCUGCACUCGCACACCUUGUACUGCGCCAGUGUGCUGACUGACUCUUCCCUCCUCCAUGGCAUGGGCAUGCUUUUACGCGUUGCACAGACCUCUCUCUCAUUGGCUGGCUCCAUCGCUGCUUGCUCUCCCUGUCCUUCCUUCAUUAAGAACACACUGUGGAAGAAUGAUAAAAGCCACCUCAGGUUAGUUCGAGCUGCUAGAAAGCAGGAAAACAUCAAAGGAGUGAAGUAUAAAAUAGGUAAAAUCAAAGAUGACUAAAGUGCAGUACUGUUUUCUGCACAAUGUGGAUUCCAAGUUGUUUUUAAGUUGAAUCCUUCUUUAGCUACAUCCAGGUUACUUGAGAAAAAUCAAACCAAAAUUUUGACGUAGGUGUAAAAAUUACUGUCUGGUGCUCUAAAUGGGACCUCAUACUACAUACUUUGUCCACAGGGGGCGCCACAAUCCAUGCAAACUGAGGGAUCAUAACAUUGACUGGAAAUAAGACAUUUUCUAUUCAAUAACGGUGUUAAUCUGUGAAGUAUUCUGUCUACUUCUACCAUAUCACUGCUGCAAAACUAUGUUCAUAGGAAAAAAAAACGAGUUGUCAGACUCUAAGAUACUGAUUUUGCUAAAUCAACUAUACCUAAUCCUGAAUGUUAUAACAAUGAGAUGAUCAUUUAGGUGGACUUUUCCUUUAAAAUUCCUCCUUAGGUGUGCCUUGCAGAACCAUCAAGGUGGUUUUCUAUUGAAAUUAAUGCAGCAGACAUGAUGAAUCCCAUUUUGUAUCUGUGUUUGUUGAAAACAAUACCUAUACUAAAAAGAUGAAGCACCAAAAAAAGUCAUUUGAUUAGAUAUUUUUAUAAAAUGCUGUUUUGUUUGACAUACUUUACAUUUUACUGUGACCCUAAACUUUUUUGUUUAAGCUCCAGUGAGAAACUUUCAGUUAGUGUCAGUUCUGUUACCCCAGUGGUUCUCAAGUCCAGUCCUCGAGGUCCACUGUCCUGUAUGUUCUGGAUGUUUCCCUGCUCCAACACACCUGAUUCAAAUGAUCAGCUAGUUAGUAAGCCAUUACAGAGCUUGAUAAUGAGCUGAUCAUUUGAAUCAGGUGUGUUGGAGCAGGGAAACAUCCAGAACACUGUGUUACCCCUUGUGGACAAAGCAGCCUUUUCCUCUCCUGUCCUCUACGUUCUUAAAUUAGUGAAUUCAGGCAAAAACUCUCACCCUUGACAGUAUUGUGAAUACUUAAGUUAAAAUUGUAAAAACGGGGGCUGGUCGGCUGACUUCUACACACCAGAUUAAGGCUUUAAAAGUCAUGAUUCUUGUCUCUGAUGGUCUGGUUUGCUUUUGAAUGCUAUAAAAAGACAUAAUUUGGAAUUUCAGUGGAUUUCAUGAAUGUCAAAAAUCUCCUUACAAGAGCUUUAAAGUCACACCAAUCUUACACAGAAGUUUUGAACAACACAAACUGGUUAUCUAGAAAAAAAAAAUUCUUAUAUUUUUUUCAAACACUGAAUUUUUUUUAACUUCAAUCCAAUCAGAUAACCAAUUAGAUAUACCACAGAGAUAAACCCUAUCAUGAUAUAGAAAUAAUUCAACUGUGAAAAAGUGAUAUAUCACUACUGUAGUUUUAGGAAACAAGCCUAUACCUGAUCAGAAAGACUGUUUACUCAUAAUUUUUUAUACUUCAUUUAAAAUCAGUAAACUAAUGUGUGAUCUGCCUGCUGUUCAACGCACAGGCUCGGCUUUUUGUGCAGUCGGUGCUGAUGCUAUGACUUCUGGCAUUAAGAAAAGUGAAUCUAUGCAGACAGAGAAUUUAAAUAGCAUCACAUGAUGUAUAAAAUUACUAUAUUUUAGCAAACAGUGAGACUAUCUUGAAUAUCUCUCUUGAGUUAAAAAUGCCACAAAGGCAGUGACUGGUCAGAAAUGACUACCUUUAUCAGAGCUCAGGACUGAGGUACACUGUAAGAUACAAAUCUACGUUUUUAAGCCAUUAAAUCACAUUUUCAUCUCAUAUAAUUUGAAUGAACAGCAGAUAUUUUGAAACUUCAUGUGUAACAGCACUGUUUUUGUGCAUCAGGGCCUUAUGCGAUGGUAUUUCUUAAAAAACACGGAGAUUCUGUGUUUUUGAAGAGCUGAUACAGAAUCACAAAACUGCGGCGCUAACACCUCUUAGGGUGCACACAGAUCAAUAACCUCCUCCUCCUCGGGUACACAAAGCCCCUUUCAAACUUGUAGUUAAUCUUCCCGGUGCAUCCUCCACACAAUCCUAUUCUUCUUACUUUUCUGUUCCUCUUACACCUCUGUCUAUCAACUUUAUGACCCGACCCCCUCAUUUACCAUCAGCACUUACAAGCUACAGUGGAGGUGAGCUGCGUUAACCUCAGGACAAUGACUUGUUUAGUCAGCAGCUAUAAUCCAAUUUUCUUUCAGCCUUUAGCUUAAAGCCAGAGCGUUUUUAUUGAGACACAUAAACCUGGACUGCUGCUGCUCUACUGCUGCAAAUAGGUGAUAUUAUUACUCAUAAUUCACUUUUUAAAUCUAGAGAAAAUAGGCUUAAGUGUAUCGUAGGUAAGGUUACACAUUAACCGAUACAGUUACAGUAAGAAGAUCCCAUAAUAGAGAUUAUCCUGUUUUACUGUGCCACAUUAUGUCUUGCCUGCCAUGCUGUGAUCUCCUCCGAAUGCAGUCAUCUUUUGCUUUCCGUGUCACUUUGAAAGACCAUCUUUUAUUUGAACUAACCAUGUCGACACCUCAGAGCAUUAGCAACGCCUUCUUGCUUUUAUUAACAGGAUGUAGGUCGUUUUAAACUGCUAGAAAAUCCACAUACAUGAAGCAAGAGGCUUGUGCAUGGACCCUUUGAGUGCUGUGCUCAUCACAUCCAUGUCAUCUUUGUUUGUUUUUUUUCAGCAGUGACACCGAAUGUAAAGAGAAUUUUGAUUAAUCACACAGGUUAUCUCUACCUCAUCAGGUCUAGUCUGAUAUUAGACUUUUAAACACCAGAUUUACGGAUAUUUUUACAUUUGUAGGAGGAAUUUAAAAAUAAACAGAGCUCCACAUUCUGUGAUUCAAGUAUUGCUCUCUCUCUGCACUGUGUCAAGAUCACACCAACAAGUCUCAAACGCUCAAAUAUAGGCACUGAACUACAGAGAAGGAUUCGACUGUUUUGUUAGAAAGGAUGCACAACUCUGGAUUUUGCACUAUAUUUUAACAGUUCUGUAAUCGUUUUGGGCAAGUCCUGCAAACAUAUACUGAUAUAUGCACCUUUUACAGCCUGCGACUAAACAAAAUAAGCAAACAAAUCAACUGUUGCUAAAGGGAAAACCCGCCAUAUUUUGAAAAAAAAAACAUUAUUACAUUCUUAUUUGCCUUUUAUAUCAGAGGACUUGCUAAUUAGGGACGGAACAACUUAUUAAUGCAGGGAUUUAUAAACCAGACCUUGCAGGUACAAUAUUGUUGCAAUUGGUCAAAUAUUGCAAUACCUAUAUAGUAAUGCUACCUCUAUCACGGACCAGGUUCAGUCGUUUACAUGACCAAACAUCAUCAUCCUCGAAUAUCAGCACCAGAAUUAUUAGUCAGAUCAACAAAUUAUUUGUUUUUCACAGAAGGCUGGAAAUGUUGGUUAUAUGUUGUGUCACUGCUGGAGUGCAGAAAUCUGCCACCAGAAAGGGCUUCAGCUCCAGCUCACUAUAUUUUAAGUCAUAUUGAUAUCAAGCUGUACGACCCAGAUGUAAACAAACACAGAUGUUGUAUCUCGAAGUGCGGUGCUGUUUUGAAGCGAUCUAGAUAGUGGAGAUCAAGUUGUAUAUAGGCUGGCAUAUAGUCACUCCAACUGUGUAACCUGCACAGGCAUGUGGGCUAAGGCUGGUGGUGCUAGCUCUACUCAUGUUAGCCACACCUAGUAGAACAGUUGGACCUUUUUUUAACCCAAGACUCUGUGACACUGCAUUGAGUAAAUCCUUCUUAGUCAGAGUUUCCAUUUUCAAUUAAAGGACCAAGAGUUUUACCUUUCAAUUCCCACCGUUUAUAUCACGCCUACUGUAUACCACUUCACAACAAUCACAAUCAAACAUUUAUUCAUGCAAAACCUGCCAGAUUUACACAGGCUCAGUGUAAGUCAAAUGUCGAUGUAGCUUUAAUAUUAGCUUAUGCCCCUGUAUCUUGCUUUCAUACUCUGUAGCUUCUUGCUAGUAGAUCCAGGGGUGGACCUCUUUUGGAGAGGAAGUUUACAAUAUACUCAUAUGUCAACCUAUCAAUAUGCACAUCUGAAGAAUUCCUGCACAUAAUCAAUUACCUAUGAAAUACAGAUAUAUAGACUAAAAUCCAUAGACAGUAUUGGUUUGGCUUUUUAGUUUAAAGCUCCAGUGAGGAAUUUUAAGCUGCUGAUGAAAUACUGAAAGUGAUACUAAUGUUUCUAAAUGACCUCCAAAAGCAAAAACAACCACAAAAGAGGAGAUUGAUUAUGUCACUGUGGUUACUUUAGACACAAGCGAACCCUUGCAGCAGGGUAGGUGUCGGACAAGCCUUUUAUGUUCAACAUUUAAAAGAAAGCAGGAGGAAUUUCUUUCAGAACUUACUCAAGGGCAGAAAAGAGUCUUUCCACCUCUGUCCAGAGGGGGCGCCAAAUCAGACUCAACCUGAACAAUCCUCACAGGAGCUUUAAAACCUGUCUUGCUGCUGCUAAUUUCAGGGGCUUUGAUCGCUCUCAUCUUGAUCUUGUUGUGGGUGUUUUAAAUUUUACUCAGAGCCCUAAACCACCUCACAUUUCCAAACAAGAAGAGUAGUUUCUGUUGCAUAUUUAGGACAUUUAUCCAGCUCUGUGUUAUCAGCUGUUUUUACAUAACUGCAUUUUCUUCUUACGUAGAUGUUCAAAGUUGAUUUCCCUGUCCAGAAAUACUUCAGUUAUUACUCAAUACUUUCCCAGUAGAUUUGAACAACAUCAUAUCGUAGAUUCUUGCUUUUCUUAACCAAAGGUUAAUAUAGAUGCUUUUUUGCUUUUGUACUAAUUCAAAAAGUAGCAAUGUUUCUUUAAAAGUAAACAAAACAGUUUUUUGUUUAUGUGCAUGCCUAUUGUUUUGUAUGUGGUAUACUUGCAUUUUCAGAUUAUUUUUUGUUUUUGUUUUUUUCCUUCUCACCUAUCCACAAUGCAAUGCUGUCCCCCAUGACGCACCUCUGCUUGCUGUUACCUGUAUGUUAAUACGCUUGAAUCCCAUUGGCCCACUGCCAUCAUGUGCUCGCUGCCUGCUAAUUAAAGACUCAGUCGACUGCCAAAGCAAUGAAGCGACCCCUCGAGGCAACUGUAGACCUGGUACUUUGACCUUUCACCUUUUGCUUUGCAUGUAGCUUCUUUAAUUGUACUGUAGCCACUCACAAAAAUUUAAGUUGGCUCUUUUGUUUUUGUGAAAGACUCUUAAAAGUACAAAUAUGUAUCAUUUAUGAUCACCAGUGGCAACUCUAGACUGUUGUGUAUGUUAAUGAAUUUUAACGUAAUGUUAAACUUUAACACUAAUUAAUACAAGUGUUUGAAUGCCUUGCUAUGGUGUAGUUUCUCAUUGUCUUUGUGAUAGUUACAGCAACUUUUCAUGUUUGCCUUUUGGUGCUGUGCAUAGACAAAUAACAGAUUUACAAAUAUCACUGCUGUGUGAUUGUACAGUUCAAAUCUACUCUGCUUCUCUUGUGUGUGUUUUGGGUGGACAGGCGUUCCCCCACGGCGUCCUCCAGCCCCUACCAAAGAGACCAGCACUUGAGAAGAGCAACGGAGCCAGCUCCUUGUUCAACCCCAGUGUUUUGCACUACCAGCAGGCGCUGGCCAACGCACAGCUCCAGCAGCCUGCUUUCUUUCCCACAGGUAAGAGCUUCUGGUCGAUACACGGGUGCAAAUAGAAGCGACGCUUAAGUAUGCGGAGCAUGCAUGCACACACAGACACACACUCACUGAAUGUGCUCGGCUAACCUUCAUUUUUGAGACGCUUGUGCUAAAAUUAGAUUACCUCUCAUCAUCACUGACAUCUGUUUAUUUCUAUGUAAUCUAACAUCCUGCUGACUGUAUAAAAAGAUGGACAGCGUGCCUCCCCCUUCUCCCAUUUUACAAAACUGAAGCCAAACAAUGACAUACUGUACUUGGAAUGUGUUGGAGCCAGAACCUGUGCAGUAAUGAUGCCAUAGUACUGAGUAACUUUGAGGGCCCUAUCUAACCCAUCUAAAGGCCUAGAGUGAAUCAAGGCAUGUUUGACUGUGUGUUGCUAGUCAGGCGGCGCAUAAUCUGGGCAUGAAAUGAGGCGUAAGGAGCAAAGAGGUUGAAUUAAUCCCCUGAUUAUUUAAAGGUGUGCUCUGGGUGUGACACGAAUCAAACCAAUCAGUGUGUCAGUUUUUAUUUAUUUUAAGAACCAGGUGUGUCUACAGGCAAACAUAUUUUUAUGUACACAGUAGAUUUCAGCCUCUGAGCUUAAAUAAACAGCAGGCUGGAGGAGACACAACUUACUUCACUCCUUCUGUCACACCUCUAAAAAAGCAAACACACUCACAGUUAUGAGAAAUGAUAACCCAGGAUUAGACAUCUGCAUCACACUUACUUACACAACUUAAAACCUCUUGAAAACUCGGUGCAAAAUUAUGCAGUGCAUGGCUAGCGAUUAUGUUUAUGUCUGUUGUCAUGGCAACCCAGCUGCUAGCUUGUGAUGAUUCAUAGGUUUUACCCUGUUUUAAGCAUCAAGUAACUUAUGUACCGUGCUAAUUCUGUAAAUACAGCGCUCCAGGGCUUCACCCAUCAAUAGAGCUGUCAAUCAUUGCGUUAUAGUGCCAAUCAUUGCAUAUCCCUAAAUUAAAGCUCCUAUUGGGAAUUUUUUAAUGUAAUUUACAAGACUGAAAUUCACAUUAAUGCCUUUUUAUGAUAAACAAAAGCCAGCAAAACCAUCACAGGCUACUUGGACGGUUUUAUAUUGAAAUUUUUAAAUACCUGAAACAGGUGAGAAGGGGUAAAUGUCAGCUGAGAAACUGCAAUACAUAACAAUUACUACAUUUUUGCUUGUAAAAAGGCUGUGGGUUUAUGAUCUAUACUGCAGCCAGUUACCAAGGGGAGCUUUAAAUGUUUUGGUUUCACUUUUAAAUUGUCAAGUCGUCCAUCUUUUUAAUAGAAUCUGUUAUGAGCUCUGCUGUGAUGUCUGUGCUAAUAUUUUAAUCAUUUUUCUAUAACCUCCAUCCAGCACCUGUCAGUAUAAACACAUGUAAUGCUGCUGUCUCUGAUCAGAGGAAUAAACAUGUUUUAAUACCUUUUUAAAUAUGACACACCUGUCAGGUAACGUCCAAGCUCUCUAAAGACCAAAACUAGCCCUGAGGUCUCCACCACAAAGGCUCAUUAGCUCUGUUUUGUAUUUUGUCCACCUGAACGGACAAUUACAUUGAAAAACAAAUCCCAUUUAAAAGACAAUUUAGUUCCAAUUUUCCAGAUUAAUCCAGGUCUCCUCACUCAUCCUCUACAGUUUUUACCCUCCAAACAAAUCGCUGUUUCUCAUAGAAACUAACAGCAGCUGAAGCCCCCUCAGGUUACACGCCAAACAAGUUAACUGCAGCUAAUACUGUCGCCUGUAGCCACGCUGAGUCAUCACUCGCUCCUCUGUCUACCUGCUCUUUUUGUCUCCCUGUGGUGUGAGAUGCCUGAAAGCCCCUCAGCCCUCCUUCUCCCUCCCUCUCUGUGUGUGGGCAGGAGCCUGGGGUUAAAGUCGUGCAUGAAAAUCAUUUUUUCUUUUUUUUACAAUCUGACAACUUCCAGUGUUUGGGUUUUUUACCACCUGUGUGGAUUUUAACAGCAGGAACCAAAAAGCGAGAUAUUUGAGCUUUGUAGUAAUUUUCCACUGUGUUUGAAUUUCCUAAUACAGUAAAUCCUGCUCGUCAUUUAGUGCAGAUCUGGAUUAAAGCAUGUGCACGUCAUUGUACUGACACCGCAUGAUGCUGCAGCUCACUUUUAUUCAGUCCCUCUCUCUCUCUCUGAUUUUGAAUUCUCUAAAAUUACUUGCGAAUAUUUAAGAUAAAUUUCAUCCAAUAGUUUGAGGCAGUAGAUACUUAAAAUAUAUAAAAAAGAAAGGCAAGGGAUAUAAAAAAAAAUAAUCAGGUCACUCAGAUUCAAUCAGAAAAUGCAUCGUUUUUAUGACUGAGCACUGGUGGCUCAUUAAAUCAUCUUUAUCCAGACUCAGGCACACACAGAGUAGGGUCGCCUAUCACCCCGCAAGCCUCUGUUUAAACCUGCAUUAAACUCAUCAAACAAGCUUUGCACCAUGCUAAACCUGACCUCAUCUUAUCUGACAGUGCUCCCGAGUUUGCCUCAUGUUUAAUGUCUCGUCUUUUAUCAGGAAUAAUAGUCUCUGCUCGUUAAUGGCAUUCAUGACUGGCUGACACUGUAACAGCAGCAUCCGAGCUUUUUUUUUUUUGUCUUGUCUAACCUUGUUCUCCUCCCUCGAUUAACCCAUUUAUUUCCUCCUCUCUCUCUCUCUCUGUCUCUCUCUCUUUCUCUCCCUCUCUGUCUCCCUCCCUCCCUCACCCUCUCUCUCUUUCUCUCUCUCUCUCUCUGCAUGAACACAACAGGGUCAGUCUUGUGCAUGACUCCUGCUAGCAGUCUUGGUAGGUCCUGACCUUCCCUUUGCUCUCUCUCACACACACACACAUUGUUUGUAUAGAAAGCGUAUGGGUGGAGGGGUUUGAGGGGGCGAUAUCUGCAGCCCUUACAGGUGAGACAAAAGGUCAUGAAAGUUUUUUUAAAUGUGCGUCAUCAGACUGUCUGUCUUUAGCCUGAGAUUUAAUACGAUUCUCAUCUCAUGUCUGGUUUGUAUCACCUGAAAGAGUUGUGGCUCAGUCCUUGUUUCCCAGCUGACCCUCUUGCCAGUGACUGUUUGUUUACGAUUAAAAUGAUAGUGUGGAUAAAAUACUGCAUAUUGAUCUGAUCUUUAGCUCUAGGAUAGCUACUGUCUGUUUGCUGUGCUGUGUUUUGAUCAGGAAAUUUAAAUCAGUUUCCCAGAGAAAUUAUUUUCAGUGGCAAAGCUGAAGAUUCUUUCUUUGCUCACAGGGGAUGGGAAUUAGAAAAUCUGCUCAACCACAGGUCACAGGUCUGUUAACAAAAAGCAAAGAUGAAGCGUAAUGAUUUUUUAAAGAGAGGUUUUUACAUAUUUUGGGAUCUAAAUGACCGACGGUUACAAAAAGAUUUUUAAGAACUGUGGUGGGUUGUUUUUAAUCAGAAGAGCUGUAAUUGCUGCAUCAUUAUAUUUAAAAACAAAUCUGAGUGUGGCCAUUAAAAGAUUCUGCAACACACAGGCUUGUUAUUAAAAAUGACCUUUCUGGUAAUAUAUUUGAUUUUAUUCAAAAAAACAAACAGAAAAAUGGAACAGAAACAACUUGUAAAUAACUUUCUUUGGCAGAGGAAGAACAACAACCUCAUGGGUUUUCUUGUACGAUGCAAGAGUUGCUGGUCUGCUGCUGUCUUGGUUUUGUGAUAUUUGAUUCUGGUGUUUUGUGGUGUUAAGCCUAGUCACAUUAAACUUAAACUAACCACUAAGUCAGAGGUAGACCAGCAAGUUUCCAUAGGUAAAAUAAAAAUUUUUAACCAAGUUAUUUUACUUGGAGGACAUGGGAGUUGCUGGUCUACCUCUGCUUUGAGAGGUUAGUUUGUUGAAUUUCUGUUGGCUACACAAAUCAUAAAUUGGUCAGAAUUCACCAUUUAAACUUAUAAGUCAAUUAAAAGAACAAACUAGUAGAGGGAGAGGUAGACCAGCAACCUAAGUGUUUUGGUGAGUAAUGUGUCAUUAUUUUCUGGACAUGAAACAUCACCAACAAAAACAGGAAAUUUGAAAUAUCACAACACGUGUUAGCCCCAUAAAACUAUCUAUUAGGGCAGAGGUAGACCAGUAACUCCUGCUUCUUCUGCUUAAAUAUUACAGUUUUGUAUUGGAGAGAUUUUACUCAGAGAACAUGGGAGUUGCUGGUCUACCUCUGCCUUGAAAAGCGUGCUUCUUUUUGUUACUGUGUUGUGUUUGCUUUGCCUUGUUUACUUUUAGUGAAGCCUCUGAAAUCGUAAAGCUAAACACAAAACUGAUAGAGACAGAGGCAGACCAGCAACUUGUUUAUUAUACAGUAAAUUUGUUUCUAACCUUAGCCACAUUGACAGAAAACAGUAAACUAAACGUGUAGAACACAUGAGUUUCUGGAUGCUUCUUUUGUAACGUUGAGCUCUAAUCAGUAGUUGAAACUAACCAAUCAAGAGGUCGAGGUAGACCAGCAACUCCCACGUUCUCUAAAUAAGAGUAAUGUCUUUGUUUAGUUGUUGGUGUACAACUGCCAUGAUUUUUUGUUUUUGUCACUGUGUCAUGUUUAGUCUGAGCUUAUACAAAACAUAAAGGAGACAGUCGUAGAUCAGCAACUCCUGUGUUUUUAAAGUUCACUGUUUUGUCAGUGGAGUUUGGCGGCUUUGAGGUGAGUAGUGUUGGUCUCUUUCUCAUUGUUCCACUGCGGUUAGACGUUAAAAAUAAUGAUUUGAAUCUUUCUGCAGGAAAAACACAAGCUUUGAUGUAAUUCCCAGAAAAAAGAUAAGUUGCAGCCUUUAUAGCUCAUCUUUUUUUUUCUAAAUCUGUUGGUAGUUUAGACCCCAAAGUAUGUACUAUUAGAGUUAAACGUUUUUGGAACAGCUGCCUCAUUAUUUUGCCUUUUCCUGCUGUUCAGCUUGUUUAGCAGAAACAAAUUCCCAUCCCUGUUGCCAAAAAUGUCUUUGGAGUCAUUGUAAUUGGUGUCUUGUGCUCUUCAACUUCUCUGGGAAAAAAAAAAAAAAAGAAAAACAGCAAACUGAUUUUCCGUAUAAAUUUCCUAAUUUGUGAUUGUAAUCAGCUUCUCUCCUCUUGUUUUUUUGUUUCUUAUUUUUUCUCCCAUGCUCUCUUUUUUUCUUUCUUUCUUCCUGUCCUCCUUUGCUUUGCAUUGUGAAUGGUUGCAUGCCAUCUGCCGGUGUAACCCUAACGAUGGCUUGCUGGCUCUCUGUAACAUCCGCCACCACUUCUACCACCACCUCCAUCAACAACAACAACGACAACAAACGACACCGCCGACCACACGCACUCACGCACAUCACUACAAACGCCAUGGUUACCAUGACGCUCCACCUACCUGUCCAUUGCUACCACUUCCCUCCUCCCCCUCCUCCCCUCUCCCCUUCUCCCCACCCUCAAAAACAAAGUCCCAAUGAUGUACAGUGCUACGCCUGCUACUGUCUCUGCAGCAACAACUCCUGCCACAAGUGUCCCCUACGCAGCAACAGCACCAGCCAAUCAGGUUUGCUCCUUUUAAAGCUUUCUUUCAUCAGUCCCCGGAGCUCUGAAUAAGUGCUGCCAUCUAAUAGCGAGCUGCAAUAACCUGCAGCUGAGCCUUAGCCUACGCCCAGCCCCUCCCAACCUAUCCCUCCGCCUGUACUUGGCGCUCUCUCUCCGGCUCUAAAGCCUGUGAGUGGGUAUUUUACAGAGGGGUUACCUAAGCCGGUGCACUGUGCUGUAUUUAUUUAAAACUCAGUGCACCAGGACUCCCAGAAAGCACUUCUUCAGAGCUCCCACAUUUGCAAAGUAGUAGUUGUGUUGUGUUGCACUACUUCCUGGUUUUGUUCCGCAUGUUCUGUUUUAAGUUUUAUUUUCCACUUUUUCUUGUUGUUGUCAAAAAAGCCUCUCCAUCUGCAGCAGAGGGCAUCAUUUGUACUGCUUAUGUGCUAUGCAAACACACACAUUCAAGCAAAUACAUGCAGGCUAUUUCUGCAGCACUUCACAGCUGACAUGUUGGAUUUUUUUUUCCCCCCCUCCUAGUUUCACCUUUUUACCUUCCCUUGGUUAUGAGAUAAGAGGGAGAAUAAAUCAAGAGAGGAAACAGUUACAGGCCACGCUUGUCAGGGUGAGACAGACGCAGGAUAAAUGAUCACAGACGCCGUCUAAAAAUGGCCCCUCUGAUCGGCGGCUCUCCUGUUGCUGCGUGUCAGCAGGAGCCAGGGAAGCAGGGCCGGCGUUUUGAAUGCCAGAGUGACGCACAUGUGCCCCGUUUUAAACUUGGAAAUUUCAGCACAAUGCUGGCACGUCGGCCUCACGCAGCUGGCAAUCAUUUACCAGUGGUUAAGAGCAGAGGUGCUGUGAGGACACGCAGAUGAGAAGUGUUACACAGGUCGAUAUGUUGUGUAACUUGAAAACAAAGGGUGCAAAGUGGGAGGACAGUCAAGACCCACAUGUAUAGAUUAUCUGCUAUCUUCUACAGGUGUUUGCGAGGCAGAAAAAUAUAAAAAAACAUUUAAUUGUAAGGUCUAAUUCCACUGCUUUUUAAACUAUUAUCCUUCUUAAAAUGUGUUAGUUUUACUUCGCCUUUAUUGCCUUUAUUUGCUGAAAGAUCCAUUUCAAUAUUGACUCAAGAGAGAAAGGCAAAAUCAGUCUAUUGGAAUACAAACCAAACAACAAAACAGUCACUGUUUCCCAUCUGGAAUGAAAAUGAAACCCAGACGUCAUGGUCGAAACUAACCAAACAGUUUCAUUCUGAAAGUAUCUCCUCCGAGUGGCCCGUCUCUCAUCAAAUGAGGAUCUGCUUCCCCGGUACCUUGUGCUUUAUUGCCCCUCACAGUCCAGCCGUGCGCUCACUUCCCGUGAGUCACCGUCUCUUCCUGUAAUUGGCAUGCAGCAGCAGUAGCAGCAGGAAGCAGAGCUGCUCUUUAAAGAUGCAUGUGGGACAAGGAGCCGGAGAAACACUGACGUCAGCCCCUCGCUGUCUGUCUCCUUCUGUCCUUCCUCCUCCCUCCUUUAAGAUCGCUCCGGCUAGGACACGGUUAAUACGUCCGAUCACCUGAUGUUCUGCAUUCAACUCACACCUCGUUUUGCUUUUCUUUUUUUUUUAACGCAAGCGUCCAGAUAAUGGUUUUUAAUUUUAAAAGCACAUGCUGUUGAUGUCACUGUUUUUCCUCAACAACAAUGUCUGGGUCCCAAACUGCUGCAGACACUGACCUCAUCAUAACGCUGGCUGCAUCAGCAUCAGCGUCUUAGUUAUUACACGGAUGUUUUUCACUCUUAUUAUCCGAUCAAAGCAAUUUAUAAUAAUGGGUUUGAUAGUUCGAAGAAUGAAGAAUCAUUUCAGAACAUAAAAUUAAAUCAAAUCAUCGGGUUGUUUUUCUUGGAAAAACAAAAAGUGUUUAAAAUUUACUUUAAGCUUAUCUUUUCUUAAGAAGGAAUGGGGUUUGCUUAGUUUUCGUUCCAACUCUGGAUAAAUCCCUCAAAAUUUGUUUCUUUAGCCUUUCAAAACAAAAGAAACAAGUUACCAAGGCCUCGUCCAGAAAAUAAAAGCUGGGUAAUGAAUUAUUUGCAUGUUACAGUUGUUUCUGAGAUCACAAACUUAUUCCCUUCCUAAUGACAGGAGCUUUAGAGAUUCAAUGAUUUUCAGCAUGAUUUUGCACAUAUAUCUUCCAAAAAAGACAAACAAAUGUAUGAAAGAUACAAAACUGAAACCCAACACAACCUAUUUGUCUCAAACAGACUGUUUGAGACCUGCCUCCAAACGUCACCGUGAGGAAAAGUUAAUGUCAAACCCUCUAAGAAAUGAUUUUAUUUCUGUAAAAAUGUCACCGAUAUUUCCAGUUUCUCCUGACUCUGGUUAAUCUUUUUUAGAUUGUUUUACGUUGUAUAUAAAUAAAGACAGAGAACACAUAAAGAGUUUAACAAAUCUUUACUAUAUUGAGUCAAAUAAUCCUCACUAAGAGUUCAGACAGCACUAAAAAUGGCAAAUUCCCAUGAAGUGCAGUAUAGUGAAAAGUGGGUGAUACUGGAUACAGCCUCUAUCAGAUCUCCCAUCUUAAAGUGGGAUAACUGGUUUCAGUCGUAUGUUUAGACUUGCCUUUUCUGGCAGCUAUGCUAAAACUCAAAUGAUUCUUGUGUUUUAACUUUGGUACAUGACUGUAAAAGCCUUAGAAGAACUCGGUAAUCAUUAAAAGUAAUGUUCGCCCAAGUGUUUUAAACCUUAAUCCAAGUCCAGGAUGUUCAUGGUGACAUCAGUAAGCAUGCGAGCUGCUGUUUCAUGACUUAAAAGGAUUAAACAUUGAAGGAUAAGUGUGUUUAUUAACUCAAAACUAAACAAAAUCUCUAAAAAUGCUCAUGCAUCACGUAAAUAGUUGCAGAGUGACCAUUUCUCACCAGCAUCGUUCCUGAGAUCAACCCCGUGCAAACACAGCUGCGGUUCUGUGAAAUCUUGGCGCCCUCUGCUGUCCUAAUCAAGCGUUACAUGACAGACUCCAGCUCUGUGUGCUCACUCUGGCUGAAACUGAUCUGAGUGAAAUAGAAUUACAGAUCAUUCUAUUCAGGAGCUCUGCGUUUAGAGAGAAACUUCUCACCUCCCUGUCGACGGACUUUGAAAUUAUUCUCCUCACUUUCAUUCAGAUGAACUCUCCAGGUCACAAAGAUGUAAUUCAAUUAGACUCAUAAUCUGAUGAUAAUCUAGAACAGUUUGAACCCUCUGCAAGACUCUGUAACUCACUCUCUCUGCCGUCUUCUUAGAAUCUAUCUGCACCGACUCUAAGACCUGCAAACAAUCUUCAGUGUUUGUUUUAACCCACCUGCGCUACCAGACGGGUGGGGUUUACCACCCUGUCUGGCUGAUCCCACCCAUCUGGCACUCUGUUAUAUUUCCAUACUGCACUGCACUGCAGAGCGGGCUCUUCCUCUCAGCCCAUGCACAUCACGCUCUCUCCACCUGUGGUGACCUCCUGUGAUGUGCUGUGUGACCAGUGGCUUCUGUCCUUUGCUGGCUGCCUGCUCUCGAUUAACAAACACCGUGCAGCAGCUUCGUUCUGUGUCGGCUCGCUGCCAGGGGGCGACCACAUGAUGGCAGCCUGAAGCUAUUCUACCUGUCUCCCCUUCACAUAAGCAAUUUCUCUCUCCCUACUUCUUUUUCUUCUCUUUCUUUCUUUGUGGUGUGUUUGACGCGUUUUAUCUUGUAAAGAGAGAAUACACAGAGGUGGUUAGACCUGGGUCAAAUGUUAUUUGCUAACAAUAAUAACAUUUUACUCUUAUAACUAGGGCCUGACCAAUAUGGAUUUUUGGGGGCCGAUGCCGAUACCAAUUAUUCAGAGGGAAAGAAUCUGAUCACAGAUUAAUCAGCUGAUUUUUUACAAUUUUUUAUUAAUUUCUAAAAUAUAUAUACAUACUGUAGAUAUCUAGAUAACUUGUUGACUUAUUGUAUACUUCACAAACUGGUUUAUUUACCGUUGAGGCGGACCACUCUCCUCCGUGUGUCCCUGAACUGCCUGCCUUAGAUCCGUCACUCUGCUGUACUGUGAGAAGUUAGUGGAUGAAGAUUGUCAUGAGGUCGCUGUGCCAUCUACAGGAUAAGUUGGGGAACUUUUCAAAUGGCGGAACAUUUUUGAAGUGAAACUGAAUUUUAUUCUCUGCAUUUAAUUUCUGAAAAUAUCGACGAAAAUCUGCGAGUUUUGGCCAGUUACCGAUUAGUCUGUACCCGGCUAAAAUUGACAUAUUUAAUCGUCUCGCCAAUAAAUCAGUCGGGCCCUACUUAUAACUUUGCAGAAAACAUUAAAACAACCUAAAAACUAAGGGAGAAAAGCAACUUUAAUUGAGAAAGUGCAAAAUUUGGACCAAAUAUCCUGGCGUAAACCUGUAAAUAAGACUUAAUUAUACAGCAUAUUGAUUUUCUGAAAGAAAAGGCAACAAAACAGCCACGUCUUGAUGUUUGGUGCAAUAAUAGGGCUGCACUUACUGAAUAUUUUACUGCUGUAACUGUUAAAAUUCCCUAUUAUGUGGUUAUUACAGGAUUAUCUUAGUUUGUCUUAGUACUAAGCUUAAAUAAAUACACUUCAACAUUAUACUUGCUUAUGCACGUUUACUUAUUAGAUACUAUUCCGCUAAAACUAUACACAGGGGUAAUAUAUCUCUACAUCACUGCGAUAGUGUUACAUGUUCUUUCCUUAUUUAAAUUUAUUUUUGAAAGGCAGAAUAACACCAACCCACCACUCUGUCUUCCUCCCUUUUACAUAAAAUGGUAAGCCAGAAUAAAGGCACAACUUUCCUGAGUCAAAGAGUUUGUUUUCUCACCAUUCUUGGAGGGUGUUAAAGGUCUCAGGAUGCGAAAACAAAGCAACAAACAUGUAAUCAAACUACAUCUGAAGGAAAGGAGUGUUUAUUCUCGCUCCAAUCGGCCUCACUCUCACAAAUGUUGUGUGAAAAGCCUCCUCUUGGCUGCGUCCCCUCUAGCUUCUCGAUCUCUCUCCAAAAGCUCUGCCUUUGUAGUCUCACACCUGCGUUUUUUCAGUCUGAUUUAGCUGGGUUGUAGCUGUUUGUUAUUCCCUCCAGAUCUGAACAGAUGGAUCCUAGCUCAGACUCAGACCUGCAGAAAGCCCGCUUUUGCUUUGGUUGUAUAAAAAAUUUGUUUGCGGUGGGAACAGGAUGCAGCCUCGACUUUGACCCAAGUAAAAGUCUUUUCUUGAAACUGGUGCAGAAAUGAAAGAGGUCUGAGUAGGAUUAUGGGCAAAGUAAACUGCCUAGCUGAUAUUUAAGGAGACCCUCUGUGUUUACCCAGAUACAAAAAGCCUAUAAAUGGAGUAAAUGUUGUGCACUUUGAUGGCUCUAAGUGGUGUAUAUGAGUUACACCAACCUAUAUGACUCUUGACCAAUACAAACUGAGAAAUGUCUAAAUGCAUACUGCCCUCCCUCCUCUAUAAUGGAGGUUACGGUCAUUGACAUAGUUUCAGACCUUUUAGUUAUGUUAAAGGUGAUUCACGGUUUAAAACGUAAGCUAUAUUUUUACAUCUUUACACCUCAAGGAGCAAGAAGGUUUGGAUUAAAUAAAAAAUUUUAUCACAUUGAAUUGGGCAGUAUCGUAUAAUAUCGUAUCAAAUUGAUUCAUAUUGUAUCGUCACGUAAUGUAUCUUACUCUACUGUACUGGGGCAUAGCUAACUGCAUCCAUAUCCUAUUAUAUUUUACUACAUCUUAGAGUGUCCUCUUGUAUCAUAAAAAAUUAUAUCCUGUCGUAUUUUAUCAUAUCAUAUAUUGUGGUAUCACGAUGUAUCAUAUUGUACUGUAUUGCAGUGCAUCAUAUUUGAUCAUAUUGUAGUUUAUCCUAUUAUGUCAUGUCCUAUCACUUCAUAUUGUGUUGAGUCAUAUUGAACUUCCUCUUAUGUAUUGUUUUAUGUUCCGGUGUAUCAUAUUGUAUCUUAGCGUACUGUGUUAUGUUGUAUCAUAUGGUUUUAAGUAUUGUAUAGUAUUAAUUUAUUUAGUAUUGUAUGGUAGUGUAUCAUAAUUUACUGCAUUUUAUUGUAUUGUAGUGUAGAAGGCUUAGUCAUUUUGUAUCAUAUUUUAUCUUCAUGUAGUGUGUUAUACCUUAAUAGAUUGUAUCAUUUCACAGUAUAUGAAAUUUUGCUGUUUUACUGAAACUUUUGUAUUGUGCCAUAUUCUGUUGCAACGUAUUGUAACAGAUCGUAUCAUGUCAUAUUGAAUUGUAUUGUUUCAUAUCUUAUCGCAUCAAAUAAUAUCCUAUCGUAUUGUUUUGAAUCGAAUUGAAUCGAAUUGAAUCAGUCAUGCCGUAUUGUAUCGUAUCAUAUCACAUGGUAUCGUAUCAUAUCGUAUCAUAUCCUAUCGUAUCGUAUCAUAUCGUAUUGUAGCAUUUCAUAUUGUAUCGUAUCGUAUUGUAUCAUAGCGUAUUGUAUUGUAUGGCAUCGUAGCAUAUCGUAUCAUACUGUAUUGUAGCGUAUUGUAUCGUAUUGUAUCAUACUGUAUCGUAUCGUGUCGUAGCGUAUUGUACUGUAUUGUAGCGUAUUGUAUCGUAUCGUAUCAUAUUGUAUCGUAGCAUAUUGUAGCGUAUCGAAGCGUAGCGUAUCGUAUCAUAUCGUAUCGUAGUGUAUCGUAGUGUAUCGGAUUCACACAAAGUUACAGAUCAGCAAAGCAGGAACAGUCCAACUCUUAUUUCGUCAUUUAGACCUCAAAUCUAUAAAAUACAGAGAAUAAACAAACAUGGCCCAGGUUUGAAAAAAACAAACACCAGAAUUAUCCUUUAAAGAAGCAAAGAAAUGCAAAUAAUAUCUGACCCAGAUCUUGUUGAGACAUAAUGUAUCCUGCAGUAAAUCUACUGAGUGUUUUUGUCAAUUCUUAAUCUUUAAAAACUUAAAUGUUCAUGCGGUGGUGAUGUUUAUUUUGGGAACUCUAUAUUACACUUUUCUCUUUAUUGAAGACAAACUCAUUCAUCUCUUUCUGUGUUUCUUCUUUUUUUGUCUCUUUCUCCUGCAGAUCAUCCUGAAAUAAACAUCAGGAAGGGAACGGAGUGUCAUGAAGCUGCACUAGGAAACCCAAAACAGCCCCUGUGUAAAUACUACCUUACCUCUCCCAUAGAGGUCCAGCAACCUGCAUGCUAAGAGUGUAACACAUCAAUUUAACCGUAAGAACUGCAGUGCCGGUGUAACACACAUACACACACACACACACACACACACACACAGAAAAAAAAAAAAGAUAUAUACUGUAUGUAUUGCUAGAAAAACUAUUAACACGAAAAAGUCAAAAAUAUUCUUAUGUAUAGGACAACAUACAUAGAAAAACACACUAUAGAGGUCAUUUUAACAACCCAAAGUACCGUGAAUCCCCUCUCUUUCAUAUUUAUUCUGCUGCACAAAGAUCAUCCCUUUGGUUAAGAAUAAGAAGCCUGAUUUGCACUGUAUGAAACUAUAGUGCUGAAAGUGAAAAAACAGGAAGAGUCACAGAAAACCCGUGCACACCCACACUCGGCGCUCACAGGAUCGUUUUGUCUUGUGUUUUUCUUUUUUUUUUUCUCUCUCUCUUCAAAAGUUGAAUGUCCUUUGGGCAGACAGGCUCAUGUUUUUUUAAUAUGACUCGUCCCUGAGAGAGGAGGGUACCUCUGUGACCCUCAUCUGCACCCCUGAUGCUGUUAAGAUGCCAUGACGAAGCUUUUCCUCCCCCUCCUCUCUCCGGAAACACUUUGCCAAAGCUCGGAAGAGGUCGGCGGAAUCAAAAAAACGGCCACAUUUCAACACCCUGAUACAUUUUUUUCCUCCUUUGCCAUUGCGAAAGCUGCUUCGAAUGAACCCUUUAUUUGUUCUACUGAAGAUUGUGCACGCAUUUUUGCAUGUAGUUUGUUCUGGGGGAGAAAGUGCCCGGAUAGUCCUUACUGAAAAAGCCUAAAGGCUCGAGUCUGUGCCAAGGGCUUCCCAAAGCUUGAGGUUUUGUUCCAGACAUACCAAGCCUUGUGUGUGAGCGUGCAUGUGUCAUACCAAGCCUUGUGUGUGAGCGUGCAUGUGUCCGUAUCUGGAGACUGAUGGUCUGCCGGCAGACUGGGACUAGAACGAGGUCCAGCAGGUGGUGACGACACCAGAAGAGGGUUUUCAGGGAGGGUCUGGGUCCGGGUGAGGGAUUUAAGUGCUAAGACUUAAUAAAAUAAAAUAAAAUUUAAAAAAACGGUGCAUUUGACGACGUUCGUCAAGCAAAAGAUGACUUGAACUUCGACUGGAGGGCUAUCUGUGACCGUCGGUUGUCUCCUGUCCAACCCUACUAUCACCGAUAAUCCUGUUCCAUUUUAGAAAAACUGUAGAAGUGCCUAAAAAAUGCUCAUCAACAACAACAACAACAACACAGCCGCUUAAAAGCCACCGACCCGACACGCUGGUUGUCGGGAGCUGCGUGGACUUUUUCGGGGGACAUCACAGAAACAGUUACUCUUCAUUCAAAACAUCACAAGUGACUUUAUCCAAACGUAAAAGAAGUUAAAGAAACGACAAAUCAAAAAUAGCUUUGUAGAAUGUUUGGUGACUCUCACGGUGUACCAUCGUUUCUUACUAUGGUUUUUUGAGUAGUUUACAUGAGGAACGUGAGUGAGAAAAAACAAUGUAUUGUAAAACUGUGUAAUGUAUGUAAAGUGUCUCUUAUUUUGAGAGUUUAUAUUCACGGUUCUAGAAAUGUAUUCAAAGUUAUUUAAAAAUUUGUGUUGUGUCUAUUAUCAAAGUAUGUUUGAACCCCCUCCCACCAUCUCCACCUCCACCUGAACAAUCAUUUUUAGCCAGGACACCACAUUUUAUGAUUUUUCGACCAGCCCUCUGUUUAGUUUCCACUCACCAUCCUAAAAUCUUACUUUACAGCAGUUGUGAUGUACUUUCAUGGUGCUUGAUUAACAUCGACAAUCCACAAUCACACCUUCGAAAUAAGACUUUUUCACUCCGGUUUCAUCCACUCUGAUCGUCUUCACACACGUUAUGAUUUGUAUGUUGAUAUUCGUGGACGGUGGUAAAGUUCUAUUUUGUUGUAAUUUAUCUUACGUUACUCUUGGUCAAAUUUUAGUCAAAAACAAUGUUGUUAACUAUUCUAUUUUGAAAUGAAUGUAAUUUAUUGAGCUGUGCUACAUUCUGCACGGUUGGUCAUUUCAAGGUCUAACCUGUCAGGUCAGCGAAUGAGAAGUCGCACACGUCUCUAGGCGGGAGGCGGGGCUUAAAAGUCAACCCGCCAACUAACGGAAAGCUACUGGAUCUCUCUUGCCUUCUCAUGGAUAAAAAAGAUCAUGGCGUUGCAGUAAUGAGCAUAGUUAUAGAGUUGCUUGUGUUGUUGGGAAAAAAAUGUUCAUUGUAUAGAUGACAUUUUACCAAAAAAAAAAAAGAGAAGAAAAUUUCAAAAAAGAUGUACUUUUCACUCUAGUAUGAUAGUAUUUCAUAACAAUAUUAAGUUGUUGCUGUGGCAGCCAAAUGUUGCAAUUACUAAAGUUGGGUAUUUUUGUAAAUGACAUUGUUAAGUUUGUUUCAUUUUGCUAGAACACUGUACACAAGGUAGAUUGUAAAGAACAUUUCUUAUUCCUCACUGAGAUUACGACAAUGACCCAAUAUUUUCAUUAGCGAAUAACAGCCUCUGUAGUGCUGUGACUGUAACACUUCAAUAGAUUUAAAGUCAUUAAUGUUACAUAGAUUAUAUAUAAAUAUAAAUAUAUAUAUAUAUAUAAGAUCUAAAUAAUCUAUGAAUUAAGAAGAUGAGAUGUACGACUCUUCCCCAGACAAAGGACCUUUAGGUUCCACAUUGAGACAUUUUAUUCCUACGUAUCACUAGAGUUAAGGAUUGCACUUUUUAUAUUGUUUUAAGACGUGAUCUGUUUUACAGAAUUUUCCCCCCUGGAUAGAAGAAUUAACUAAUCAAAAAGACCCCAUAAAUGACUCCACAUGUUGCAUGAGAACAUUUUCUUUUCUUACUAAACUUACUGAAUGUUGAAGAAAAAAAGUCUGUACACAGAAAUGUCCUUAUCUGAUGACCUACGCUGCAAAAAAACAAAACUUGGCAAAUUUGUGUCUUUUUUCUAGCAACAAAAAUUUUCCCUUUGCGCUUCAUGUACAACAAAGUUACCUGACAAGUCCAUUUAAAAGUCUUUUAUUUAGAUAAAACAAGGAACAAACGUGACUGAAUUUGCUCGUAAUGAAUAAAAAAGGGGCCAUUUGGAUGAACAAAAAAGCAAAACUAAAAGGUAUUUUUUAUUUCCCUAGCAGCAGAUUUUUUUCGACAAUGUCAUUAUCACGCUAAAAAUCUGCAUAUACGUUUAUACUGUUACUUUGUAGUAAUGAUCAGACAUUGAGGAAACAGCAGUUGCUAUUAAACUAGCUAGCAGCUCACUUUUGGAAACUGACAUUUAAAGAUUAAUGUUGGAGCCUCUACAAGUUACUCAUUGUACAACGCACAAAAAAUAUACCAAAAUAAAAGCAUGAUUUUAAAAAUUAGUUUAUGAGGCAAUAUCCUUUCCAAAGAAGUUCUUAUCACAGAGCUGGUGAUGUAACUAAACCAUAAAAUUGGAUAAAGAUACAUAAAUGAAUAUAACUUAGAGUUAUUUAACACUCACUGUAUUGUAAUAUCGGUAAGUUUCCAAAUAUAUGUGAUAUUGUAUGGCCACAGUAAUCACAUGCAAGCAACCCAGCUCUUAUUUUUUCUCAUAAUAUCCUAAAAUAAGAUUAAUUUCUGUAUUUGUCAGGUAUAUGUGGCGUAUAUUAAGUCUUACAAGAUAUUUUAACUUGAAAUAAGACAAAGACACUUGCUUGGAUUUGAGUUUUUGCGGCGUAAAAUGCCCUUGUGUACGGCAUCCUCUUAAAAUGUUAUGUUUUUUUUUUUUUUUUUGGAAAUGUGUCAGCAAUGAUUGACUGAUGGUUAAAAAAAUGUAAGCACUUUCUGAGCAGUUGGUCAACUGAACAGACUCAGCUUAUCCAAACACUUUGCCUUAUCUUGAGUCCAUCGUGCUUAAGGUUUUAUGUUUCUAAGAGCUCUUUUAUCCGAUUUUAUUCAAGGGACUUGAAAAGGCCUCUCAUCUCAAUGCCCUCCUCAGUUUCAUUUCAAAUAUCUUUAUAUUGAAAGUAAUUUUUUAAGGUUUUAAUAUGCACAUCAGAAGGCCAAAAGAGGGCAGCUGAAACCGAGCUAUCAGUCAUUUUCUCUCCUCUCCUCUCCUGAAUCUGUAGUGAGUCUGUAGUUUUGUCCCAUUGCCUUACAAUGGACCUGUGUGGAUAAUCCACAGCUUUAGCCAGCAGAUGGCGCUACACUGGAGACUGCAGGUUAGGAAAUGUGACUGCCUGUGCCAUCAUUUUUUGCAGUGUACCCUACCAACAAAGUAAAUUGACUAGAAGACCCUCAUUGGAUUUAUAGUUUCAGUGUAAUCAUUUUUCAAUGUAUUCUUUUGCAUAUAUUUUGUGCUAUUUUAUGUUUCUAUAGUCAGAUGUUUCUUUGGUUCCAGCAAGAUAGUGUAAAAUCUAUUGAAAGAAAGAAAUAAAGAAAAUGAAAUGGAUGGCUUCUGCCUGGACUUCUUCUUCGUGUCAUGUGAAAGUCUGCCUUAUGAAUGUGUUUGUAUCAUUUCUCUGUAAACAGCUCACACUGUACACAAAUUAGACCAAACAUCCUCUGACUUGAACGUCUCAGGCCCCUGGUAUUUCUUCAGAGGCCCCUCAGAGACCCUGUGUGUCCACUUUUAGAACCACUGCCAGCAUGUAAAUAAACAGAUUACAGGCUAAUGUACCCUGCAGGCUUUUAAUGCUGUUGAUGCUCAUAGGCUUUACUCGUACAAAUACACGGAGAGUUUAACACCGCGGUCAUUAAAAAUGAGCCUCAGUCUUUCUCAUGUUGAGUUUACUCCACCGACGACAGAAACGAUGAUAAGGCCACAGAGUGAAACAAACAAACUGCUUCAUUUGUUGGUGAGUGUCAUUUCCUGUCACUGCAGUGGAGCAUUUUUUGAAGUUUGGAAAAAAAACUUCCAUAUGAGGGGUUAUUAAUACCACUGCUUUAAUGGUUGUAAAAUACCAAGUGUACAAAUUCAGUUCCAUGUGGACUGAAGAGAGACCAUAUCAACCACAGCAAGGUGAGUGUCAUGUAGAGUGAUUGUAAGGCGUGGAUGGUGUCAUACAUCAGUUUUGUAGUUUCAAGGUCUCAGUUUUCAACAGAGCGGUUACUUUGAGGGAUGAGAGAGCAGUUACAUUUUUAUUGAGAUGAGACACCGCUUUGGCAGCAACCUUAAAGAGCGCCUACGCCCUAAAGCAGACUCUGCUUUAUCAACUAUUUUACUCUAAAUAGGGCCAGUGGCUGACCUUAAACUAGAGAUUUGGACCUUAAACUCGGAGAAGUGUAGUCCUAUUCUCAUUGACUUCUAGAGUCUUUCCUGGCUAACAGAAAAAAAGCAGGUUUUGGUUACUUGCUCGGCUUUUAACUGGUUUUAGUCGACGGCAUCACACCACAUGGCUUCCUGUCAGUUUUAGAAUUGAUUUUAAGAUUUUACUGAUUACUUUUAAAGUGCUCAAAGGACUCACUCCAAGCUCCAUUUCAGAGCUUUAAAUACCAAAUGAGCCAACUUGCAGCCUCAGAUCCUCUGGUGAAGGCCUCCUGGUCGUUCCAAAGUCGAGGCUCAAAAGUAAAGGUGACCGAGCUCCUCGACUUUGGAGUGACCUGCCAGAGGAGAUUUAAAACUUAAUUUUACAGACUUCUUUUUACGUGAUGCAGUCUUUUAUCUUUUCUCUCUUUUACCUCUAUCUUAUUUUGGCCUUACUGUCUUUUUAGCUUUUGUUUUACUUGUACUCUUUUCUUAAUCAACCUUUUAGGCCUUUUAUUGUUUUAUCUCUUGCUCAUUUCUGUUGCUCUAUUUUAUUAUCAGGAUUACCUGUUAUUAUUUUAUUAUCAUUGUUGAUAUCGCCUUCAAUAUUUACUAUCCUGUUUCUGCUUUCGUCCUCCCUUUAAACUGCAUUUUUCUUUUUUCUCAACUAUUUUAUGUUUUUAUUUUGGUCCUCAUGGUCUCAUUUUAUGUUGCAUGGUUCUUGUGUUGUCUGGGUUCCUUAUGACAUGAAAAUGGCCUUCAAUUCCAUUUCUACUGAGCUUUUUGUUUUUAUUUGUCUUUUUCCAUGUGCUCUACAACUACAUGUCAAACCAUUUUGUAAACAUCUGUUUUUUAAAAGUGCUAUACAAUUAAAGUUAUUAAUAUUAUUACUUGUGCAUUUUUCCUUUGAAAACCAAGAAGCUACAUCCUAAACCCUGUGCUUAGAAAAGUUGAAUGACAGUAUACAAUAACUGAGUCUGUCGAAAAAUAGCUAAAUUAUGUGGUAAAUUGCUUGUUGCCUUUUUUCUCAUUGUGAUUAAUCUUUGACUGUUUCGUGAAGUUAAGUCUUCAUUUCGCCUGUUUGGGAAUAAAGGUCCUUACACGCCGGGAACGACGCAAAUAUACAAUGCGAAUACGAGGCAAAUUUUGACUCAACAGCAGACUGAGUGUUUUUCAGUUCUAGCAUGUACUGAGUCGGGGCCAGUACCAGAUAAACACAUUAAACUAUAAUCCAUAAACGUAAGGUAACAACCUAGACCUAAUGGUGCUGUGACAGCAACGCGAUUGAGUUUGAGACAGUGAAAAUACAUAUGGUAUGUUGUAUCUGAACAGGUUAGCUUACGAGCUAAAGUUACUUUGCACAGAUGAAAGUUAAAACAAAGACGUUUAGCAAACUGUUAAAGCACACAAACCAUCGUCAUAUGAGAAAUCCGACGCUAUGACUCUCCACAAGUUGUCCUUCAGAUCGUUAUCUUUGUAAUAUUUGUGUUUUUUAUCAAAAAGUACUCUGUUCCCCAACACGUAAUCAAUGAGCCGGUCGGCCAUGUUGGAUAUACCGGUGAAUCUGACGUUGCAACAACAUGAAAUCUGAUUGGUCAGAAGUGGACACAUGGUAUGCGAAACUUUAAAAAAAUUCAGCCGUGAUACAAAAAAAAUAAAUAAAUGC